GGUGCCUUCCACCAUGUCAACACAGGCGCCAACAUUUACACAACCGCUUCAGAGCGUUGUGGCACUUGAGGGUAGUGCUGCAACGUUCGAAGCUCAAGUUAGUGGUAAUCCAGUUCCAGAGGUGAGCUGGUUUCGUGAUGGCCAGGUUCUUACUGCUGCCGCUCUGCCCGGCGCUCAGAUCUCGUUCAGCGAUGGCCGCGCUGUUCUGAUGAUCCCCGCCGUGACAGCCGCACACAGCGGAAGAUUUUCUGUGAGAGCCACCAAUGGCGCUGGACAAGCCACUAGCACAGCUGAACUGCUGGUUACAGCUGAAACUGCGCCACCAAACUUCAUUCAGAGACUACAAAGUAUGACUGUGAGACAAGGGAGCCAAGUGAGACUGGAUGUUCGAGUUACAGGAAUCCCUGCACCUGUGGUGAAGUUCUACAGAGAGGGAGCUGAGAUUCAGAGCUCUGCUGACUUUCAGAUUGUUCAAGAUGGAGACCUUUACAGUUUGUUGAUUGCUGAAGCCUUCCCUGAAGAUUCUGGAACUUAUUCUGUCAGUGCUUCUAACAGCAGUGGACGUGCAACUUCAACUGCAGAGUUGCUUGUUCAGGGCGAAGAAGUCGUACCUGCAAAGAAGUCAAAAACAAUCAUUUCAGCCUCUCAGAUUUCACAGACGCGUCAGACUAGAGUAGAGAAGAGGAUGGAGGCUCAUUACGAGGCCUCUGCCACUUCCAUGAUGCAAAUGCAAGUAGAGGGUGGGGUUGUGACCCAUCAGCUGGCACAUAAGACACCACCUCGUGUGCCCCCUAAACCAACCUCCAAAUCCCCCCCUUCACAAGUGACUAGAGUGUCAGGUGCUCGCCAGCAGUCUCCCUCUCCUGUGAGGCAUGUUAAGGGCCCGACACCCUCUCCUGUCAGUUCUGUCUCUCCAUCUACGAGACUGUCUGUUUCCCCAAUCCGACCAGUCAAAUCUCCCGUGAUGACCCGCAAACAGGUCACGCAGGCCUCUGAGGUCUUACCCCCAUGGAAACAAGCAGGGUAUUCCUCAGAAGCCAGCUACACCCGCAUGAUUUCCGGUGCGACACAAGUCCAGACGACUUCUACCCAUGUCCAAAUGGAACAGCGUUGGGAGGCCUCUGGUUCUAUCCAGCAACAAGUUGGAGUUGUCAAAGAGGAGCAGAAAAACGUGGAUGAGAAAAGUUUUGCUGUUGCCACUGUGGUGGCGGCAGUGGACCAGGCUCGUAGCCGUGGGCCGCUCAGUGGCUCUGUAAAUCAGCCCAGUGUUGAAACCGGCAUAGCUGGAGAACACAUUACAUCUCAAAAUGAGCAGAUAUCAUGUAAGGAAAUCCAAGAGGAAUCAGUCACAACUGUGACAACUCAUAAAAUCAAUAUAGAUGUUUCAACCACUAGUGAGAAAUCCUUUGAAGAGAUCUCAUCAACUGCAGAGGGUGAUGGGAAAAAAGCAGGAGCCGUUGCCACUGUGCUUGCUGCUGUUGAUCAUGCACGCAUACGAAAGCCCACGCAUGCUGAAGGGGCUCAGAUGGAAGAAGAGGCUGAUAUAAGACAUCAGGAAAUGCUAGCCACUAAGCAACAGGUCAUAAGUAAAAAGGAGCUGUUGCUUAUCCCCACUGAAAUGUCAACUUCUACUACUGAGAGUGUACAUGUCACCCAGAUUCAAAGAGCUACUGAGGUCAGCUCCAAGGUGGAGACUGACCUUUCACCAUCCCCAGUUCCACAUUUCACAGUAUCAAAAGUUACUGUACCAAAACCAGAUCAUAGUUAUGAGGUUUCAAUAGCAGGUUCUGCUAUUGCCACACUACAAAAAGAGUUAUCCUCAACUGCUGCUCAAAAGAUCAUCAAGCCUGUCAGGCCUCCAACACAUAAGAUUGUGGAGACUCGUGUGACCCCAGAGCCAACCCCUCCUCCUUUUAGAGACACUGCAGAGAGAUAUCAGACUCAUUUCGACAGAGAGUUACAGAGAAAGAUAGGUGUUUCGUUUGCCGGCGAAGAGUGGGACGCACAGGUUGUUGAGACUGCAGCGAUCCCCUCCGCUAUCAAAGAGCCUGUAGUGCCCCCUACCUUGAAAGCAGGUUUGAAGAAUGUGACUGUCACAGAGGGAGAGUCCGUCACUCUGGAGUGCCAGAUUUCAGGCCACCCCACCCCAGCUAUUAUGUGGUUCAGAGAAGAUUACAGAAUUGAGCACUCCAUUGACUUCCAGAUCACUUAUGAAAGCAGCUAUGCCCGCUUGGUGAUCCGUGAGGCCUUUGCUGAAGACAGUGGCCGCUUCACUUGCACUGCUACCAGUGAGGCUGGAACUAUCAGCACCUCCUGCUACCUGCUUGUCAAAGUGUCAGAGGAGAUUGAGAGCAGAGAGGAGAUAACUGUCCAGGAGAAACAGACUGUCAUUGAAGCCAAAGAGGAGACCAUGUCUGAAAUAAGCGCGGUCUCUGUGGACAUUGGAGCACCUGUUGCUCCUUUCUUUGUGAAGAAGCCAGUGGUUCAGAAGCUGGUCGAGGGAGGCAGUGUUCUCUUUGAGUGCCAGAUCGGAGGAAGCCCCAAGCCCCAUAUUUACUGGAAGAAGAGUGGAGUUCCACUCACUACUGGAUACAGAUAUAGAGUUAGCUAUAACAAGGAUACAGGGGAAUGCAAGUUGGAAAUUUCCAUGACAUUUGCCGAUGAUGCUGGAGAGUACACCAUCUUUGCCAAGAACCAACACGGAGAGGCAUCUGCUUCCACAUUCCUGUUUGAAGAAGAGGAGUUUGAAGCCUAUAUGAAGAAACAGGAUGUGACAUAUGUAACGGAAGUGACGGCAAUGGUGCAGGAGCCCAAAGUUGCGGAUGUGCCCCCUGUAGUUGUAAGUGAAUAUGAAAAAGAGCUCAUACAGAGGAGAAUGGCUCAGCAAACACAGAUGAUGAAAUCCUUCAUCUCAGAGACGGAAUUUCAAAUAUCUGCUAUUGAACGAAAAAUUAUCCAAGAGAUUGAAAUCCGCAUCCUUAAAAUAACUUACCGAGAGCUGGUGAUUGAGGAUGGUGAGGAGAUGGUCAUGAAUGUUGCUGAGCAUGAGGCUGUCGGAUCCUCAUUUAGCACUCCUGUCAAAAGCUACAGAAUUCUGGAAGGAAUGGGUGUUACUUUCCAUUGCAAGAUGGAAGGAACACCAUUACCAAAGAUUGCCUGGUAUAAAGAUGGCAAGCGCAUUAAGCAUGGAGGCCGCUAUCAGAUGGAGGUUCUACAAGACGGAAGAGCCAGUCUGCGCCUACCGGUGGUGCUGCCAGAAGAUGAGGGGAUCUAUACUGCAUUUGCAAGCAAUAUGAAGGGUAACGCUGUCAGUUCCGGAAAACUCUAUGUAGAGUCCACUGCAGCUGCUCAGCCUUACUACCCUCAGGCCGAAGCUGUGAGAAGAGUCCAGUCAACAUCUCCAAUGUCUGCUCGCUCAACUAGCUACUCCCCUGGACGUUCUCCUGCUCGUUCUGUUAGCCGCUCUCCUGCUCGUAGACUUGAUGACACUGAUGAGAGUCAACUGGAGAGACUAUAUAAGCCUGUUUUUGUACAGAAGCCAUCAUCCUUCAGGUGUUCUGAAGGACAGACUGCAAGGUUUGACUUAAAAGUAGUUGGAAGACCUAUGCCCGAUACUUACUGGUUCCACAAUGGACAACAAGUGGUCAAUGACUACACCCACAAGAUUGUGGUAAAGGAGGAUGGAACUCAAUCAAUGAUUGUGGUUCCUGCCAUGCCUCAGGACUCUGGAGAGUGGACAGUCGUUGCUCAGAACAGAGCUGGAAAAACAACUGUUUCUAUGACUCUCACUGUUGAAGCAAAGGAAAAUUUGGUCCGGCCCCAGUUCAUUGAAAAGCUAAAGAAUAUCAGUGUUAAGGAAGGAAGUUUGGUUGAGUUGGCAGUAAAAGCCAUUGGAAACCCCCUCCCUGACAUUGUCUGGCUGAAAAACAGUGACAUCAUCUCUCCUCAUAAAUACCCUCACAUCAAAAUUGAGGGUACCAAGGGACAGGCACAUUUCCAGAUUCCUCAGACUUCCGGGUCUGACAGUGCGUGGUACACAGCCACAGCUAUAAACAAAGCCGGUAGGGAUACCACUCGCUGCAGAGUCAAUGUGGAAGUAGAGUACACAGAACCUGCACCAGAAAGAAGACUCAUCGUUCCUAAAGGAACAUAUAAAGCUAAGGACGUUGCUCCACCUGAGAUUGAACCACUGCAUCUUCGCUAUGGUCAGGAACAGUGGGAAGAGGGUGACCUCUAUGACAAGGAAAAGCAACAGAAGCCACACUUUAAAAAGAAGCUAACCUCAGUCAGGAUGAAGCGAUUCGGUCCCACUCACUUUGAGUGCAGACUGACCCCUAUUGGAGACCCAACUAUGGUUGUUGAGUGGCUCCAUGAUGGCAAGCCGCUGGAAGCUGCUAACAGGCUGCGUAUGAUCAAUGAGUUUGGCUAUUGCAGUCUUGAUUAUGAAGUUGCUUAUUCCAGAGAUAGUGGCGUCAUUACCUGUAGAGCCACCAACAAUUUUGGUGCUGACCAGACUUCUGCUACACUAAUUGUGAAAGAUGAGAAGAGUCUUGUGGAGGACAGUCAGAUGCCAGAGGGAAGAAAAGCACAGAGAAUGGAUGAAAUGGAGCGAAUUGCCCAUGAGGGCGGACCCUCUGGAGUAACUGGGGAUGACAUGAGUGAAAGGACCAAGCCAGAGAUUGUCUUGCUUCCUGAACCCAUAAGAGUAUUUGAGGGUGAAACCGCCAAAUAUCGCUGUAGAGUGACCGGUUACCCCAAUCCCAAAGUUAAUUGGUACCUCAAUGGACAGCUCAUUCGAAAGAGCAAACGUUUCAGACUACUCUAUGAUGGUAUUCACUAUUUGGAAAUCACUGACUGUAAGUCCUAUGAUUCUGGAGAUGUCAAAAUAUUGGCUGAGAACCCAGAGGGUAAAGCUGAGCACACUGUCAAACUCGAAAUCCAACAGAAAGAAGACUUCAGGGCAAUCUUGCGCCGUGCUCCUGAGAUGAAGGCUCAGGAGGCACCGGGCCCUGAACAUGGCCGAGUGUCUUUUGAUGUUGUGAAGGUAGAUAAACCUGUAGAUGCUUCACAAGCAAAAGAGGUUGUCCGACUGAGGAAGGUCGAGAGAGUUGUUCAUGAAAAAUCCACAGAAGAGACAGAAGAGCUGCGAAGCAAAUUCAAACGCAGAACUGAAGAGGGCUAUUAUGAAGCCAUAUCCUCAGUUGAGCUGAAGUCUCGCAAGAAGGACGAGUCUUAUGAAGGAAUGUUAAAGAAGAGAAAAGAUGAACUUAUGCACUGGACCAAAGAGGUGUCUGAGUUAGAAAAGAAGAAAGAGGAGGAGGAAGGCAAACUUACCAUUCCAACAAUCAGACCUGAGAAAAUCACUCUCUCUCCAAGCAUGGAGGCUCCAAAGAUCUUGGAAAGAAUUCAGAGCCAGACAGUUUCACAGUCUGAUGAAGUUCGCUUCCGUUGUAGGGUUGUUGGUAAACCAGACCCAGAGUGCCAGUGGUUCAAAAACGGCAUUUUACUUGAGAAAUCAGAUCGUGUUUACUGGUAUUGGCCUGAGGACCAUCUCUGUGAAUUAGUAAUUAAAGAUGUCUCAGCUGAGGAUUCUGCUAGUAUCAUGGUCAAAGCCAUUAACAUUGCUGGUGAGGCUUCAAGCCAUGCUUUCCUGUUGGUUCAAGGCAAGCAAGUUAUAUCAUUUACCCAGACAUUGGAGGAUGGCUACGUUAAAGAGAAAGACACAAUGACAACCUUUGAAUGUGAGACAAAUGAGCCAUUUGUUAAGGUAAAAUGGAUGAAGAACAAUGCUGAAAUUUUUUCUGGAGACAAAUACAGGAUGCACUCGGACAGAAAGGUGCACUUCCUAUCUGUGCUGAUGAUCAACAUGCAAGAUUAUGAUGCCGAGUACACUUGCGCUGUAGCUGAUGAUGACCACAUAAGUACCACUGCCAGACUCUAUGUUGAAGGUGCACCACUGGAAAUGCUAAAAAAAUUAGAGAGUGUUGAAGUGCCUGAGACAUACUCUGGAGAGUUUGAGUGUGAACUGUCGCGUGAGGAUGCAGAAGGCACCUGGUACUUUGAGAGCAAAGAAAUUAAGGCAAGCCUAAAAUAUGUUGUAUCCUCUCGUCGUGGCCGACACACCUUGUCUGUAAAAGAUGUCAGGAAGGAAGACCAAGGCAAAUAUACUUUUAAAGUGGGUAAUCUGACGACAAGUGCCACACUGAAAAUGAAAGUGCGCCCUGUAACUCUGAUGCAAGGCCUCUCUGACUUGACGAUCUGUGAGGGUGACAUUGCCCAGUUGGAGGUGCGAUUCUCUCAGGAAAAUGUGGAGGGAUCAUGGUUGAAAAAUGGCCUGCCCAUCUCUGCCACUGACAGAAUUCACAUUGUCAUCGACAAACUUGUCCACAAACUUCUAGUCGAAAAUGUCAACAGGGAUGAUGCAGGAAUCUACACAUUUGUUGUUCCUAUUCAAGACAUUUCUACAACUGGAAAAUUGACUGUCCAAACAAUUGAAAUCACAGCUCCUCUAAAGGAUGUCCAUUCUAUUGAGGGUACGAAGGCAGUGCUAGAAGCUAAAAUCUCUGCCUCUGAUGUUGCUGCAGUGAAAUGGUACCAAAAUGACAAGCUCAUUGUAGCUAGUGAGAGAAUCCAGAUGGUUGCCAAAGGAACCAAACAGAGACUAGUCUGUAACAGGUCCUUUGCUUCUGAUGAAGGACAGUAUAAGAUGGUCGUUGGCAGAGUGGAAACAACUUGUAAACUGACAAUCGAGAAGGUCAGCAUCAUCAAGCACAUGGAGGACUGUGUGUGCACUGAAACUCAGAAUGUCACUUUUGAAGUAGAAUUGUCCCACACCGGGAUAGAUGCUUACUGGACCUUCAAAAAUCAGCCUCUUAAGGCUGGACCCAAAUACAAAAUUGAGUCCAAAGGGAAACUCUACACCCUGACCAUCAUCAAUGCCAUGAAGGAUGAAGAGGGCCAGUAUGCAUUUGCAGCUGGCGAAAAGUCAUCCAGUGCAAAACUGACUGUGUCAGGUGGUGCUAUAAACAGACCACUCCGUGAUGUGACUGUAGCAGAAUCCCAAACUGCUGUUCUGGAGUGUGAGGUUGCUAACCCUACCUCUGAAGGCAAGUGGCUUCAGGAUGGCCACUCUGUUGACUUUAGUGACAUUGUCAGGAGUGAGGAUGUAGGUGCGGUCCGUCGACUUAUCUUUGUUACCACAAGACCACAAGAUAUUGGAGAGUACACAUACCAAGUAGCAAACUCCAAGACAUCUGCCAACCUUAGGGUUGAAGCUGUGAAGGUCAAGAAGACACUGAAAAAUCAAACAGUCACCGAAACCCAAGAGGCAAUCUUUAGUCUUGAACUCACCCAUUUAGAUGUGAAAGGAUCCCAGUGGAUCAAGAAUGGAAUAGAAAUUGUCCCCAGUGACAAAUAUGAGAUAACAGUAGAUGGAUUGGUUCACACCUUAAAGGUCAAGAAUUGCAACUCCCAAGAUGAAUCAGUCUAUGGAUUCAAACUUGGAAAACUCUCUGCUAACGCCAGACUGAAUGUCGAAACUGUUAAGAUUGUGAAAAAGCCAAAAGAUGUGACUUCCCUGGUAAAUGGAACUGCCUCGUUUGAGCUGAGUUUAUCCCACGAUGACAUACCUGUUAAAUGGAUGUUCAAAAACCAAGAACUGAAACCUAGUGCCAAUAUUCAGAUAAUGUCUGAAAGGAAAGCACAUAAGUUAGUCAUUCAAAAUGUUGAAGAAAGCAGUGAUGGAGAGUACACAGCUGUAGUUGGACAUUUACAAUGCAGCGCAUAUUUACAUGUUGAAUCUUUGAGAGUCACAAAGCCCCUGAAGAACAUUGAAGUUCCAGAGACCCAUGUGGCCACGUUCGAGUGUGAAGUUUCACAUUUCAAUGUUCCAUCCACCUGGUUGAAAAAUGGAGUUGAGAUUGAGAUGAGUGAGAAGUUCCGGAUUGUGGUGCAGGGCAAACUGCAUCAGUUAAAGAUCAUGAAUACAAGCAGAGAUGAUUCUGCCGAAUACACAUUUGUGUGUGGAAAUGACAAAGUCUCUGCUACCCUGACAGUUAGCACUGUCCUCAUCACAUCUAUGCUCAAAGACCUGAAUGCACAAGAAAAGGACACCAUCACAUUUGAGGUGACUGUCAACUAUGAAGGCAUCACCUACAAAUGGCUGAAGAAUGGAGUUGAAAUCCGAUCCAGUGAUAGAUGCCAAACCCGCACCAAGCAGUCCACUCACUCCCUCACUAUCCGAAAUGUUCACUUUGGGGAUGUUGGAGAGUACAAAUUUGUGGCCGGAUCUGCUGAAACAGCCGCAAACCUUUUUGUUGAAGCUCGUGUCAUCGAGUUCACCAAGCACAUCAAGGACAUUAAAGUUACUGAGAAGAAGAAGGCCAUUUUUGAAUGCGAACUCUCUGAGCCCAAUGUCCAUGUAACAUGGAUGAAAGAUGGUCAGGAACUUGAAAUAUCUGAAAGGUUCAAAGUUUCCACAGAAAAACACAUGCAUCGUCUUAUGAUCCAAACUGUGCGCAUGUCUGAUGCCGGAGAGUACACUGUGGUUGCUGGAUCGAGUGUAUCGAAGGCCAACCUCAUAGUUGAGGGCAAGGAUGUGCGUAUAAGUGAACCUGCCGAGAAAGAAAUCACUGUGCUUGAGAAACAACGAAGUACAUUUGAAUUUGAAGUCAAUGAGGACGACAUUGAGGGACGCUGGCUGAGAAAUGGAGUCGAGAUCCAGUUUUCUGUAGAUGAGCGCUUCAACUAUGUCAUUAUCAGAAAAAUUCAUCGCCUGACAAUCACAGAAACCUACAGAAGCGAUGCCGGAGAAUACACAUUCAUUGCUGGAAAGAACAGGAGUGUUGUAACCCUACAUGUCAACAUCCCUGAGCCUCCUCAGAUCAUCAGGCACUUGCAGCCCCUGUCUGUUGAGGCUGGCAAACCUGCACGCUUCUCUGUGGAGGUGACAGGAAUUCCUCAGCCUCAGGUGUCCUGGUAUAAGAACACUCAGGCCCUGUCUUCUGGGUUCAAGUGUAAGUUCCUGAGGGAAGGAAAUGAGCACACAUUGCUGCUCAUUGAAGUCUUCCCAGAGGAUGCAGCUCAGUACAACUGUGAAGCUAAGAAUGACUAUGGAGUAGUCACAAGUUCUGCGUCACUUAAUGUGGAAGUUCCAGAAGUUGUAUCCCCCGACACUGGAGCCCCACUGUCACCACCUGUUGUCAUAACACCAAUACAUAACACUUCUGCCAAUGAAGGACAAUCUGCUAGAUUCCAGUGCCGUGUCUCAGGGGAAGAUCUGACAAUUACUUGGUAUUGCAAAGACAAGGAGAUCAAGCAGUCGGAUAUAUUCAGAGUGUCUCAGUUUGAUGAAAACUGUCAGUUGGAGAUCACCAGAGUGUAUCCUGAGGAUGAGGGCGAGUACACAUGUGUUGCCCGUAACUCUGCAGGAAUGGUCUCAUGUUCUGCUGUGCUGAAAGUGGACGGACAAACACAUAUUAUGGACUGUACAUCCAAGUCUCAGUCUCAGUCAGAAGCCACUUCCAGCCUCUUCACAAGCAUUAAGAGUGUUCAGAAGGAUCCUAUUGGCCAAAAGCCCACUUUUAUUCAACCCAUUGUGAGCUGUGUGGUGGCUCAUGGAGAAGUGGCUAGAUUUCAUGCUCGUGUGUCUGGCAUGCCAAAACCAGAGAUAAGUUGGUUCCAUAACCAACAGCCUAUAAAGCCUACCAAAAAUGUUGUCUUUCAUUUUGAUGAGAUGACACACACUGCUACGCUAAUCAUAGUUGAUACUUUCUCUGAGCAUGCUGGACAGUACACUUGCAAAGCAGUCAGUAUCGCAGGAGAGGCAGCUUGCUCAGCCAGCCUUGCUGUAACUGAAGAAGUUACAAAAGUACGUGAAGAGAUUGAAGCAAAAAUUGAGGAAGAGGUCAAAGAAUUUUCUAGUUUGACUGUGAAGACCGAAGAAGAGGAAGAAACCUACAGCACAUCACUUCAUUUACCCGAGAAGUCGAAAACACUUGAACUCGAGCCAGAGCAAAAACGUUUUUCUAGUGUGUUGGAAAGGAAAAAGGAGAAACCUGUUUUUGAGUCCAAGCUUACACCUGCGGAAGUUACCGUUGGAGAGUCAGUUAGGUUUACUGUCACAGUAUCUGGUUUUCCAAAGCCGAAAGUUCAGUGGUUCUACAAUGGAAAAAUUAUCACUUCUUCGUCUGUUUAUAAGUUUGUAGAGGAGAGAGAUGACUACACUUUAAUAAUAACACAAGUAAAGAAAGAGUACGAGGGAGAGUACUCUUGUACCGCUAGUAAUAGAUUUGGCCAAACCACCUGCAAGACAAUAUUAAAAGUACAAGUGAGUCAAUUAUCAGCAGCAGAAAAGUGGGUGGAACAAAUGUUUAAAAUACCAGGGCAACCACCAUGCUUUACCACUCAAAUUCAACCUGUGCAGUGUGCAGAGGGCAGUGAGGUGAAAUUUCAGUAUAGAGUUACUGGUACUCCACUCCCUGAUGUUCAGUGGUUUAAGGGUAAUGUUCUAAUUAAAUCAAGCCAGAUCUGUUCUGUUGUGAGUAACCCAGAUGGCUCUGGCUUUCUUAUCAUGACUAACAUCAAACAGAAAGACAGUGGACUCUACACAUGCAAGGCUGUAAAUCCUUUUGGGGAGGCAAGCUGCAGUGCCGAGUUGAUAGUAUUCCACAAAAAAGUCUCUGUCUUUCAUAAACAGCAAUUAGUUCAAGAGCAAAAAAGUUAUAAGGUGUCCAUGAAAGAGGAAGCCACUGAAUCACGUUUGUACAGUGUUAGCCUACCUGGACAGGCAGGUGCUAGUUUGCAGGGAGACCAUCAGGUAAUUUAUACCAUUGGCACAGAAGAUAGGCAAAUGGUAGAGAGCGAGCAGGUUGACAGUCUGCAUGACUUGGAUGUUUCCAUUGCAACUGUGCACAGGGAGCAGGUGACUCAUCAAGCUGCUGUGUUGGAAUCUCAUGAAGUGCAGGAGAGAGUAAUUUCUGCUUCAGUUCAGCCAGAACCAGUGGUAGCAAUCCCUUUGAAACAGCUCCAGAUGGCUACCAUGACCUCAGCAGUUCAAGAACGCCAAGGCUUCACAGAACAGCACUUUGAACGAAUCAGAAGUCCAGAGGUUACAGAGCUGGAAAUUGCUAAAGAGCACCGCUCACAAAUAAUGUCUGCCAUAACUGAGAGUGUAACUCCACUGACAAUUGUCAAAGCUGAGCCAUUAUCAACCAGAGAAACGAAACAGAUCAAGGCAUCUCCUGAGCCCAAGUAUCCAAUAUCAAGUCACCAAGUUGAGUCAAAACUCCCAAUUCUUAAAGAACAUUCACUGGUUAUACCGCAUACUCAGGAGGAAAAGGGCUACCAGGUUAAAGAGGGAGUUAAAAUACUUUACAGUGCAGUUUCAACGGAGAAACAACAGAUCACAGAAGGUCACACUAAAGAACUGUCAACUCAAGAAUCUACCUUUCAGACAACAGUGAAGAAAGAACCACCAGAACCAGUUGUCCUUUCAGUUAGUGAGACUGCUCAAACUUUAGCAAAAGAGCAGAGGUUAUCAAUGCACAGGCCAGUUGAGGAGACCGCAUCUCUAGUCAAAGACAGUGCAUUGAAAUCAGCACUCGUUGCUGAGGAAAAGCAUCAGCUCCAAGCUGAUCAGUCAAGUUUGAUCCCAGGUUUAGAAAGUGCCAUUUCAGUGCAGUCCCAGAGAGAAGAAGAACAAGUUCUACAUUUACAGGUCAUCACAGAUCAGGAUAUUCUUCCAUCUGAAGGCAGGUUUGGCAGUGAGAAACCAGUCCCAGACAAGGCAGAUGCUCAAAAAAGUCCUGUUCUCAAGCAUACAGUGGCAGUGGAUUUACAGCAGACAGUGACAUGCGAGGAGUCCUCUCAGUUUUCAGCACAAACAACAGAACUUUCCAUUCUUCCUGGUAAGGAGGCUCCUACUCCCUUGCAUCUUCAGGCAAUUCACUUAGAAAAUACGUUGACAAAAGAAGGGAUAAUCUCAAUGGAAAAACCAGAUAAACAGAUUGCAGUACAGAGGCAGGAAAAGUCCCGUCAUCAUGCUGCAAGUACAGAAGAGAAAAGAGCGCAUACUGCUGAUUAUUGUGAAGAUCUUGAUGUGUCUGUUACAGGCAUGCAGUCUGAAAUCAGAAAAGAACCCAAACCUGAAAGUAUUCUUCAAGUCUUUUCAGAGCCAGUGCCGUUACCGAAGGAAACUCCUUUCGUAAGUGAUGUUAAACAGCAGCGUGCCCUAGUUCAGAAAGAAGAUCACUGGAAUAUUGUGCAUGUGACAUCUGUGUCAGAGAGUCAGGAUAUAGAGGAGGGACACACAGAGAAUAUAGGAACAAUUGAGAAAUUUGUGUCUAAAAGCAAAGUGGAACCCAAAAUCCCAUCUGAAUUAAUUUAUGUAGAAGAAAAGGCUAUCUCAACAGAGAGUAGUAUUGCUCUUGAGGCCACCGAACAAGACUUUGCAGUUCAAAUUCAAGAAGGGCAGUCUGUUAGACAGUCAGUAUUAAUGGAAGAAAAGCGAGUAAUCAAAGCUGAGUCAUCUGAUGAUAUUACAAAAUCUGAAACAACCACAGCAGUUUUCAGUGAGCAAAAGAUGGGUACUGUUUUAGUGUCAGAGGCAAGAGAGAGCCAAACGCUACCCAAAGAGCUCACUUUUGUUAUUGCGCCUCCAAAACCCCAUUCAUUGGACAUUAAAUACCAGUUAAAAAGUACUCUUGCAACUGCUGUUGCUCUUGACCAGCCUUUGAUCCUGGCGGAUGUAGUGGAGAGUUUAGGAGCUGUGGAAAUUCAUGAGGUAAAAGAAAGGAGAGAACCCAAAUUUGUCAUGUUCACUUAUCUUAUCACAAGUGCAAGUGCCCCUCUUGAAAUUACAAUUGCUUUUGAAGGAGAUUAUCCCCAGACUGCUGAUCUCAGAAGUGAACUUCAAGCUGCUUUCUACUCUAUUGUCUAUCGAGAGCAACAGGUUCUGACCUCAGAGCAGCCAGGCACAAUGCAAGUCGACAGGCCCCAAAGAUUACAGGUAACUAAGGCUUCUACAAAAGAAUUGCUUUCUCCUGUGGUGGAGAUGGUAAGAUCGACAGAAAAUGUAGAGCCUUUCACAUCACCAAAUAUUCAAUCUGCAACUGUAAAAACUGAAGCCAAAGCCUCUUUUCAGUCUGUAACCACUAAAGAGCAAGCUUUUGCGCAACAGUCCACUAUUCAUGUGGCAAGUCAAUCAAAAAUUAAGAUUCAACAGUCUAUCCAAGUUGAGCAACAAGAAACCAGAUCUGUGACAGUAAAAGGGCAUGGGAGGGAUGUAGGUAUGACAACCGAAGCUAUUUCGGGGUCUGUUUCAACUGAAACUGAAGUCAAAUUUCAGAGAGAGGAAAGGGAGGAAUAUAUAACCGAAGCAUUUAUGGAAUUAGAGAAAGAAGUUGUUAGAGAGGGUUACCCAAUUUUUGAAAACAUGUUGGAGGAUAUUAUAAUAGAGGAACAUUCAGAGGCAACAUUUUCAUUGAAAAUUAGACAUGUAAAGAAAGUGAAUUGGCUUUUUAAUGGAAAAUCUAUUAAGUCUGGCAAAGAGUUCAAGUGUUCCACAGACCAUGACACUUACACACUAGUAAUCAGCAAGGUUAUGAAGGAUCAUCAAGGAGAAUAUACCUGUGAGGCUGUAGGUGAUGCUGGCAAGACCUCAACUUCCUCCCACCUCACUGUGGUCUUAAGAGUGCCACCUGUUUUUAGGCAGAAAAUUCAAAAUCUGGAGGUCAAUGUCGGCAGCCCUGCAAAGUUCGAAUGCGAAAUUAUGGAGGCUCCUGGUGUGACCUUCAAGUGGUUCAAGUCUGGUUCUGAGCUCAGACAUAGUGACAAAUGCAGAAUUAUCAGCUUUCAUCACACCUCAUCCCUGGAGAUUUUUAGCCCAUCAACCGCUGACAGUGGAGAAUAUACAUGCAAAGCGUCAAACCGCCAUGGAAGUGACAGCUGCUCUGCUAAACUAAGUGCGACAGAGCUUUUCCCUCCAGAGUUUGUAUCAAAGCCUGAUUCGAUGACUUUAUAUGUGGACAAGCAGGCAAAAUUUGAGUGUGUUAUUUCUGGUUCUGACCCAAUGAAUGUUGUCUGGCAUAAAGACAAUAUUGCCAUUUCAAUUGAUGAUCACUACAAAGCAUCCUCUGACAAAAACAAAUAUUUUCUUGAAAUCUUGAAUCUACAACAAAGUGAUCAGGGAACAUACCUUUGCAAAGCUUCAAACAGUGUCGGUACAGCUACAUGCUGCUCUGAACUGAGGGUUGUUGACAAACCCAACUUUGUGAAGAGCUUUGAGGCAAUCACUAUUGCUGUGGGAAACCCACUACGUCUUGAAUGUCAUGUAGAUGAAGACAUUGGUGUUUCCAUCAUCUGGAUGAGAGAUGGCAAGAAACUCCAUACUACAAUGGACUGUAAACUAGCUUUUGAAGACAAAAUAGCCUGUCUUGAGAUUCAAAAAGCCAAACUCAAAGAUACAGGUACAUAUACCUGUACUGCUGCCAAUGAGGCAGGAAGCACCAGUUGCUCUGCUAGCGUGACAGUGCAAGAACCUCCAGUCUUUGUGAAAAGGCUAGAGCCUAAGAUCUUAUGGAAACAAGGAAUGUCAUCACGUCUGUCGUGCACUGUCAAAGGAUCGCCUGAACUCCACGUGACUUGGUUUUUGAAUGACAAACCGCUUAGCUCCUCUGAAAAACAAAAAAUCACAUUUAAGGCUGGCCAAGCCACUCUUGAGAUUAUUGAAUUGUCUGAGUCUGACAGUGGAAAUUACACUUGUGAAGUGAUGAAUGAGGCUGGCUGUGAAAGCUGCAGCUCUCAAGUCACUGUAAAAGAACCUCCUACAUUUAAAAAGGAGUUGCAAAUGGUGGAGGUAGUCAAAGGGUCCACAGCUCAGCUUGAAUGUGAAGUUACAGGCACUGCUCCAUUUGAGGUGACCUGGCUUAAAAAUAAAAACCCAGUUUCCUCUGACAAGAAGUACAGUAUUGUUUCAAAGGACUCAGUUGCAUAUUUGGAAAUCAAAUCUUUUGAAAGUGCAGAUGUUGGAGAUUAUCAGUGCUGCAUUUCCAAUGAUGUUGGUAAAAUAUCUACAAAAGCAGUGGCCAAAUUGAAAGACCCACCAUCCUUUGUAAAGAAGGUUGAGAACACCACUGCAGUUUUAGGCAGUGCUGUGAAACUGCAAGGAACUCUUAAAGGUUCUGCUCCUAUCACAGUUCAGUGGUUUAAAGACUCAGAGUUAGUCAGAGAUGAUGAUCCUAAUAUUACCACAAGUUUUGAAAACAGCAUCACUAUUCUGGCAAUAGCAAAUGUGGCCAUCAACCAUGGGGGAAAAUAUACUUGUCAAGCUGAAAACGAGGCCGGAAAACAAAAAUGUGAUGCCACUGUUUCAGUUCAAGAACCAGCUAGAUUUGUUGAGAAACCUCCAUCCAUCAGUGUAACAGCAGGUGACUCUGCAACUCUUGAGUGCAAAGUUUCAGGAAGUCCAGAUCUCAAAGUAAAAUGGUUCAGAGAUGGCAAAGAGAUGACAGGAAGUCGAAAAUACAAAAUCUCUUUCAAAGACAAUGUGGCAGUCUUGAAAAUCCUCUCGGCAGAGCGGGGAGAUAGCAGUGAAUACAAAAUUGAAGUUUCUAAUCGGGUUGGAAAAGAACAGUGUUCUUGUUCAGUCAUUGUUCUCGAUAAAAUAAUACCUCCGACAUUCACAAAAACACUUAAAAAGGUAGAUGGUAAUGUUGGUGGUAGUAUUCAAAUGGAAUGCAAAGUGUCAGGAUCCCAGCCUAUAACAAUAUCUUGGUUCAAAGAGGGAAAGGACAUUACAACUGGAACAAAAUAUAAAACUGAAAUGCAGGAAAGUACUGCCACACUGAAAAUAACAGAUUUAGAGACAUCAGAUGCUGGGGUUUUCACCUGCCAUGCAACUAAUGCUGCAGGACACAGUGAAACAAGUGGAACUGUUUCUGUUAAAGAACCCCCAGUCUUCUCUUUGAAACCUGAAAGCCAAGAUGUUAUACCAGGAACUACAGUCGUUCUAAAAGCUGCAUUCACUGGGACAGCGCCUUUUAUUAUUAAGUGGUUCAGAGAAGACAAAGAAAUGUUAACUGGAGGAACUUGUUUCAUCAAGAAAGAAGCCAACUCAAGUUCACUGGAGCUGCACUCUGUGAAGCCAAAUCAGUCUGCAAAAUACACUUGCCAAGUUUCUAACGAUGCUGGAAGGGUCUCAUGCACAGCUGCCUUAUUUGUGAAAGAACCUCCAAAAUUCGUGAUGAAGCUUGAAUUGAAUAAACUUGUAUUGAAUGGGAGUCUUGCAACUUUGGAAUGUAAAGUGACUGGCAGCCCAGAGAUCAAUAUUAGAUGGUAUAAGAAUGAGACUGAAUUUAGCUCAAAUGAAAAAUACCAAAUGGCCUUCACUGACUCAGUUGCUACACUAAGGAUUUCCAAUUGCUGUGUUGAAGACAGUGGAGAUUAUAUCUGCCAAGCAUCAAGUGAAGCUGGUAGUGAUAGAUGCAGUUGCUUGGUUACAGUCAAAGAACCUCCCGAAUUUGUGAAACCUUUUGAAUCCAAAGAAAUUGUUAAAGGCACAGAUGUUGUGUUGGAAGGAACUGUGUCAGGCUCAGCUCCCUAUGAGAUUUCCUGUUUCAAAGAGUCAAAGCAGAUCCGGAAUGAUAGAAGACAUAUAAUAAGCCUGACAAAGGAUGUAGCAGCUCUUCAGAUUUUGAAAUUUGAACCUGGGGAUGUUGGCAAAUAUCAGUGCACUGUAGGAAAUGAAGUUGGCCAAACCUCUUGUGAUUUUCAUAUUACGAUGAAAGAGCCACCAUCAUUUGUGCUGAAGAUGGAAAAUACAAAUGUCCUCCUGGGUGGUGAGGUUUCCUUGCAGUGUGUUUUGAAAGGGUCAUUGCCUAUGACCAUCUCUUGGAUGAAAGAUGACCAUGAGAUCAGGGAAUCUGAGCAUGUUCAGAUAUCUUUUGAGAACCUGACUGCAGUUGUACACAUUUCUAGUGUGCCAUUAAACCUUGGUGGAAAGUACACUUGCCAUGCUCAGAAUGAAGCUGGUAGUCAGAAAUGUACAGCAGUACUGGCAGUAAAAGAGCCUGCAAACAUCACAGAGCAAGCCAAGUCUGUCAGUGUUACAGUAGGUGAUCCUGCCACUCUAGAGUGCAGGUACUCGGGUUCUAAAGUUCUUAAAGCAAAAUGGCUAAAGGAUGGCAAAGAGCUGACAUCAGCGAAAAAGUACAAAGUGCAGAGCACAGAUACAAGCUCCAAGUUAAAAAUUCUUUCUUCUGAGAAGAGUGAUGCUGGAGAAUAUAUAUUUGAGAUUUCAAAUGAUGCUGGAAGCAGCAGUUGUGAGGCAGUUGUAACUGUUUUAGAACCUCCAUCAAUCAUUGAGAAGCCUGAAUCACAAGACGUUAUACCAGGAUCCAAAGUGCAGUUUAAUGUUCUUGUGUCUGGAACACCACCAAUGACCAUAAAAUGGUUUAAGGAUAAGAAAGAAGUUACAUCAGGAAGUGACUGUUCGGUUCAGAAAAAUGACACUUCCAGCUCACUUGAGCUCUUUUUUGCAAAGCCUUCAGAUUCUGGAGACUAUGUCUGUGAAAUAAGUAAUGAUGUUGGAUCAGAUGCCUGCCAAGCGAUGCUCUUCGUUAAAGAACCCCCCAAAUUUACCCGCAAACCUGAAAAAAUAACAGUGGUAAAACCAGGCCAAUUGGUAGUUUUUGAAUGCCAUAUUACAGGCACUCCAGAGAUAGACACCUACUGGUUCAGAGAUGGUAAUGAAAUAAGUCCAAGCGCCAAGCAUAAAAUUACCUUUGUCGAUUUUCUCGCACGGCUUGAGAUAAGUAGCAGUGAUAUUAAAGACAGUGGACUGUACUACUGUGAAGCCCGGAACGAGGCGGGCAGUGAGAGCUGUAGUAUGGAACUAAGAGUGAAAGAGCCACCAGUUCUUGUCAAGCCAUUGAGUCCUCUUGAGGUUGUAAAUGGCUCAAAUGCAUAUUUUGAAUGUCAGGUAAAAGGCACAGCUCCUUUUGAGGUGACUUGGCAAAAAGAUUUAAAGGAUAUCAAAUCAAGCCUUAAGCACAUAGUUUUGCAGAAGAAUGUCUCUAUUUUGACUCUUGAUGUACAGAAAUGUGAUGCUUUAGAUGUUGGAGAAUAUCAGUGCAUUGUAGCAAAUGAAAUUGGCAGUUGUUCAAGUCAGACAACACUCAGCAUAAAAGAGCCUCCAUCGUUUGUGGAGAGGAUUGAGAACGUUGUCACAGUUCUUGGAAAAAAGGUUGAGUUUAAAUGUGUUGUAAGAGGAUCACCUCCUCUAUCCAUACAAUGGCAGAAAGAUGAAAACUGGAUUUUGGAGGAUCCUGCAAUUGAGAGGGCAUUUGAGAACAAUAUUGCCACUUUGAGAAUCCCUGUGUGCGAGUCAAUCCACAGUGGAAAAUACACCUGUCAGGCUGUGAAUGAGGCGGGGCAAGAGAAGUGUUUUGGUACACUUGUAGUGCAAGAGCCACCUCAGAUAAUUGAAAAGCCAGAUGUGAUUAAUGUCACCACUGGAGAUCCAGUAAGCUUCGAGUGCAAAGUUACAGGCUCUCCUGAGCUGAAAGUCAAAUGGAGUAAAGAUGGCAAGGAAGUGAUGCCUUCAAGACAGCACAGCCUUAGCUUCAUCAAUAAUGUCAGCCAACUUAAAAUUCAAUCUGUCCAAUUGGAAGACAAAGGAACUUAUGUAUUUGAGGUCUCCAACCACAUCAGUGCCUGCCAGUGCAAAGUGACUUUAAAUGUGCUUGAGCAAAUAAUACCCCCAUCCUUCAUCAAACCUUUGAUGGAGAUGGAGGAAAUUCUGGGCACAAAUGUUGAAAUCGGAUGUAAAAUAUCAGGCUCACUCCCCAUAACUGUGGAGUGGGUGAAGGACGGAACUAAACUGUCAGGAAGAACCAAACAUAAACUUCUUCAGCAUGACAACAGCGUGUCUUUGGAAAUUGAGUGUUUGGAGAAAACUGACACUGGAAUGUACACUUGUAAAAUUACAAACAAAGCGGGCAGUUGUGAAUGCAGUGGCACGCUGAGAGUGAAAGAGCCACCAAGCUUUGUGUUGGUUCCAGAAUCACAGGCUGUCAUACCAAAUACCACUGUUCGCUUUAAGAGUACAUUUAAGGGAACACCUCCCUUCACAGUGAAAUGGUUCAAGGAUGACACUGAGCUGCUUUGUGGACCCUCCUGUUUUACUGGCCUGGAGGGCCUCUCAUGCUUCCUAGAUCUUAUUAUGGUUGGAAUAUCACACAGUGGAACUUACUCUUGUCAAAUAAGCAAUGAUGCUGGUACCGCUAAAUGCACCACAACCUUGUUGGUUAAAGAACCUCCAGAGUUUGUACAGAAACUCCCAGCUGCAAAAGUCAUAAAGAUGGGAGAGCCACUCCAGCUUGAAUGCAAAGUUACUGGCACAGCUCCUCUGAAAAUAAGCUGGUACAAAAAUGAUGCCAUACUCAGUGAUGGUGGCAACUUGAAAAUGGCUUUCGAUAACUCUGUGGCAGUCCUUGAAAUUUUCAAGUCCAGCUUUGAGGACAAUGGAGUCUACACCUGUGAAGUCCAGAAUGAUGCUGGAACUAAGAGUUGCAGCACCACACUCACAGUGAAAGAACCACCAACUUUCCACAAAGUCCCAACACCAGUUGAGGGGUUGAAGGGCAAAGAUGGCAGUCUUAACUGUGAGCUGAAAGGCUCAGCUCCUUUUGAGAUAACCUGGUUUAAAGAUCAAAAACAGUUAAAAGAGAGUAGGAAGUAUAAAUUUGUGUCUGAGGGAUGCUCUGCUACUCUCCACAUCCUUGGACUGGAAGUAUCAGAUGCAGGAGAAUAUGAGUGCAAAGCAUCAAAUACUGUUGGAAGUGAUUCCUGCCAGGGCACUGUAAAGUUAAGAGAACCACCAGCUUUUGUGAAGAAAUUAUCCAAUACGACAGCCAUUUCUGGUGAAGAGGUGAUUUUGUUGGCAACAGUCAAAGGUUCGCAACCUAUGACUGUGUCUUGGGUUCAGGAUAAAGACCAUAUUCUCAGAGAUGGUGACAAAAGGAAAAUUACAUUUGAGAAUAAUCAGGUCACUCUUAAGAUAUUUAAAGCUGACUCCACCACUGCUGGAAAAUAUACAUGUCUGCUCAAAAAUGAUGCUGGAGUAGCUGAAUGCACUGCUAACUUAACAAUCCUAGAACCCGCAGCAAUUGUCGAAAAGACAGAGUCAAUCAGUGUAACCGCUGGUGAAACCGCAGCCUUAGAGUGCACUGUGUCUGGAACUCCAGAACUUAAGCCAAAAUGGUACAAGAAUGGUGUGGAGUUGUCUUCAGGUAAAAAAUACAAAAUCACCUUCUCAAAAAGGAUCUCCAGUCUUAAGCUAUUGUCAACAGAGAAAAGUGAUACUGGAGAAUACACAUUCGAGAUCAAGAAUGAAGUUGGCAGUGACAGCUGCAAAAUGGACCUCACUGUUUUGGACAAAAUCGCCCCUCCUUCGUUCUCACGAAGACUGAAGGACACACAGAAUGUUGUUGGAAAAUCUAUUGAAAUGGACUGUAAAGCUUCAGGGUCUGCACCUCUCUCUAUCUCUUGGUACCAUGAUGAAGAGGAAAUUAAAAGUGGGCCGAACUAUGAGAUUACAUUUGCUGAGAAUACUUGCACAUUGAAAGUGCCAACUUUGAAACUUUCAGACUCUGGCACAUAUAAAUGUAAAGCAGUAAACAGUGCAGGAACUGCAGAGACAACUGCUUCCUUAAUAGUUAAAGAACCCCCCUCUUUUGUGACCACACCUCAACCGGUGGAAGCCCUCCCAGGCACAAAUGUCACCUUUACAGCAACCGUUCAAGGAAGCUCCCCAAUGAAACUGAAAUGGUUUAGAGGAAGUAAAGAAGUAGUAUCUGGGAAAAGCUGUGAGAUUGCUUUAAGAGGAGAUACAGCAAUUCUAGAGCUCUACAACAUUGAUAAAUCUCAUGCUGGCGAGUACACUUGCCAGAUCAUAAAUGAUGCUGGGAAGGAAAACUGUCCUGUGAACCUCUUUGUUAAGGAGGCUGCACACUUUGUCAAGAAGCUAAAGAACCUCUCUGUUGAAAUGGGCAAAACGCUGAUACUUGAAUGCACAUAUGCGGGAAGCCCAAAGAUUCUUGUGAAAUGGCAUAAAGAUGAACAGGAAAUUUACUCCUCUUACAAGUACAACAUUACGACCACUGAGAACUCCUGCAUCCUGGAGUGUCUAAACAGUGAUAAAGAGGCUGCUGGAAAAUACACUUGUGAGGUUUCUAAUGAUGCUGGACUCGACACUUGUGAAGCAGAAGUGUCCAUUUUAGAACCACCUUUGUUUAUUGAGAGUUUGGAGCCUAUGGAAGUCACGGCAGGUGAUGCAGUUUGUCUGAAAUGCCAGAUUGGUGGCACUCCUGAAAUUAAAGUGUCAUGGUUCAAGGCAGAUGGCAAAGUGCGUUCUUCUCCAACCUGCAAGAUGGAGUUCUUUAAAGGCACUGCCUGCCUGAAACUUGCUAAAGUUACCAAAUCUGACAUUGGUGAAUACACAUGUAAAGCAGAAAACAGCAUAGGAUCUGCCUCUUGCAGCUGCCACUUGACUGUACAAGAUGUGAAAACACCACCUUCUUUCCCUAAAAAGAUUACUAGCAUUACACAAAUUGAAGGGCAGCCUGUCCAGUUUGAGUGUCGUGUUGCAGGAUCCUCUCCUAUGGAAGUCUCUUGGCUCAAAGAUGGUGAAGCUCUAAGGAGCAAUUCAGAAAACACAAUGUCUUUUGAUGAUAACUCUGCUAUCCUAAAGAUAGCCAAGGGUGAAAUGAGACAUUCUGGUGAAUACACCUGUGUUGCUACUAAUAGUGUUGGAACUGCUUCUUGCAGGGCCAAGCUCACGCUUCAAGAGCCAAGAUAUCCACCUGUGUUUGAUAAAAAGCUCACACCCGUGGAUGUGACAGUGGGAGAUACUGUCGAACUGGAAUGCCACAUGACGGGAUCAUUGCCUAUAAAAGUUACUUGGUCCAAGGAUCACAAGGACAUCCGUACAGGGGGCAAUUAUAAGAUAUCGUGUGUCGAUAACACCCCUCAUUUAACAAUUUUGAAGGCUGAUAAAGCAGACUCCGGUCGUUAUUCUUGCCAUGCUAGUAAUGAUAUCGGGAAGGACUCUUGUUCCACAGAGGUUUCUGUGAAAGAACGUAAAAUUCCUCCUAGUUUUACCAAAAAGCCUGGAGCAACUAUUGAGGACAUUGAGGGCAAAAUGGUGAAAAUUGAGGCUCGUGUUGCUGGAUCACAGCCCCUGACUGUCAACUGGUAUAAAGAUGAAAGAGAAAUCUUCACCUCUGACUGUUAUGAUGUAACCUUCAAGAGCAGCCUGGCUGUCCUGUGCAUCAAAAAAUCUCAACUGUCAGAUAGUGGCACUUAUAUGUGCAAAAUCUCCAAUGAAGCUGGCACUGCCUCUUGUGAAGUGUCAAUUCAGAUUACAGAGCAAAAGGUACCACCAAGCUUUGACUUGCCUCUUAAACCAGUGACUGUGACUGAGGGUGAGCCACUUACCCUCAGCUGCCAUGUACGUGGAUCUCCUCCUCUAAAGAUUCAGUGGAUGAAGGACAGACAUGAUCUUUCUUCAUCUGCAAACACUAAGAUCACAUUCGUUGAUGGCACUGCCACACUGCAGAUGAUUCGUGUAUCUAAGACAGAUACUGGAGAUUACCUCUGCAAAGCAACCAAUGAGGCUGGUAGUGAGUUCUGCAAGUCUAAAGUCACUAUCAAAGAGAAACCAGGAGCACCUGCCCCGGCUGAACCUGCCCAGGCAAAGGCCGCACCUUCACCACCACAAGCAGUUAAAAAGUUGGACAACUUGUUCUUUAUUGAGGAGCCAAAGAGUGUCCAUAUCAUUGAGAAGGGUACAGCUACCUUCAUUGCUAAAGUUGGUGGUGACCCCAUUCCCAAUGUGAAAUGGAUGAAGGGCAAAUGGAGGCAGAUGACUCAUGGUGGCCGCAUCAGUAUUGAACAAAAAGGCCAAGAGGCCAAGAUGGAGAUUAGAGAGGUGACCAAAUCUGACACUGGCCAGUACAGAUGUGUGGCUUCAAACAAACAUGGAGAAAUUGAGUGCAGCACAGACUUGAAUGUUGAUGAGAAGAAAGAGACAUCUUUAGAAGUGGUCAAACUCAAGAAGACUCCAUCAAAGCAGAAAAGCCCUAAAGAGGACAAGGAAAUUGACAUUGUUGAGUUGCUUAGAAAUGUUGAUCCCAAGGAGUAUGAGAAAUACGCUCGCAUGUAUGGAAUCACAGACUACCGUGGACUCCUUCAAGCUAUUGAGUUUCUGAAGAGGGAAAAAGAACAAGAAAGUGGAAGACCGGAAGUGGAAAGUGGUGCAAGAGAGUCUGAGGAAGAUUUGGCUAAACUUGUUGCUGAUUUGCAAAAGAGGAUGGAACAAACAGAGCCUGUCACUGUGGUACGUGAUAUCACAGACCAGACAACUGCUGUUAAGAAGGAAGCUGUGUUUGAAUGUGAGAUCAAGAUUAACUACCCCGAAAUCACACUGUCCUGGUACAAAGGAACCCAAAAACUUGACAGUGGUGACAAGUAUGACAUCAAAAUUGUGGGUGAUCGUCACAUCUUAAAGAUCAAGGAUUGCCAGACAAGAGAUGACGGCAAUUAUCGUAUUGUGUGUGGCCCACAUAUCUCCAGUGCCAAACUGACAGUGCUGGAGGCUGAAGUGGAACAGCAAAUGCAGGAUGUGGCUGGUAAGGAAGGCCAGACAUGUACAUUGACAUGCCAGUUCUCUGUACCUAAUGUAAAAACCCAGUGGUUUAAAAAUGGGAAGCUUUUAGAGCCUCAAAGCAGAUAUACAUUUGCUGUGGACAAUUACACUCAGAAGCUCUCAAUCAAAAAUGUUAGACCUGAAGACCAAGGAGAAUAUACCUGCAAAUAUAAAAAUCUUGAAACAACUGCAAAUCUUUCGAUUGAAGCCAAGCAAAUACAUUUCACCAAACGCAUCCAGAACAUUGUGGUGCGAGAACAUCAAUCCGCCACUUUUGAGUGUGAGGUGUCUUUCGACAAUGCUAUUGUAACGUGGUAUAAGAACACUUGGGAGCUUAAAGAGAGCCCCAAAUAUACCUUUCAAAGUGAAGGGCGACGGCACUUCAUGAUCAUCCGCAAUGUUACCUCUGCUGAUGAAGGCGUGUACUCGGUCAUUGUCAGAUUGGAGCCCAGGGGUGAGGCUAAAAGUACAGCUGAACUUUAUCUGUCAGGCAAAGAAAUUGAAAUAGAAAGUGUACCUUAUGACAUCCCGGAUACAUCAAUACAAGUGCCUGAGGCAUCUGCAUUAACCAUUGAAGCUGAGUCUUCCUCGGAAUAUUACCAUUAUGAAGAAAAAACGGAAACGAGAGAGUAUGUGUCCUGGACAGAGGAGAGUGUUGUAGAGGAAAUAUCAGUCACAGCCCCAAGGGUCCCGAUCGAAGAGGCUGUCACUAGAAAAACUUUGGGAAUGAGAGAGAUGGCUCCAACAACAGAACUCAAGGAACCUGAGCCAUCUAAACCACCGGAGCUAAAAACUGAAGUACCUGUGAAAGCCAAAAAGCCUGUGGAAGAAAUAGUUACUGCAGUUACAGUGCCAGAGCCAAUUGAACGGCCCACAGCAAAAGCACCUAUAGCUCCUGUGGCUCCUGUACCUAAACCUGAGGAGCCUAAAGCUACACCAGUAGCUGAGCCCAAACCAGAACCAAAAUCCAAGAUUGAACUUAAGCCCGAACCUGAGGCUAAGCCUACUCCUGUGAAGAAGCCUGAGUCACCUCCAGCUAAAGUUCUUGUGGAGGAAAAGAAACCAAAAGCACCAAUUCAAGAGCCACUAAAGAAAGUGCCAACUAAACCUGAGGAAGUCAUUGCAGCUCCAAUUGAAGAACCUCUAAAGAAAGUUCUUGCGGAGGAAAAGAAACCAAAACUACCCAUUCAAGAACCACAAAAGAAAUUGCCAGCUAAACCCGAUGAAGCCGUUGCGGUUUUAAUUGAAGAACCUCCAAAGAAAGUUGAAAAGAAACCAUCUCCACAACCUGAAAGAAAGAAAGAAUCUUUGCCCGAGCCUCAGGCAAAGACAGUUUCCCCAGAAGAUGGCGAAAAGGGACCAGUUUCUGCACCUGGACCAGGAAAGAAAGAGGGAAAGCCUAAAGAGGAAGCUGGAAGAGGAAGGGGCUUGAAACCAAGACAAACUCCUUCUCCUGGUGAUGGUGGAAGGGGUAGAGGCCUGAAGCCUGGCGCUGGUGGUGACAAACCUCCAGGAGAUUCACCAUUUGGUUUCCAGCUCAAAGCCGUCCCCCUGAAGUUUGUAAAGGAGCUCAAAGAUAUUGUGUUGCAGGAGGCUGAGUCAAUCGGCUCCUCGGCUGUAUUUGAGUGCCAGAUCUCUCCAUCUACUGCUAUCACCACCUGGAUGAAAGAUGGAAGCAAUCUAAGGGAGAGCCCGAAGCACAAAUUCACAUCUGAUGGCAAAGACCGCAAACUGCAAAUCAUUGACGUACAGCUUUCAGACACUGGAGAGUACACAUGUGUUGCAAAGCUUGGCAACAAGGAGAAGACCUCAACAGCUAAACUUAUUGUUGAAGAGUUACCAGUGAAGUUCACAAAGACUCUGGAGGAGGAAAUGUCUGUGAUUAAGGGACAGGCAAUGUACCUGACCUGUGAGUUGAGCAAGGACAAGGAUGUGGUCUGGAAGAAGAAUGGAAAAGAACUCAAGAAAAUUGCUGGCAAAACUCAAGUUAAUGUCAUUGGACUGCAGCGCUCUGUGACGAUCCAAGACACAAAUGAUGAUGAUGCUGGUGUUUACACUUGCGAGUGUGAGGACAUCAAGACAGAAGCCAAUGUCAAAGUCAUUGAAAUAAUCAGAGAUUGGUUGACAAAACCUUUGAGGGACCAGCAUGUAAAACCAAAGUCUACUGCCACAUUCAAGUGCGAACUUUACAAGGACACUCCCAACUGGAAGUGGUUCAAGGGAGAUGAAGAAAUUCCUACUGACCCUACAAAUAAGACUGAUUUGAAAAAGGAUGGAAAAGAGAUCACUCUCACAAUCAAGAAUGCUCAACCUGAUGAUGUUGGAGAGUAUGCCAUUGAAGUCGAGGGCCGUAGAUAUGCAGCAAAACUCACUCUUGGAGAGCGUGAAGCUGAGAUCUUGAAGCCUCUUGCUAGUAUGGAGGUAGUCGAGAAAGGGGAGGCCAACUUUGAUACUGAAAUUUCUGAAGAUGAUGUGCCUGGAGAAUGGAAACUUAGAGGGCAGGUUCUGACAAGAUCACCGACAUGUGAUAUCAGAGCAGAGGGAAAUAAAAGAUUCCUCACAUUGAAAAAUAUUCAACUUGACCAGGCUGGAGAAGUCUCUUACCAAGCUUUAAAUGCCAUCACCAGUGCAAUGCUAACAGUCAAAGAAAUUGAAAUGGACUUCACAGUCCCAUUGAAGGAUGUUACUGUGCAUGAAAAGAAACAGGCAAAGUUUGAGUGCACGAUCACUAAAGAUGUGCCUAAAGUCAUGUGGUUGAGAGGAUCUGAUAUUGUAACAGCAGACCAAAAAUAUGAUGUCAUUGAUGAUGGAAAGAAACACAUGUUGGUCAUAAACCACUGUGAAUUUGAGGAUGAGGGAGAAUACACUAUUGAAGUGUUGGGUAAAACAUCAACAGCCAAACUGACAGUUGAGGGUAUGCGGCUGAAAUUCGUCUCGCCGAUAUCGGAUCAAACUGUUAAGGAAGGGAAAACGGCUCGGUUUGAGCUUGAACUGUCCCAUGACAGUGUACCAGUGACAUGGCACAAAAAUGAAACAAAACUGCAUCCGAGCAGAACUGUACUUAUGCAUGUUGAUGGAAAGAAACAUAUACUAGAAAUCAAGGAUGCUACUCUAGAUGAUAUUUGCCAAAUAAAAGCAGAGGCCAAAGGAUUGUCGACAACAGCAAACCUGACGGUGCUAGAGGGAGAUGCCUACUUCACAGUUAAACUGCAAGAUUACACUGCAGUUGAGAAAGAUGAGGUCAAUCUUGACUGCGAGCUCAGCAAAGAUGUCCCUGUGAAAUGGUUCCACAAUGAGACUGAAAUUAAAGCAUCCAAGAUGGUUACCAUGAAGGUAGAAGGAAAACGAAGAAUCCUAAACAUCAAAAAAAUUGAGGAGAAAGAAAAAGGAUUGUAUGUUUGCGACUGUGGAACAGACAAGACUUCCGCCACCGUGAGCAUUGAAGCUCGUGACAUCAAAGUGGUGCGACCCAUGUAUGGCGUUGAGCUCUUCGAUGGUGAGACAGCACGUUUUGAGGUGGAAAUCUCUGAAGAUGAUGUCCAUGGCCAAUGGAAACUGCAAGGAGAACUCCUCUCUGCAUCACCAGAUGUUGAAAUCAUUGAAGAUGGAGCUAAGCACAUCUUAACUUUGUACAACUGCAAAGUGUCCCAGUCUGGAGAGGUUUCAUUCCAGGGUGCCAAUGCAAAAUGUUCUGCCAAUUUGAAAGUGAAAGAGCUUCCCAUUACAUUUGUAACACCUCUGGCUGAUGUGCAUGUAUAUGAGAAAGAUGAAGCAAGGUUUGAGUGUGAGAUCUCAAGACAGCCAAAAAGCUCCUGUUGGAUGAAAGGAUCUCAGAAGAUUACACCUGAUGAUAAAUUUGAGGUACUUCAGGAGGGCAAAAGACACAUUCUGGUGGUCAAAUCUGCUUCCUUUGAGGAUGAGGCUAAGUACAUGUUUGAGGCUGAAGACAAGAGAACGUCUGCCAAACUUGUUAUUCAGGGCAUCCGUCUUGAGUUUGUCAGACCCAUUAAAGAUGUCACUGUUAAGGAGCGUGAGACUGCAGAAUUCAGCAUUGAACUCUCUCAUGAGAAAGUUCAAGUCACCUGGUACAAGAAUGAUGUGCGUUUGCAUCCAAGCAAAGUGGUUCACAUGUCCGAGGAGGGCAAGACCCAUUCUCUGUCCUUCAAAGAGGUGUCUAUUGAUGACACAUCUCUCAUUAAAGUUGAGGCUCUUGGAAAAACUUGUGAGGCGAUGCUCACUGUACUUGAGGGAGAACCUUACUUUACUACCAAGUUGCAGGACUACACUGCAGUUGAGAAGGAUGAGGUUGUCCUAAUUUGCGAAGUGAGCAAAUCAUCUGCUCAGGUGAAAUGGUUCAAAGACGGCAAUGAGAUCACUCCCUCUAAGAAUGUCAUCAUCAAGGCUGAUGGAAAGAAACGUAUCCUGACAGUAAAGAGGGCAGAGAAGGGCAACAUUGGCGAUUACGCUUGUGACUGUGGCUCUGACAAAACAACAGCCAAGCUUAAUAUUGAAGAACGUGAUAUUAAGGUUGUCCGUCCACUGUACAGUGUGGAGGUCACAGAGACAGAGACUGCUCGCUUUGAGACAGAAAUCUCUGAGGAGGAUGUUCAUGGACACUGGAAACUCAAAGGAGAUGCGCUGCACCAGUCACCGGACUGUGAAAUUAAGGAGGAAGGCACCAAGCACAUGCUUAUCCUUUACAAUGUCCGCAUGGAUAUGGCCGGUGGUGUAGACUUCAGUGCUGCUAAUGCUAAAUCUAAGGCUCAGCUCAGAGUUAAAGCACGAAUGAUAGGCCUCUUGAGGCCUCUCAAGGAUGUAACAGUGACAGCGGGAGAGACUGCAACCUUUGACUGCGAACUGUCUUAUGAGGGCAUACCUGUGGAAUGGUUCCUUGGGGGUACAAAGCUGGAACCAAGUGACAGAGUGGUAACCCGAGCAGAAGGCAGAACUCACACGCUGAUCCUUAGGGAUGUGAAGCUGACAGAAGCAGGAGAAGUAAAACUCACUGCAAAGGACUUCUUGACACAGGCUCAACUCAUUGUAAAUGAGCCUCCAGUUGAAUUUACCAAACCUCUGGAGGACCAGACUGUGGAAGAGGAAGCCACUGCUGAACUAGAGUGCGAAGUCUCCAAAGAGAAAGCAGAGGUCAGGUGGUUUAGAGAUGGACAAGAAAUUCGCAAAACCAAGAAGUAUGAUAUGGUUGCUGAUGGUCGUAAGAGAAAACUUGUUAUCCAUGACUGCACACUUGAUGACUCAAAGACAUAUACCUGUGAUGCUAAACAGUUCAAGACUUCAGCUUUCUUAAAUGUUGAACCUCCGCAUGUUGAGUUCACAAAGCCACUCCAUGAUGUUGAGGUCAAAGAGAAGGAAUCUGCCAGAUUUGAAUGUGAAGUGUCUCGUGAAAGUGCAAAGGUUCGCUGGUUCAAAGAUGGCAAUGAAAUCAGAAAAGGCAAAAAAUAUGAGAUGAUUUCUGAAGGGGUAAAACGUAUUCUCAUCAUAAGCAAGUCUGUCUUUGAUGACGAAGCAGAAUAUGAAUGUGAUGCCAGGACCUCCAAGUCUUCUGGAAUGCUGACAGUUGUUGAGGAGGAGACUAGAUUCACAAAGAACUUGGCUAAUGUUGAAGGCACUGAAACCGACAGUGUUAAACUGAUUUGUGAGGUCUCCAAGCCCAGUGCGGAGGUUUCAUGGUACAAGGGUGACCAAGAGUUGCCUGAAGUUGGUAGAUAUGAGCAUAUUACAGAUGGAAAAAAGAGAAUCCUCAUUAUUAAGGGCCUCCGUAUGGAUGAUGCUGGAGAAUACCACUGCAAACUUCCAUCCUCACAGACCACAGGGAACUUGAAGAUUAAUGAACUUGCCGCUGAGUUCAUUGCCAGGCCUCAAAACCAGGAAGUGGUUGAAGGUGAAAAGGCACAAUUUGUGUGCUCAGUCUCCAAAGACACAUAUGAAGUGAAAUGGCUCAAAGGAGAUAAGGAACUUCAGUCAGAUGACAAAUAUGACAUUAUUUCUGAGGGCAAAAAGAGAGUUCUUGUUAUCAAAAAUUGUGAACUCAAGGAUGAGGGAGGAUUUGUAGUCCUAAUUGGAACCACAAGAGCCUCAGCUGAUUUGAUCGUGCUUGAAAAGCUCAGGAUUGUCACUCCUCUCAGAGACAUAAAGGCAAAUGAAGGACAAGAAACUGUCCUCAAUUGUGAAGUUAACACUGAGAAUGCAAAGGCAAAAUGGCUGAAGAAUAAUGAGACAUUAUUUGAAAGUAGCAAGUUCAUGAUGGCCCAGAAGGACAAUGUGUUCUCUCUGAGGAUCAAAGACACCAACAAAUCAGAUGAGGGCAACUACUCCAUUACACUGACCAACCAGCGUGGUGAAAAUGCAAAUAGCUCUGCCAACCUUACUGUGCAAGAGGAAGAUCUUAGAAUCAUUGUUCCUCCUGAGGAUGUUGACACACAGGAGAAAAAGACCAUCAGCUUCUCAUGCAAAGUGAACAGACCAAAUGUGACAGUCCAAUGGAUGAAGGCAGGUCAGGAAAUCAGUCUUAGCAAGAGAAUUCAAUAUCGUGUGGACAAGGACAAGCACACCCUGACCAUUAAGGAAUGCAGCCUUGCAGACGAAGGUGAAUACACUGUAGUUGCUGGUGCUGCUAAGGCAUCGGCAGAACUGAUCAUCAGUGAGGCACCCACUGAUUUCAGCACUCAGCUCAGCGACCAAACCAUCACAGAGUUUGAGGAUGCUGAGUUCACUUGUGAACUUUCCAAAGAGAAGGCUGAAAUCAAAUGGUACAGAGAUGGCAGGGAGAUCAGAGAAGGACCCAGAUUCCAAUUUGAGAGAGAUGGCAAAACAUGCAGACUGCGUAUAAAGGAGUGCAGACCAGAUGACGAGUGUGAAUAUGCCUGUGGAGUGGAUGACAAGAGAACCAGAGCCCGUCUUUUUGUUGAGGAAACCCCUGUGGAGAUUGUCAGACCACCCACAGAUGUGUUUGAGCCCCCAGGCUCAGAUAUUGUGUAUGAAGUUGAGCUCAACAAAGACAGAGUUGAGGUCAAAUGGCUGAGGAACAACAUGACCAUUGUCCAAGGUGAUAAGUACCAGAUGAUGAGCGAGGGUAAGAUUCACAGGCUUCAAGUGUGUGAAAUUAGGCCACGUGAUCAAGGCGAGUACAGAUGCAUUGCCAAGGACAAAGAUGCCAGAGCCAAGCUUGAGCUUGCUGCCAAACCAACAAUUAAAACCUUGGAUCAAGACCUGGUGACAGAUGCUGGAAAGCCAUUUGUAAUGGCAGUUCCUUACAAUGCUUACCCACGUGCUGAGGCUGAGUGGUUCUACAGUGAAAUCAGUCUGCCAAAAGACAAUAUUCACACUUCAAUCGACAGGACAGAGUACAGGCUUAAGGACCCUAAGAAGUCAGAGGAAGGCUCCUAUAAAAUCAUCAUCCAGAACAAACAUGGAAAAGGAGAGGCUUUCAUAAACCUAAAAGUUAUUGAUGUCCCUGGGCCUGUGAAGAACCUUCAUGUUGUUGACACUGCUGACGGUGAGGUCAGCAUUUCUUGGGAAGAGCCUGAGAGUGAUGGUGGCAGCAAGAUCUUGGCUUAUGUGGUUGAGAGACGUGAUAUCAAACGUAAGACCUGGACUAUGGCCACGGACCAUGCCGAUAGCACAGAGUACUGUGUAACUGGCUUGCAGAGAGACUCCAAGUACCUCUUCCGUGUCUGUGCACGCAACCGAGUCGGAAGUGGACCCAAUGUUGAGACAGAUAAAGCUGUUCAAGCCAAGAAUAAGUUUGAUGUUCCUGAUCCACCACAGAAAGUUAUUGUUGGAAAUGUCAACAAGUUUAGUGCCACCGUCUCUUGGGAGCCACCACUGUUCGAUGGUGGAUCUGAGAUCACAUCAUACAUUAUUGAGCUACGCGAUAGAACUUCUGUGUCCUGGGCUCCGGUCAUGGUGACCAAACCACAUGAACGCACAGCUAUCAUUAAUGAUGUUAUUGAGAACAAAGAAUACAUCUUCCGCAUUAAGGCUGAGAACAAGGCUGGAAUUGGCAAACCAAGUGCUGCCACUAACCCAGUGAAGAUCAUGGACCCUAUCGAGAGACCAAGCCCUCCAAUGAAUUUGACACACUCUGAACAGACCAAGGAUUCCUGUCUGUUGACAUGGGAGACUCCCUUAAAAAAUGGAGGCACAGCGAUCACUGGCUACAUCAUUGAGAGAUGUGAAGAAGGCACAGACAAGUGGCUCAGAUGCAAUGCUAGGCUUUGCCAGGACCUGUUGUACAGGAUGUCAGGCCUGAAAUUUGGAAAAAAAUACAGCUAUAGAGUACUUGCUGAGAAUGCGGCCGGGCAGUCUGACCCCUCAAACAUUAUUGGACCUGUGUUGGCAGAUGAUCCACACUUUGCACCCACUCUGGACUUGAGUGGAUUUAAGGAUGGUCUGGAGGUCAUUGUCCCUAACCCUCUUGCAAUUCGUGUCCCCAUCACUGGGUACCCGGUGCCCACAGCAAAGUGGACGUACGGUGAAAAUGUGCUAACGGCUGGUGAACGUGUGUCUAUGGUUACAAAGUCAACCUUCACAGAGCUCAUUAUAACCCCAAGUGUGCGUCCUGACAAAGGCACAUACUCUUUGAUGCUGGAAAAUGAUGUGACCAGUGUCUCAGGAGAGAUUGAAGUUAAUGUCAUUGCAUCUCCAAGUGCACCAAAAGACUUAAAGGUUGCAGAAGUGACCAGAAAGCAUGUUCACCUGAUGUGGGAGGCACCAGAUCAUGAUGGAGGCAGUCCAAUCACCGGCUACCAGGUUGAAAAGCGUGAGGUCUCCAGAAAGACCUGGGUGAAGGUGAUGUCAGGUUUGCAAGACCAGGAAUACACAGUCACAGAUGUUGUUGAGGGAAAGGAGUACUUGUUCAGAGUUAUUGCCUGUAACAAAUGUGGCCCUGGAGAACCCGCCUAUAUUGAUGAGCCAGUGAAUGUGUCUUCACCUGCAACUGUACCAGACCCACCAGAAAACCUUAAAUGGCGAGACAAGUCUGCUAGCAAGAUCUUCUUGUCAUGGGAGCCUCCCAAAUGGGAUGGUGGAACUGCAAUUAGAGGUUAUAUUGUUGACAAGUGCCAACGUGGCACUGACAAGUGGGAGCCAUGUGGAGAUCCAUUGCCUGAGCUUAAGUUUGAAGUGACUGGUCUCAUUGAAGGACAGUGGUAUGCUUAUCGUGUGAGGGCUUUGAACAAACUGGGUGCCAGUAGGCCUUGCAAGGCGACAGAUGAGAUCUUGGCGGUUGAUCCUAAAGAGCCUCCAGAGAUUCAACUAGAUGCAAAGCUGUUGGCUGGCCUGACUGCUAAAGCUGGCACUAAGAUUGAACUUCCUGCUGACAUCACUGGCAAACCAGAGCCUAAAGUCAAAUGGACCAAGGCUGACCUUGUCCUGAAGCCAGAUGACAGAAUCACAAUUGAUACCAAACCUGGCCACUCAACACUGUCCAUUGCUAAGACCAAGCGGGAUGAUACAGCUACAUACAUUAUUGAGGCAGUCAACAGCAGUGGCCGUGCAACUGCAACUGUUGAUGUCAACAUUCUAGAUAAACCUGGUCCACCAGCUGCCUUUGAUAUCUCUGAAAUCACCAAUGAGUCGUGUUUGUUGGCCUGGAAUCCUCCAAGAGAUGAUGGUGGCUCAAAGGUGACAAACUAUAUUGUUGAGAGGAGAGCUGCAGAGAGUGAACUUUGGUACAAGUUGUCCUCCACUGUGAAGCAAACCACCUACAAAGCCACCAAACUUGUGGCUUUCAAGGAGUAUGUAUUUAGGGUUUAUGCUGAAAAUCAGUUUGGCGUUGGUCCCCCAGCAGAACAUGCCCCAAUAAUUGCCAGAUAUCCAUUUGAAACCCCUGGUCCCCCAUAUAAAUUGGAGCCAUCUGACAUUGCAAAGGAUGCGGUAACUCUGUCCUGGUAUGAGCCUGAUGAUGAUGGUGGAAGUCCUAUUACUGGAUACUGGGUAGAGAGAUAUGAGCCUGACCAUGACAAAUGGAUUAGAUGCAACAAGCUACCUAUUAGGGACACAAACUUUAGGGUAAAAGGCCUGCCCACAAGAAAGAAGUACAAGUUCCGUGUUUUGGCAGAGAAUCUUGCUGGGCCUGGCAAACCAAGCAAAGAGACAGACCAGAUUUUGAUUAAAGAUCCAAUUGAUCCUCCAUGGGCUCCUGGUAAGCCCACUGUUAAAGAUGUGGCCAAAACAUCUGCCUUCCUGCAAUGGACAAAACCUGAGCAUGACGGUGGUGCAAAGAUUGAGUCUUACACCGUUGAGCUCCUCAAGAGCGGAACUGACGAGUGGGUGCGUGUAGCUGAUGGUAUCCCCUCUCUUGAGCACUUCCUGAGAGGAUUGAUGGAGAAGCAAGAGUACUCAUUCCGUGUCAAAGCUGUCAACGCAGCAGGCGAGAGUGAACCUAGUGAACCAAGCGAUCCAGUGCUCUGCAAGGAGAGACUCAAUCCUCCAUCGCCACCAAGAUGGCUUGAAGUAGUGACCACUACCAGGAACAGCGCUGAACUAAAAUGGACAGCACCUGAGAGAGAUGGUGGCUCUCCAAUCACAAACUACAUUGUUGAGAAGAGAGAUGUCAGACGGAAAGGCUGGCAGGCUGUGGACACCACUGUGAAGGAGCUGAAGUACACUGUCACCCCAUUAAAUGAAGGGGUUCUCUAUGUGUUCCGUGUUGCUGCUGAGAAUGCAGUUGGACCCAGUGAAUUUUGUGAACUUGCAGACUCUGUUCUUGCCAAGGAUACUUUCAAUUCUCCUGGACCUCCAUAUAAUCUGACCAUAACAGGUGUCUCAAAGACUCAUGUUGACCUGAAAUGGGAUGCACCUAAGAAUGAUGGUGGAAGACCUGUCUUGAGAUAUGUCAUUGAGAAGAAGGAGAAACUUGGAACCCGGUGGGUGAAAUCUGGAAAGACUUCAGGUCCUGACUGCCAUUACAGAGUGACUGAUGUGAUUGAGGGGACUGAAGUCCAGUUCCAGGUCUCUGCUGAGAACGAGGCUGGAGUUGGUCACCCAAGUGAACCCACUGAUAUUGUGGUCAUUGAGGACCCGACAGGCCCACCAUCACCACCCCAGGAAUUGCAUGUCACAGAAGCAGCCAGAGACCAUCUUUGUAUUGCCUGGAAGGCACCAGAUAAGACCGGAGGAAGUCCCAUUAUCGGCUACCAUAUUGAGCUCUGUGAGGCUGGAACUGAGAAAUGGAUGAGAGUCAACUCUCGUCCUGUCAAAGAGUUAAAAUACAGAGCAGGGGAUGAAGAGGGCAUUGUUCCUGAGAAGCAGUAUACCUUCAGAGUCCGUGCUGUCAAUUCUAUUGGUGCCAGUGAGCCCUCUGACAUUUCUGAGAACGUAUAUGCCAAAGAUUCUGACUGUAGCCCAACUCUUGACUUCCAGACCAAAGACCUUGUUGUUGUAGAAGGUGAAAAGAUGCACCUACCUAUUCCAUUUAAAGCCGUGCCGUCACCUAAGAUUACAUGGCACAAAGAUGGAAAUGAACUGAAGGCUGAUGACAGAACCUUCUUUAGAGCUGAGUAUACAUCCUGCCAUCUGGAAAUUCCAAGCUGCUUACACGCUGAUGCUGGCCAAUACAAAGUUACCUUGGAGAACAGAAAUGGUUCAGCAAGUGGAACACUCAACGUCAAAGUUAUUGGUCUUCCUGGAGUGUGUAAAGAAAUUGUUGCUAGUGAAAUUACCAAGAGCACCUGCAAGAUAUCCUGGGAUCCUCCAGACUAUGACGGUGGUACCCCCGUUCUCCACUAUGUGUUGCAACGCAGAGAAGCAGGAAGGAGAACCUAUGUCAAUGUUAUGUCUGGGGAAAACAAAGUGAGCUGGCCGGUUAAGGAUCUCAUUCAAAAUGGGGAGUAUUACUUCCGUGUCAGAGCUGUCAACAAGAUUGGUGGUGGUGAAUUCAUUGAGCUUCGUAAUCCUGUAAUUGCUGAGGAUCAGAAGCAACGUCCUGAUCCUCCAGUCGAUGUGGAAACACACAACCCAACUGCUGAGAGUGUGACCCUUACAUGGAAGCCUCCCAUGUAUGAUGGUGGAAGCAAAAUUAUGGGUUACAUUCUUGAGAAGAUGAUGAAAGGGGAAGAUCAAUUUAAGAGAUGUAAUGACUUCCUUGUGCCAGUGUUGUCCUAUACUGUUAAGGGAUUGACAGAAGGAAAACAAUAUCAGUUCCGUGUGAGUGCCGAAAAUGCAGCUGGUGUCAGUGAUCCUUCACGCAGCUCACCUUUUGUCAAAGCCUCUGAUGCAAUUGAUCGUCCAAAAGUAUUCCUUAGCGGUAGUCUACAAUCAGGCUUGUCUGUGAGACGAGGUGAAGAGAUCCGAUUGGAUGCCAACAUCUCUGGAUUUCCUUACCCACAAAUUACAUGGAUGAGAAACAAUUCAACCAUUUGGCCAGAGCCACUGAAGAAGAGACCAGAAAGGCCCAUUAAAAAGAAGAAAGAGAAAGAAAAAGAAAAGGAGGAAAAGAAAGAGGCAGAUGCCGAAAAGAAAGAGGUAGAUGCCGAAAAGAAGGAGGUAGAUGCCGAAAAGAAAGAGGCAGAUGCAGAAAAGAAGGUGGAAGACAAAGAGGCCAAGGAGGAGGACAAGGCAAAGAAGGAAGAAGAAAAGGAGAAAGAAAAAGAAAAGGAGGUGGAGGAACCGGAGGAACCUGAAGAAGCAUACCACCCAAGCUUAAAUGAACGUCUUACCAUUGAAUCCAAGAGGAAGGGUGAAUCCUUUAUUAUCGUAACAGAUACUAUCAGAGGUGAUCAUGGUGUUUUCACCAUAAAAGUGGAAAAUGAUCAUGGUGUUGCCUCUGCCACCUGUGAAGUUAAUGUCCUUGAUACUCCUGGACCUCCAGUCAAUUUCAAAUUCGAAGAGGUAAGGAAGACCUCAAUCCUCUGUAAGUGGGAUCCUCCUCUGGAUGAUGGUGGUUCUGAAGUCAUUAACUACAUAUUAGAGCGAAAAGAUAACUCCAAGGCUGAGCUUGGAUGGAUCACUGUAACAUCAAUCCUUAGAGGUUGUAAAUUUCUAGUGCCCAAACUUAUUGAGGGCAAGGAGUACCUCUUCCGCGUCACUGCCGAGAACAAGUAUGGUCCUGGAACCCCAUUCAUCUCCAAACCUGUCAUUGCAAAGAAUCCAUUUGAUCCUCCAGAGGCGCCGGAGAAACCUGAAAUUAAGGAUGUUACAGCCAGCAGUAUGCGUGUUACCUGGAUAGAACCCAAUGACAAUGGCAGCCCCAUUGAGGGAUAUUGGGUAGAGAAACGAGAAAUUAACAGCACACACUGGGCGAGAGUCAAUCGCACCAUGGUUCCUGAUUUGGAAAUAAAUGUAGAGGGCCUUUUAGAGGGUCUGACAUAUAUUUUCAGAGUCAGCGCGGAAAAUGUAGCUGGACCUGGAAAGUUCAGUCCCCCAUCAGAACCAAAAACAGCACAGGCACAAAUCAUGCCCCCGGGUCCACCAAUUCCAAGAGUUGUUGACACCUCAGACUUUUCAAUUGAUGUUGAAUGGGAUCCUCCCGCAGACGAUGGUGGCGCAGACAUCUUUGGUUAUCAUGUUGACAAAGUUGUUGCUGGUACCAAGGACUGGUCGCGAGCCACAGAGAGGCCAUGGAAGAACCGCACAUUUACAGUGUAUGGAGUGAGAGAAGGCGCAAAAUACAUUGUCCGUGUUGUUGCAGUCAAUUGUGCUGGUGAAGGACAACCAGGUUUUACAGAUGGAGUCAUUGUGAGAAACCCUGCAGAGGUUCCUGUCAUCGAACUUGAUAUCUCUGUUAAAAAUGGUGUUGUCGUUAGAGCUGGAGAGAUGCUGAGAAUUCCAGCACAUGUGACUGGCAGACCUUUUCCAUUUUUGAAAUGGACAAAGGAUGAUGCAGCAUUAGAAAAAGAUCGUAUGGAGGUAGAAGAAGCUGGACCGCUCAGCACUGUUGUCAUUAAAACCACAAAGAGAAGUGAUCAUGGCAAAUACCAAAUCCAAGCAGCAAAUCCAAGUGGCAUUAAGUCUGCAUGGACCAGAGUUGAAGUUAUGGAUGUUCCUGGACCAGUUCUUGACCUGAAACCUGUUGUGGUUACAAGAAAGCUAAUGAUGCUGAAUUGGUCAGAUCCUGAUGAUGAUGGUGGUAGUGAUGUGACAGGGUUUAUCAUUGAAAGGAGGGAACCAAAGAUGCACACAUGGAGACAACCCAUUGAUACUCCUUCCUCCAAAUGUGAGAUUGUAGGUAUUAUUGAGGGACAGGAGUACAUUUUCCGUGUUGUGGCUAAGAACAAGUAUGGAUGUGGACCUCCAGUCGAUCUUGGACCAAUCCGUGCUGUGGAUCCUCAAGGUCCACCAACUUCUCCUGAAAAGUUCCACUAUAUUGAGAGGACCAAGUCCUCUGUUACUAUUGAAUGGAGACCACCGCGUAAUGAUGGUGGUAGUCCAAUCAUUGGCUACAUCAUUGAGAAAAAGCGACAAGAUGAACCAGCCUUUCAGCGUGUCAACCCAGAGCUGAUCACUGCUCAAAUUUUGACAGUUGAAAACCUUGAUGAGUUGCAUUUGUAUGAGUUCCGUGCAAAGGCUGUCAAUGCACUUGGUGAAAGUGAGCCUUCAAUUACCAUGACUGUUGUAAUUCAGGAUGAUGAAGUGGCACCAACUCUGCAUAUGCUAAAGCACUUCAAGGGUGAUUUGAUCCGAGUAAGGAAAAACGAACCUAUUGAGAUGCCUGCUGAAGCCACAGGCCUACCAAUGCCAAAGAUUGAAUGGCUGAAGGAUGAUGUUGUUAUUGACACGGGCUCUGAGAAACUCCUGAUAGAAACCAAAGAGAUUGACAGAGUGACAUCUCAUACAAAACUCUCCAUCCCUGCUGUUACGAGAUUGGACAAGGGCACAUACACUGUUAUUGCCUCAAAUCGUUUGGGAUCACCCAGUCAUUCCAUCACAGUGGAAGUGUUGGAUCGCCCAACACCACCAAGGAAUAUUGCUGUUUCAAAUAUCAAAGCAGAAUCUUGCAACCUUACCUGGGAUGCCCCAUUGGAUAUUGGUGGCAGUGAGCUUACCAACUACAUUGUUGAGAUGAAAGACCUUAAUGUUGAAGAUCCUGAAAAGGCUGAGUGGGUGCAGGUUACUAAGUCCAUUAUUGAGAAGCGAUAUGGGGCAUGGAACCUGCAAACUGGUGGCAACUAUAAAUUUAGAGUCAAAGCUGAGAAUAAGUAUGGAAUAAGUGAGGCCUGUGAAACCGAAGAGGUUCAGAUUAAGGAUCCUUUUGCUCUGCCUGGCCCACCUGAGAAGGUCACUAUCACUGAGCACUCUAAGACCCAUAUGGUACUGACAUGGGAACCACCUAUUGACAGUGGUGGUUCUAUGAUUACUGGCUACUGGCUUGAGAAGCGUGAAAAAGGCACUUCCUAUUGGUCUCGUGUGAAUAAGACACUGGUGUCAAAACGUGGCAUGAAAGGCUGGGAAUACCAGGUUACCCGUCUCAUAGAGGGAACAGAGUAUGAAUUCCGUGCAAUGGCUUGCAAUUCUGCUGGUAUUGGACCACCUAGUGCCAUUUCUGAAUCUGCCGUUGCCGAUGAUCCAUUGACUCCACCUAGCAUGCCAGCAGCUCCUGAGAUUAGUGACAAAACCAAACAUAGUGUCACUCUUGCGUGGACCCCACCAGCUAAAGAUGGUGGUCGCCCCAUCAAAGGUUACAUCAUUGAGAUCCAGGAUGAAGGAACUUCUGAGUGGGCCAGGAUUAAUGAUGCUGAAAAUCCGCAUCCUUCUACUGAGUUCACAAUUCCAAACCUCCCAGCACUUAAGAAAUACAGAUUCAGAAUCAUUGCAGUCAAUGAAAUUGGCGAGUCUGAACCAAGCCCCAGAACCACUGAAGUUCGCAUAGAGGACAUUCAAACUGGACCAAAGAUCUUCAUGGAUAUCAGUGCUCAUGAUCUUCUGUGUAUCCGUGCUGGUUCUCCAUUUAAGAUUCCUGCUACCAUCACAGGGCGUCCUGCUCCCAAAGUUACAUGGGAGUUUGAUGGCAAAGCAAAGACAGAAAAGAAGGAUCGUCUUCAUAUCUUACCAGUGGAUUCACAGGUUGAAUCAACUGACACUACCUCAGUUGUUACAAUUCCUGUCAGUUUGAGAACCCAUUCUGGCAGGUACACAAUUACAGCAAAGAAUAAAUCAGGACAGAAGCAUGUCAAUGUCAGAGUAAAUGUGCUUGAUGUUCCUGGAGCACCCAAAGAGCUCAAAGUUACUGAUAUCACCAGAACCACAAUGAGACUCAUUUGGAAGCUGCCAGAUAAUGAUGGUGGAGAGAGAAUCAAAAGUUAUUUUAUUGAGAAGAAGGCUGUCAAUGGAAAGGCUUGGACAGUUGUCAACGCUACUUGUGCCAGCAUGGCCUUUGUCGUGCCUAACCUCCUUGAGGGACAGGACUACUUAUUCCGUGUUCGUGCUGAGAAUCGCCUUGGCUUUGGACCAUUUACUGAGACCACAGAACCUGUUAGGGCAAGGGAUCCUAUCUAUCCUCCUGAUCCUCCAACCAAGGUGAAAAUUAACCUUGUUACAAAGAACACUGUUACCCUGUCAUGGGUUCCUCCUAAGAAUGAUGGUGGAGCACCAGUAAAGCAUUACAUCAUUGAGAGGUUGAGCUGGGAUACCAGUGGUCCACAGAAAGAGACUUGGAAACAAUGCAACAAGAGAGAUGUUGAAGAGACUACCUUUAUCAUUGAAGAGCUUAAAGAAGGUGGUGAAUAUGAGUUUCGUGUUAAAGCUGUAAAUGAAGCUGGUGCAAGCAGACCCUCUGUUACUGCCGGACCAAUCGUCAUUAAGGACCAGACAUGUGCUCCAAGUAUUGACCUCAGAGAAGCUUUAGAAGGUGCUGAAGGAUAUGAUGUCACCAUUGUUGCCAGGAUACAAGGCUGUCCAUUCCCAUCUCUUGUCUGGCACAAGGCUCCCCAGGAUAAGCCUGAUGACAAAGCUGCUGUACAGUAUGACAAACAUGUCAAUAAACUUGUUUCUGAUGAGAAAUGCACCCUGUUGAUUCAGCAGUCAAAGAGAGAUGACAGCGCAAUAUACACUCUGACAGCCACCAACAGUUUGGGCACAGCCACCAAGAGCAUCAAGCUUAGCAUUUUGGGACGUCCUGGUGUACCUGUAGGACCAAUUAAGAUUGGGGAGAUUUUCGCUGAAAGGAUUGGUCUCUCCUGGAAUAUACCCUUAGAUGAUGGCGGUUCCAAGAUUACAAACUAUGUUGUUGAAAAGCGUGAGGAAAACAGAAAAACAUGGGUCCAUGUCUCUAGUGAUCCAAAGGAAUGCCAAUACACAGUGCAAAGGCUAACAGAGGGCCAUGAGUAUGAGUUCCGUGUUAUGGCUCAGAAUAAAUAUGGAAUUGGACCACCCUUGUACAGUGAACCUGAAAAAGCACGAAACCUCUUCACUGUGCCUGGCCAAUGUGAGAAGCCAACUGUUACAGAUGUUUCAAUUGAAUCUAUGACCGUCGAAUGGGAUGAGCCAGAAUAUGAUGGUGGCUCUCCAGUAACUGGCUAUUGGUUAGAGCGUAAGGAAACUACAAGCAAGCGUUGGACAAGAGUAAAUCGUGAACCUAUCAGAAUCAGGACUCUAGGAGUUUCCCAUAUUGUAACUGGCCUUAUGGAGGGUGCUAUCUACCAGUUCCGUGUUAUUGCAAUUAAUGCAGCUGGUUGCGGCCCUCCUAGUGUUCCUUCUGAUCCUGUUCCAUGUAGAGACCCCAUAGCACCUCCAGGACCUCCAACACCAAAAGUAACAGACUGUACCAAGUCAACUGUUGAUCUUGAAUGGAUUCCUCCACUUGUUGAUGGUGGAUCUAAAAUUACAGGCUAUUUUGUAGAGUACAAAGAAGAAGGGCAAGAGGAAUGGGAGAAGGUUAAAGACAAGGAAAUCAGAGGCACCAAGUUUGUUGUUCCUGGACUUAAAGAGCUUGGACUCUACAGAUUUAGAGUGAGAGCUGUAAAUUCUGCAGGUGUGGGAGAACCUGGUGAGGUUUCUGAUGUGAUUGAAGUCAAGGACAGGACAAUUCCCCCUGAAGUAGACCUGGAUGCAACUGUCAAGGAAAAGAUUGUUGUUCAUGCUGGUGGAGUUAUCCGCAUCCUGGCCUAUGUGUCAGGAAAGCCUGCUCCAGAGAUCAUUUGGAACAGAGAUGAUGGCGAUUUACCAAAGGAGGCUGCUGUUGAGACCACUUCUAUAAGUUCAGCUUUGGUUAUCAAAAGUUGCAGGAGACAACACCAGGGCAUUUAUACGCUGACUGCUAAGAAUGCAGGUGGAGAGAGGAAGAAAGCGAUUAUUGUUGAAGUAUUGGAUGUCCCUGGCCCAGUGGGUCAGCCUUUCUCUGGUAAGAAUCUCACCACUGACUCUUGUAAGUUGACAUGGUACUCUCCUGAAGAUGAUGGUGGCUCAGCUAUCACCAACUAUAUAAUUGAGAAGAGAGAAGCUGACCGCAGAGGCUGGACUUCAGUGACAUACACUGUCACAAGACAUAAUGCUGUUGUCCAGGGUCUUGUUGAUGGCAAGGGUUACUACUUCAGAAUCGCAGCUGAAAAUAUUAUUGGAAUGGGUCCCUUCACUGAGAUUUCAGCUCCAGUCGUCAUCAAGGAUCCACUUGCUGUACCUGAGCGUCCAGAGGAUCUUGAGGUCACAGCCGUCACAAAUGAUUCAAUCAGCAUCGCAUGGAGGCCUCCAAAGUAUGAUGGAGGUUCAGACAUUACAAGCUAUGUUCUUGAAGUUCGUCUUAUCGGACAGGAACAUUUCAAGAUUAUUGCCACAGAGGAUAAACUUUUGGAUCGUAAAUUCACACAUGUGGGUCUUAAAGAAGGUUAUUCUUAUGAAUUCCGAGUUAGUGCUGUCAAUCAAAUCGGUCAAGGCAAACCAUCCUUCAGCACCAAACCAGUUACAUGCAAAAAAGAGUUUGAACCACCAAACCUUGAUCUUGAGUUCCGUGACAAGCUUGUUGUUCGCGUUGGGGAAACUUGCACUCUUCAAAGCAAAUACACAGGCAAACCAGCACCAACAAUUAAAUGGUUCAAAAAUGAUGAGGAGCUUCAGGCAAAUGAAGAAUUCGCUCUUACCCGCACACCGAAUAAAUUAGGCUUGACUAUUGCAAAAGCAAAACGUGAUCACAGUGGAAAAUACACUGUGCUUCUGGAGAACUCCAUUGGCUCACGCAAGGGCAUAUGUACUGUUACUGUUGUUGACCGUCCACAACCUCCAGAGGGUCCUGUUGUAUUUGAUGAGAUUUACAGGAAUUAUAUGGUCAUUUCUUGGAAUCCCCCAUUGGAUGAUGGUGGAGCUGCUAUUUCUAACUACACUGUUGAAAAGAGAGACACCAACAGGGAUUUAUGGAUGCCUGUUACAGAAUCUUGCACAAGGACAUCAUGCAGAGUUCCAAAGCUAAUUGAGGGAAGAGAGUACAUCAUUAGAAUUUGUGCUCAAAAUAUUCAUGGUAUUAGUGAUCCAUUGCUAUCUGCUGAAACAAAAGCAAAGGAUAUUUUCAAGGUUCCAGAUGCACCACAAGCACCUGUGAUAAAAGAAAUCUAUAAAGAUACGGCUCUGAUUUCGUGGAUCCAGCCAGCUGAUGGUGGCAAACCAAUCACAAACUACAUUGUUGAAAGAAAGGAGACCAAGGCCAAUAUGUGGACUAAAGCUGGAAAAGACCGCAUUUACCCCAACACAGAAUAUUGGGUUCCUGAUCUUCUCCAGGGAUGUGAAUAUGAAUUCCGUGUCACAGCAGAGAAUGUAAUUGGUGUUGGUGACCCCAGUCCACCUUCAAAGCCCAUCUAUGCCAAAGAUCCUAUUGUGAUUCCAAGCCCACCUGUACUUCCAGUAGCAAUUGACAAGACAAAAGAGUCUGUAACUCUUUCUUGGCAGCCACCAAAAGACUGUGGCAGAGGCAAAAUCUUUGGCUAUCUCCUUGAAUAUCAGAAAGCUGGUGAUGAGGAAUGGCUUCAAGUUAAUCAGACACCCGACUCCUGCCAGGGCACUGUAUUCAAGGUUAUCAACCUUGAGGAUGGUGCACUGUACAGAUUUAAGGUGAAGGCAGUGAAUGCUGCUGGCGAAUCAGAGCCUGCAUAUGUCCCAGAGCCUGUUCGAGCACAAGACAGAUUUGAGCCCCCAGAACUUCAACUGGAUUUGGGCAUGCCUCGUGAACUCAAAGCAAUGGCCGGAACCCAUAUUGCUAUUACUGCUGGAAUUAAAGGAAUGCCUUUCCCCAAAGUCACAUGGAAGAAAAAUGAAUUAGAUGUUCCUACAAGAUCAGAGAUUGAAACAUCUGGAACAGCAACCAAACUAGAGAUGCGUUAUUGCACCCGUGCAGACUGUGGCGAUUACACACUAACUGUUGAAAAUCCAGCUGGAUCAAAGACAGCCACAUGCACCGUGCUUGUUCUUGACAAACCUGGACCAGUUCAGCAUCUCAGGGUGUCUGAUGUCAGAUGUGAUUCUGCCCAGCUCUCUUGGAAAGACCCAGAAGAUAAUGGUGGUGCACGCAUCACUAACUUUGUUGUUGAGAAAAAGGAUGCAGCAUCUGCACAAUGGGUGCCAGUCUGUUCAUCAUCCAAAAAACGCAGCAUGAUGGCUAAGCAUUUGAUUGAGGGAACAUCAUACAUGUUCCGUGUGGCAGCUGAAAAUCAGUUUGGAAGAAGCGAAUAUGUUGAAACAACAAAAGCUAUCAAAGCAAUGAAUCCCCUGUUUCCACCUGGUCCACCAAAAGACCUGCAUCAUGUAGAUGCUGAUAAAACCGAGGUGUGGCUCCAGUGGAAUUGGCCCGAUCGCACGGGAGGAAGUGACAUCACAGGUUUCUUGGUUGAGUAUCAAGAAGAAGGUGAAAGGGAUUGGAUCGUUUUUAAGACUGUCAGCAUUCCUGAGUGCCAUGUGACUGGACUGGAAGAAGGAAAGACCUACAGGUUCCGUGUUAAGACAGAGAAUGCAAUUGGUCUAAGUAGACCAGAUACCACUGUGCCAGUACUUUGCCAGGAAAAACUAGUACCACCCAUUGUUGAGGUUGAUGUGAAAUUGAUUGAGGGAAUCAUUGUGAAAGCUGGAAGCACUAUUAGGAUGCCUGCCAUUAUGAGAGGCCUUCCGGUUCCCAUUGCCAAGUGGGUCAUUGAUGGAGAGGAAAUCAAGAGUGAAGGCAAUAUCAAAAUCGACACAGACAACUUCUCCACUGUUCUGAGCAUUGCCGAUUGUACAAGAAGUCACACCGGAAUCUAUAUUCUCACAGUGUCUAACUCAGCAGGAAGUAAGACUGUUUCUCUGAAUGUCACAGUUCUUGAUGUGCCAUCUGCCCCGAUAGGUCCCGUAAAUAUCCUUGAACUGACUCCUGAAUACAUGGUCAUUGACUGGCGUCCUCCCAAAGAGGAUGGUGGAAGCCCUGUCACGAACUAUAUUGUUGAGAAGAGGGAAUCAAAUAAGGAAACUUGGGGAGGAGUAAGUUCUGGCAGCACUGCCACAAGGCUCAAGAUUUCUCGUCUCCAGCAAGGAGUUGAGUAUGUUGUGAGAAUUCGUGCUGAAAACAAAAUGGGAAUUGGCGCAGCUCUUGAAAGUGCACCAACUGUAGCCCGGCACCAGUUUGAGCCCCCUGGCCAUCCUGGAAAACCAGUUGCAUCUGAUAUAUCUGAAGAUUCACUCACACUUGGAUGGACAAUGCCACUGUUUGAUGGUGGUAGUCCAAUCAGUGGUUACAUUAUUGAGCGAAGACAUAAAGGAGGCAAAUGGAUCAGAGUGAAUAAAACACCCUGCAAGGACCUGAGAUAUAGAGUGCUUGGGCUUUUUGAAAGCAUCGAAUAUGAGUUCAGAGUAUUUGCUGAAAAUAUUGCUGGCUUUAGUGGACCUUCACCUAUUUCAGAUCCUGCCAGACCUUGCAGACCAAUUACUGUUCCGGGACCUCCAAUUAACCCUAAGAUAAAGGACUACAGUUGUAUACAUGCUGACUUAGUCUGGAUCAGACCCACAAAAGAUGGAGGCAGUCCAGUCUUAGGAUAUAUAGUUGAAUGCCAUAAAGAAGGUGCUGAGUGGGAGAAAGUCAAUAAGGAUGAUCUGAUUAAGCAGUGUGCUUAUAGAGUAAAGGGACUGAUAGAGGACACAGAAUACAGGUUCCGUGUUAAAGCUGUUAAUAUGAUUGGAGAAGGAGAGACUAGGGAAAUCCCAGAGUCAGUUAUUGCUAAGGAUAUUGUUAUCCCUCCCGAAAUUGAGAUGGAUGCCACAUGCCGUGAACGUAUGACUGUCCGUGUUGGACAUAACAUUAAUCUUGUUGCAUAUGUGAAAGCAAGACCUGAUCCAGAAAUUACUUGGAGCAAAGGUGAAAGCAUUUUGGAAAAGGGCAAGCGCACCACUCUGAUAAACAACUUCCCAGUAGUGCAAAUGCGUAUCAAGGAAGCGACCAGAGCAGAUCAUGGAAAGUAUGUACUUAAGGCUGCUAAUGAAGCUGGAGAGGCCUCAGCUACUAUUAGUGUAAAUGUUCUGGAUAGACCUGGGCACUGCCAGAAUCUUAAGAUGACAUAUGUAACUAAAAACUCUUGCAUGGUGUCCUGGGAUGCUCCUGAGGAUAAUGGAGGCACUGAGAUAACAAAUUACAUUGUGGAAUGUCGGGAGCCAAGUAUACGAACCUGGUCAAUGAUAUCAUCUGACUGCACAAAUCGUAUGGUAAAGGCAAAGCUCAUGGAAAAUCAUGAAUAUUUAUUCCGUGUGUCUGCUGAGAACAAAUGUGGUCCUGGGCCAGCAACAGAAACCAAAACUCCUAUCCUUGCAAUCGACCCACUUCAGAAGCCAAGUGAGCCAGAGAACUUCCACGUCAGUGAUAUCGGUAAGCACUUUGUUUUCCUUAAAUGGAGAAAACCAGAUUAUGACGGUGGCAGUCCUAACCUGGGCUUCCAUUUGGAGAGAAAAGCAAAGGAUGCUGAAGAGUGGGAAAAGGUACAUGAGGGAGUCCUGAAAGAGACAUUCUUCAUGGUGGACAAAUGUGUUGAGAACCAAACCUAUCAGUUUAGAGUCCAGUCAACAAAUGAUGGAGGUGAAAGCGCCUGGGUUAAGACAUCUGAAAUUCUUGUCAAAGAAGAAGUUCAGAAACCAGUUAUUGACCUGAAGUUUGUUGGUACCAUAGUGGUCAAAGCGGGUGAAUCAGUAAGACUUGAGGCUGGAAUUAGAGGAAAACCACAGCCUGAGGUUACAUGGGUCAAGGACAAGGCUACAGGCGAUAACCCAAGGAUCAGUAUUGACACUGGAUACGAUUACUCAAAAUUCCUCCUUACUAAAACCAAACGUAGUGAUACUGGAAAAUAUGUGGUCACUGCUACAAACUCGGCAGGAUCGUUCACAGCAUAUGCCAAUGUUACAGUUUUGGAUAUACCAGGACCUGUCAGAGAUAUGAAGAUUUCUGGCAUCUCCACAGAAAAGUGCAGAGUUGUAUGGGAUCCUCCAGAGGAUGAUGGUGGUUGUGAGGUGGACAGCUAUAUUCUAGAAAAAUGUGAGACGAGAAGAAUGGUUUGGUCCACUUACUCUGCCUCUGUCGUCACCAACUACUGUAAUGUAACACGCCUUGUUGAGGGAAAUGAGUACAUAUUCAGGGUCAGAGCAGAAAAUAAAAUGGGGACUGGGCCGCCAAUGGAGAGUAAGCCUAUUACUGCUAAGACACAAUUCAACAGGCCUGGUCCACCUGAUGCACCUGAGGUAACCAAAAUUGGUAAAGAUGAGAUGACUGUGGUAUGGGCUCCUCCUGAGAAUGAUGGUGGAAAGUCUAUCACUGGUUACAUUCUGGAGAGAAAAGAAAAGCGGGCUGUUCGAUGGGUUCCUGUCACAAAGAGCCCUAUCUCUGAGAGACGCAUGAAGGUCACCAAUCUGAUCCCUAACCACGAUUAUCAAUUCCGUGUCAAAGCUGAAAAUGAAGUAGGAUUGGGAGAACCGAGCAAAGCAUCCAGGCCCAUCACUGCAAAAGAUCCAAUUGAGCCCCCUGGUCCUCCUGGCAGCCUUAAAGUAGUUGAUAGCACAAAGACAUCAAUUACACUUAGCUGGACGAAGCCUGUGUAUGAUGGUGGUGCUCCAAUUAUUGGAUAUCUGGUUGAAAUGAGGGAUAAGGUGCAAAUGGAAGGUGAACAAGUGAGAGAUCCUGAGGAAGGCUGGAAGAAAUGUAAUACUUCUGGACAACUUGUCCUAACUGAAUUUACAAUUAUUAACUUGGAUGAGAGACAGGAAUAUGAAUUCCGAGUUUCUGCUCAAAACCAAGUUGGCAUGGGCUAUCCUGCUAUCCUCAAGGAUGCUGUAUCACCAAAGGAGGUCAACGAACCUCCAGAGAUUGAUCUUGAUGCCAGUCUAAGAAAAGGCCUUAGCGUUAGAGCCGGAUGUCCUAUCAGACUUUUUGCAACAAUUAGAGGAAGACCAUCACCUAAAGUGACUUGGAAGCGCAUGGGUGUUGACAAUGUCGUUAGAAGGGGUCAUGUGGAUCAAAUUGAUACAAUGACCUUUCUUGUGAUUCCUGAGUGUUCACGUGAAGACUCUGGCAGAUAUUCUUUGACUCUUUCAAAUGCCUCUGGAGAAAAGGCUGUAUUUGUUCGUGUAAAAGUCUUAGAUACUCCUGGUCCUGUUGGUGGACUGGAGGGAACUGAUAUCACUAAGACAACAUGCCAGCUUGCAUGGUUGCCUCCAGAAAAUGAUGGUGGUAGUCCAAUCCUUAACUAUGUUGUUGAAAAGCGUGAGGUUGACAGGAAAACAUGGACAAAUUGCACAAAUGACUUAAAGAAGACAAGCUUCAAAAUCACAAAUCUGACACCAGGAACAGAAUACUACUUCCGGGUGAUGGCAGUUAACAAGUAUGGCAUCGGUUUGCCUCAAGAUUCUCCAAAGUCCUACCUAGCUACAGAUUCCAAAAGUGAGCCUGAUCCUCCAAAGAAGAUGGAUGUAUUAGAAAUUUCUAAAAACAGUGCAACUCUUGGGUGGCUCAAACCACUUAGAGAUGGUGGAUCUAAGAUUAAUGGAUAUGUUGUUGAAUACCAGCAGGAUGGUCAACCUGAGGACAAGUGGACAUCAUACUCGGUUGUGAAAGACUUGACCAUUGUUGUUGCUGGACUAAAAGAAAACACUAAGUACAGAUUCAGGGUUGCCGCAAGAAACGCAAUAGGAUGCAGUUUGGCAAGAGAAGCUGAGGGCAUAUUUGAGGUCAAGGAACAGCUGAUGGGACCGAAGAUCAUCGUCUCUGAUGUGGUUACAGCAAGAGCAGGAACUAAACUUAUAGUUGAUGCUCUUGUGUCUGGGAAGCCUGCACCAGUCACUAAAUGGAGAAGAGGAAAUGAUGAUUUAGUUACAUCUGAUCGUCUCUCCAUACAAAAAACACCAACCUCAAGUACUCUUUCGAUUAAAGAAGUUAUAAGGAAGGAUAGUGGUUAUUACAGUUUUUCUGCUGAAAACAGCACUGGCAAGGUCAACCAGAUCAUCCGAAUAAUCAUUAUGGACAUCCCUGGUCCUCCACAGGGUCCUGUACAAAUUAUUGAGGUGGACGUAGACGCCUGCACACUAGCAUGGGAUUCACCUGCUGAAGAUGGUGGCAGCAACAUCACAAACUACAUUGUUGAGAAGUGUGAUGUGACAAGAGGUGACUGGGUCACAGCUGCAUCUUGCACCAAGACCAGUUGCAGAGUUGGAAAGCUCACGUGUGGCAAAGAGUACGGCUUCCGUGUCCGUGCUGAAAACCGCUUUGGAAUUUCAGAACCAAUUUACGCUGAGAAGAUCAUUGCUAGAUAUCCAUUUGAUCCACCCAGUGAGCCAAGGAACUGUUGUGUCAACAAAAUCAGCAGGGACUUUGUUGUGUUGUCCUGGGAGGUACCAGUGAACGAUGGUGGCAGUCCCAUCACAGGAUAUUGCAUUGAGCGCAAAGAAAGAAAUAGCCUCUUGUGGUCCAAGGCAAAUGAAGUCCUUGUUCGCUCAACUGAAUAUACAUGCUCUGGCCUCAUCGAUGGUCUGGAGUACACAUUCAGAGUGUCUGCUGUUAACAAAGCAGGACAAGGCAAACCAAGCAAACAGACAGAUUUUAUCACUGCGAGAUCUCCAGUUGAUCCACCUGGCAAACCCCAAGUUCUUGAUGUGACCAGAAAUUCCGUCUCUCUUGUCUGGGACCGUCCGAAACAUGAUGGCGGAAGCAAACUCAUUGGUUAUUAUGUUGAAUCUCUGAAGAUUCCAGGUGACAAAUGGAUGCGUAUCAACGCAAGCAGUCAAAAUGUACCAAAGGAAGAAUACGUUGUUCCUGGACUUGAGGAGGGAGCCCAGUACAAGUUCAGAAUAAUUGCGAAGACAGCAAUUAAUGUCAGUCUGCCCUCAGAGGAAUCUGAUGCUAUCCCAGUUAUAGCAGAGCAUGUUCCACCUAGAGUUGAGAUUAGUCUUGAAAUGAAGAAAUUAAUCGUUGUCAAAGCUGGAGCAAAUGUCUGCCUGGAGGCUGAAGUUUAUGGUAAACCAAUGCCAAAGGUCACUUGGAGGAAAGAUGGUGUUCCAUUCAAAUUGUCCGAAGGUAUGAAAAUGACUCAGAAGGUGCAUCUCUUCUCCUUGGAACUGUUCUCUGUGACAAGAAAAGAGUCUGGCGAGUACACCAUUUUUGCUGAGAACCAAAGUGGCACAAAGUCUGGCAACAUUAAACUGAAGGUUCUUGAUAAACCUGGACCCCCAGCAUCAGUGAAGAUAAGCCAUGUUUAUGCUGACCGAGUGAAACUGAGGUGGGAGCCACCUCUUGCAGAUGGUGGUUCUGAAAUCACAAAUUACAUUGUUGACAAACGUGAAACAAGCAGAGCUAACUGGGCACAAGUUACUGCUAACAUUAAUGGUCAGAUAACGGACUGUUCCGUGGAGAAACUCAUUGAAGGCCAUGAAUAUGAGUUCCGCAUCUGUGCUGAGAACAAGUAUGGGGUUGGAGACGUAAUUGUGACUAAUUCUGUGAUCGCCAAGAAUCCAUUUGGUGUUCCAGGACCAUGUGAACCUCCAGUUAUUACCAAUAUCACCAGAGAUCACAUGACUGUCAGUUGGAAGGCCCCUGCUGAUGAUGGCAAGGCUACAAUUCUUGGAUACCUGGUCGAGAGGCGUGAAACUCAAGACCUCAAUUGGGCCAAAGUAAACAGAAAACCAGUUAUUGACAGGACAAUUAAAGCUGGAGGCCUUACAGAGGGAACCGAGUAUGAAUUCAGAAUCAUUGCACUGAAUAAAGCUGGUCUUGGCAAACCAAGUGAUCCAUCAGUUGGUGUUAUUGCAGUAGACCCAGUGUAUCCUCCUGGACCACCUGCUUUUCCAAAGGCUGUUGACUCUACACAUAGUUCAAUCAGUUUGUCCUGGACCAAGCCAGCCUAUGAUGGCGGAUGUGAAAUUCUAGGCUAUCUUGUUGAGUACAAGAGAGCAGAUGCAGAAGACUGGCUAAAGUGCAAUGUUCCGAAGAAUCUCCAGGCGACAAAAUUUAAUGUUACUGGUCUUAUAGAUAGCAUUGAAUAUCAGUUCCGUGUUAGUGCUGUAAACAAGAUUGGAUUUGGAGAACCAAGUGAAGUUCCUGGAAACCAUAUGGCAAAGGAUAUCUUGAUUGCUCCUGAGGCUGAACUUGAUGCAGAUCUCAGAAAAGCCUUAGUUUUGCGUGCUGGAGUCACAAUGAGAAUUUAUGUACCUCUGAGAGGGCGUCCUGCUCCAAAGGCAACAUGGACUAAGGUCAAUGCAAACUUGAAAGAGAGACAGGGUCUUAUGAUCAAGACAACUGAAUGGGAUACGUUCCUUUAUUGUGAGGAAAUCAACAGAUAUGAUGCUGGCAAAUAUGUCCUAACUCUAGAAAACAGUAGUGGUACCAAGUCAUAUACCAUUGUUGUCAAAGUACUAGACACACCUGGACCCCCAGUCAAUCUGAUUGUUAAGGAGACCUCAAAGGACCAUGUAUCAAUUACUUGGGAUGCUCCGCUAAUUGAUGGUGGUAGUCCAGUUAAGAGCUAUGUUGUUGAAAAACGUCUGGCUGAGAGAAAGGCAUGGACCUGUGUUUCUCCUGAGUGUUCCAAGACGUCUUUCAGGGUUACUAAUCUUGAAGAAGGAAAGGCUUACUGCUUCAGAGUCCUAGCUGAAAAUAUAUAUGGCAUUGGUGAGGGUUGUGAGACAGCUGGACCAGUCAAAGCCUCAGAGCAACCUGGACCAGUUACAGAUUUUAAAUCUUCAGAGAUCACCAAGACUUCUUGCACUCUUGGCUGGAAGAAGCCAAUCAGUGAUGGUGGAAGCCAUGUUGUUGCAUAUGCUCUAGAGAUCAGUGAAGGGGAAGACAAAUGGAAGCUUCUAACUAAGUCUAAGCUCACACAUUACACAAUGAGUGAUCUUGUAGAAGGAAAGGAGUACUUGUUCAGAGUCAAGGCCAUUAAUGAAGCAGCUGAAGGACCACCAACUGAGCUUACUGUAUUACCUAAAGAUCAAAUAGUCCUUCCAGACUGCAACCUUAAAGGCUUGCCAGACUCUUGCUAUGUAGCAAAGGAAGGAAGCACUGUUCGCCUUAAUAUCCCUAUUAUUGGUAUACCUGCUCCAGCAGUCACAUGGAAAAAGGGUGAUGUUACUUUAUCAGAUAGUGGCAGAAUCUCAGUUGAAUCCACCGCAACAAACACGGUCUUGCUGAUUCGUGAUUGCCAGAGAGUCGAUGCUGACAAAUUCACUAUCAUUUUGAGAAACAUUGCUGGAACCAAAGAAUCAACUAUUGACAUUAAAGUUGUUGGAAAGCCUGGAAUCUGCACUGGUCCUAUCAAAUUUGAUGAAAUCACAGCAGAGGCGAUUACUGUAGAAUGGGGCCCACCCACAGAUGAUGGGGGAUCAGAAGUUAGCAACUAUAUUUUGGAGAAGAGGCAUUCUACUGCUAACAAGUGGGUCACAGUUGCUUCUGCGAUUCAGAAGAACUCUAUGAGAGUUACAAGACUCCAUGACGGAACAGAAUACAUCUUCAAAGUUUGUGCUGAAAAUAAAUAUGGAGUUGGAGAGUACCUCAAAUCUGAUCCAGUAAUUGCUAAACAUCCAUUCAAUGCACCAGGGGCUUCAGCACCACCUGAGGUUGUGAGCAUUCGCCAUGAGUCUGCUAUCCUAACAUGGUCUGAUCCAAAAGAUACUGGAGGCUCUCCCAUCACUGGAUAUUAUGUGGAAUUCAAAGAUAGAAAUAGCUUAAUGUGGAAGAGAGCCAGCAAGACACCUUUGAGAGUGAAAGAAUGCCGAGUGACCGGUUUGAUUGAAGGCCUGGAAUAUGAAUUUAGGGUAAUAGCUAUGAAUGUGGCAGGACUUGGAAAGCCAAGCAAACCAACUGAAUCACUUGUUGCACUUGAUCCUAUUGAUCCACCUGGCAAACCUGAUGUGAUCAGUGUCACAAGAAACAGUGUAACACUUAUUUGGACUGCACCCAAGUAUGACGGGGGCCACAAAUUGACUGGCUAUAUUGUUGAGAAACUAGAGCAUCCUGGAAAGACAUGGAUGAAGGCUAACCAUGUGAAUGUCCAAAGCUGUGCAUACACUGUUACAGACUUACAGGAAGGCUGUACUUGUGAGUUCAGAAUAAGGGCUAAAAAUGCAGCUGGAGCUAUCAGUGCUCCCUCAGAGACAACUGAGCCUCUUCUCUGCAAAAAUGAAUAUGAACCGCCAACUAUCACAAUUGACCCUGAAAUGAAGGAUGGGGUGACUGUGAGGGCCGGAGAAACAAUUGUCAUCAGAGCAUCAAGCAUUCUUGGCAAACCACCUCCUACAGCUGUCUGGUCUAAGGGUGGAAGAGAAUUCAAGUCCUCAGAUAUUGUCCAAAUCACAAGCACUCCCACAACUUCAACUUUGUCUAUCAAGUAUGCCAGCCGAAAGAACACUGGAGAGUACACCAUUAGUGCGAGCAAUCCAUUUGGUAUCAAAGAAGAAAAGGUUAAAGUGAAAAUCCUAGAUGUGCCUGGACCUCCAGGUCCUAUUGAAGCCAGCAGUGUCUCUGCUGAAAAAUGCACAUUGACAUGGUUGCCUCCAGAGGAAGAUGGUGGCUGCAGUAUCAAAUCAUAUACAUUAGAAAAGAGAGAAACCAGUCGCCUUCUCUGGACAAAGCUUGCUGAAAAUGUUAUGGAUUGCCGGUAUGUUGCCAGCAAGCUGAUAAAGGGAAAUGAAUACAUAUUCCGUGUUUCAGCGGUCAAUCAGUAUGGCACUGGGGAUGCAACACAGUCUGGACCAGUUAAAAUGGUUGACAGCUUUGGACCCCCCGGGCCACCAUCAAAACCAGAAAUUGAUAAUGUCAGUAGAAAUGCUGUGACAAUUUCCUGGAAGAGACCAAUCAUAGAUGGGGGAAGUGACAUUAGAGGCUAUAGUGUUGAGAGAAAAGAGAGAAGAGGAAUGAGAUGGGUCAGAGCUUCAAAGAAGUCAAUUUCUGAUCUACGUUAUAAGGUCUCGGGCCUGUCAGAGGGAAUUGAAUAUGAAUUCCGUGUCACUGCAGAGAAUAAGGCUGGUUUUGGCGAGCCCAGUGAGCCAUCACAACCUGUAAUGACAAAGGAUAUUGCAUAUCCGCCAGGGCCUCCAUCCAACCCACGAAUUACUGACACCACCAAAACAACAGCAACAUUUAACUGGGGUAGACCCUUCUAUGAUGGUGGUCUUGAUAUUACAGGAUACUUUGUUGAACAUAAAAAGGAAGGAGAUGAUGAUUGGGUUCAAGACACAACUACUCCCUUGAGAAUAACAGAAUUUGUAGUUUCAAGUCUACAAUCAGGAGGAAAAUAUCACUUCAGAGUCAGAGCACAGAACUCAGAAGGACUUGGAGAACCCGCUGAAGUUGAGCAAGUUACUGAACUGGUGGAUCGAGAGGAGGUUCCUGACUUUGAGCUUGAUGCAGAGCUGAGAAAAACACUUGUUGUGAAGUCAGGCACUUCAAUCCGCAUAUUUGUGCCAAUCAAGGGCCGACCAGCUCCAGAAGUAACAUGGCAUAAGGAAGACGUACCUCUUAAAGGCCGUGCUCACAUUGACACUACUGAAUCAUACACUCUAGUAGUCAUCCCUGAGUGUACAAGAUAUGAUGCAGGGAAAUAUGUCCUAACAUUAGAAAAUGUUGCUGGAAAGAGGACUGGAUUUGUCAAUGUUCGUGUUGUGGACACCCCAGGACCUCCAGUAAAUUUGAAACCAAGGGAAAUCACAAAGCAUAGCAUUACUUUACAAUGGGAGAUUCCAAUUAUUGAUGGUGGUUCAAAGAUCACAAAUUAUAUUAUUGAAAAGCGGGAGGCAACACGAAAGGCUUACUCAACCUUAACUGCAAACUGGCAGAAAUGCUCAUACAAAAUUCCAGAUUUGGAAGAGGGCGCAGAGUAUUACUUCAGAGUUUUUGCUGAGAAUGAAAGGGGUAUUGGUGAACCAGCAGAGACACCUGAACCAAUAAGAGCUUCUCAGGCUCCAUCUGCACCAGAUAAUCUGAUUGUUUCGGAUGUUUCCAAAGACACAGCAACUCUUGCAUGGACAAAACCAAAAUAUGAUGGUGGUAGUCGAAUAACUGGCUAUGUGAUAGAGGCUCAAAUUAAAGAUUCUGAUCAGUGGACCCAUGUGACAACAAUAAAAGCUUUGGACUACACUGCAACAGAAUUGUUGGAAAAUGCAGAAUAUGUGUUCCGCAUCUUUGCUGUAAACAUGUCAGGCAGGAGCGAACCUCGUGAAAGUCGACCAGUUGUGAUUAAGGAGCAAACCACAGCUCCGGAAUUUGACCUAAGAAGUAUACAUCAGAAGAUUGUGGUAGCUAAAGCAGGUGAUAAUCUUAAAGUUGAGAUCCCUGUUCUGGGUCGCCCAAGACCACUUGUUGUAUGGACGAAAGAAGAUCAGGAACUUAAACAAACACAGAGAAUAAAUGUUGAAAAUACUGCAACUUCUACUAUUCUCAACAUAAAUGAAAUUAAGAGAAAAGAUGGUGGACAGUAUUCAAUGACUGGAAAGAACAUCUUAGGAACUCUGACUGAAAUCAUUACUGUUCAAGUACAUGAUAUUCCAGGACCUCCAACUGGACCAAUAAAAUUGGAUGAAGUUUCUUGUGACUAUGUUCUAAUAUCCUGGGAAGCACCAGAAAAUGAUGGAGGAGUUCCUAUUAAUAACUACAUUGUUGAGAUGCGUGAGACCACUGGUACAUCCUGGGUGGAACUGGCAGCAACUGUUAUCCGCACAACAUUCAAAGCUGCACGCCUUACAACUGGCAUUGAAUAUCAAUUCCGUGUUAAAGCUCAGAACAGAUAUGGUGUUGGACCCUAUAUAACAUCACAACCUGUGGUUGCUGCUUAUCCAUUUGAUGUACCAGGACAGCCAGGAAUUCCACAAAUAGUUGCCUUCACGAAGGAUUCAAUGACAAUCAGCUGGAAUGAACCCUCUUCAGAUGGAGGUAGCCCAAUUUUAGGAUACCACAUUGAGAGGAAAGAGAAAAACAGCAUACUUUGGCAGAGGAUCAGCAAAGCUCCAGUUGUUGGCAAUAUGUUUAAAUCACCAGGUCUGGUGGAUGGUAUUGCAUAUGAAUUCCGUGUUAUUGCAGAAAAUAUGGCUGGUCUCAGCAAAGCAAGCAAGCCAUCUGAGAUGACAUAUGCAUUGGAUCCCAUAGACCCCCCAAGCCAACCAGUGGCACUUAACAUUACUAGACAUGAAGUUACUCUUCAGUGGACAAAGCCAGAGGGUGAUGGUGGUUUCUCAAUAACUGGAUAUACAGUGGAGAAAAAAGAACUUCCUAAUGGUCGCUGGCUCAAAGCCAACUUCAGCAACAUUCUUGAAACAAACUUUACUGUGAGUGGUCUCACAGAAGAUGCUUCUUAUGAAUUCCAUGUACUAGCGAGGAACUCAGCUGGAGCGGUUAGUAAACCAUCUAAACCUUCAGAGGUCAUUGUCUGCAGAGAUGACAUUGAAGAGCCGAAGAUUGAUGCUGAUGCAAGUUUCAGUAGUGCUGUGGUAGUGAAAGCAGGUGAUGUCUUCAAGCUAGAUGCACGUGUUACUGGUCGCCCAAUUCCAUCCUUGGUUUGGACUAAAGAUGGCAAGGAGCUUGAAGAUACUGGAAAACUAGAGAUCAAAUCAUCAGAUUUCUAUACUUGCUUGAUUAACAAAGAUUCUUUACGUAGAGAUGGUGGUGCAUACACACUAACUGCUAGCAAUCCGGGAGGAUUUGCCAAAUUUGUCUUCAAUGUUAAAGUUCUUGACAGACCUGGCCCAUCUGAGGGACCACUGCAUGUCACAGACAUGACAACAGAGAAAUGUAUUCUGUCAUGGCUGCCACCACUUCAUGAUGGAGGAGGAAAGAUUGAAUAUUACAUAAUUCAAAGACGUGAAACAAGUAGACUUACAUGGACAAAUGUAGCCACAGAUUUACAAGUUAAUCGCUAUAAGGUUACCAAAUUGCUGAAAGGAAAUGAAUAUAUAUUCAGAGUCAUGGCUGUGAACAAGUAUGGAGUUGGGGAACCUCUUGAAUCUGUGCCUGCUGUUGCCACUAACCCAUAUGUGCCUUCAGAUCCUCCACAGACUCCAGAAGUAACUUCUAUCACAAAAAAUUCAAUGGUGGUUUGUUGGGGACAUCCUGAACAUAAUGGCGGAAGUAGUAUAAAUACCUAUAUCAUUGAGAGGAGAGAUAAAACUGGUCUUCGUUGGGUAAAAUGCAAUAAAAGGACUGUUACUGAUCUGCGCUUCAAAGUGUCAGGACUAACACCUGGACAUGAGUAUGAAUACAGAAUCUUAGCUGAAAAUGCUGCUGGCUUAAGUGCACCAAGUCCUUCAAGUCCAUUUUACAAAGCUUGUGACACAAUAUUCCAACCUGGACCCCCUGGAAAUCCUAGGGUUUUGGAUACAACAAAGUCAUCCAUUACUAUUGCUUGGAAUAAACCAGUUUAUGAUGGUGGCUCGGAUAUCACAGGUUACAUUGUUGAAACAUGCCUGCCAGAGGAAGAUGAAUGGACAAUUGUCACUCCAAAGGCUGGUCUAACAGCAACAUCAUUCACCAUAACCAACCUUACUGAAAAUCAAGAAUAUAAGAUCAACAUUUCAGCUCUUAACUGUGAAGGUGUUGGAGAACCAGCCUCUGUGCCUGGAUCACCUAAAGCAGAGGACAGACUCCUUCCACCUGAAAUUGAGCUUGACUCAGACCUCCGCAAAGUAGUGAACAUCAGAGCAUGCAGUACCUUAAGAUUAUUUGUGCCAAUUAAAGGAAGACCUGCUCCUGAAGUCAAAUGGUCAAGGGAGAAUGGUGAACCCCUUGAUAGAGCAUCCAUUGAUAUUACAUCAUCAUUCACCACACUUCUUAUUGAGAAUGUAGACAGAUUUGAUGGUGGAAAGUACAUGCUAACAGUGGAAAACAGUUCAGGAGCUAAAACAGCAUUUGUUAAUGUCAGAGUUCUUGACACUCCUGGUGCACCACAAAACCUUGCAAUCAAAGAAAUAACAAAAGAUUCUGCUUCACUCAUCUGGGAUCCUCCAAUCAUUGAUGGUGGAUCAAGAGUCAGGCAUUAUAUCGUUGAAAAACGUGAAUCUACAAGAAAAGCAUAUUCCAUUGUUAAUGCCUCUUGUCCCAAAACAAGUUGGAAAAUUGGAGGCUUAAAAGAGGGAAGCUUGUAUUCCUUUAGAAUUUUAGCUGAAAAUGAGUAUGGUGUUGGUCUUCCAGUAGAGACCCCGGAAGCUAUAAAAAUCUCUGAGAGGCCUCUUCCUCCUGGAAAAGUGACUCUAAAAGAAGUAACUGGCAACAGUGUAACACUUUCUUGGGAGAAGCCGGACAAUGAUGGAGGAAGCAGAAUUAAUAGUUAUAUUGUCGAAAUGCAAACGAAAAACAGUGAAAAAUGGACCCAAGUAAUGACUGUUAAAGUAACAGAGGCAGUUGUUGUUGGCUUAAUACAAGGUGAAGAAUACUCCUUCCGUAUUUCAGCAACCAAUGAAAAGGGAACCAGUGAUCCACGUCCACUUAAUGUCCCUGUGGUUGCCAUGGAUGUUGUUAUUGCUCCUGCCUUCAAACUUGUAUUCAGCACAUACAGUGUUCUGGCAGGUGAUGAUCUGAAAAUUGAUGUGCCAUAUGUUGCCCAGCCCAAGGCAGCAGUUAGCUGGCAAAAAGAUGGCAUUACUUUGAAAGAAACAACAAGAGUAAAUGCUGAAGUAACAGAGAAACACCUUUACCUUGUGGUAAAAGAGGCAACACGGGAUGAUGUGGGCAAAUAUACUAUUAAACUGACCAACUCAGCUGGUGAAGCUACAGCAGACAUCAAUGUUAUUGUACUUGAUAAACCUGGACCACCAACUGGCCCAAUCAAAAUAGAUGAGGUAACUGCAGACAGUGCUACAUUAUCAUGGGAGCCUCCAGAGUAUGAAGGAGGCUGUAGCAUUAAUAACUACAUUGUUGAAAAGCGAGACACAUCCACCACAAACUGGCAGAUUGUUUCUGCAACAGUUGCGAGAACAACAACUAAAGCUGCAAGAUUAAAGACUGGCUGUGAAUAUCAAUUUAGGAUUGCUGCUGAAAAUCGGUAUGGAAAGAGUUCUGUUCUUCUUUCUGCACCUAUUUUUGCACAAUAUCCCUUUGAGGUUCCAAAUCCAACUGGAACUCCCACUGUUCAGUCUGCUACUAAAGAAAGCAUGGUAAUUGUGUGGAACAAACCCAGUAGUGAUGGUGGAAGCAAGAUUUUGGGAUAUCAUAUUGAGAUGAAGGAAAGAAACAGCCUGCUGUGGGUGAAACAAAACAAAACGAUCAUUCCAGACACAAGAUUCAAGAUAGGUGGCCUUGAGGAAGGCAUUGAAUAUGAAUUUAGAGUUUAUGCUGAGAAUAUAGUUGGGUUAAGCAAAGCAAGCAAAGUAUCAGAAAUACAAGUGGCUAGAGAUCCAUGUGAUCCUCCAGGCAAACCUGAAGCAGUUAUUGUUAAAAGAAGCUCUGUAACACUCAGGUGGACACAACCACAAUUUGAUGGUGGCAGCAAGAUCACUGGAUAUGUCGUUGAGAAGAAAGAAUUGCCCAAUGGCCGCUGGAUGAAAGCCUCUUUUGCUAAUAUCAUUGAGACAGAAUUUGUCGUCAGUGGCUUAGUAGAGGAGCAGCAGUAUGAGUUCCGUGUCAUUGCAAGAAAUGGUGCUGGCGUGUCUAGUGCUCCAUCAGACAGCACUGGUGCAAUCACAGCAAAGGAUGAAGUUGAUCCACCCAAAAUUGACUUGGAUGCUAAAUAUUCACAAACUAUUGUUGUUCAUGCUGGUGAGUCAUUCAAAGUAGAUGCAGGGAUACUUGGCAAACCCAUACCUUCAGUUCAUUGGAUAAAAGCUGGCGAAGAACUUACAAAUACUGCAAGAUUUGAGAUCAAGAAUACUGACUUCACAACUACUCUUAGUGUGAAGGAGGCUAUCCGUGUUGAUGGGGGCCAGUAUACCUUACUACUGAAAAAUGUUGGUGGAGAGAAAUCAGUUAGCAUCAAUGUCAAGGUUCUGGACAGACCUGGACCUCCAGAUGGCCCAAUCUCAAUCUAUGGGGUUACCAGUGAAAAGUGCAGCAUUUCCUGGAAAACUCCAUUGCAUGAUGGAGGUGCGGAGGUCUCUCAUUACAUAGUGGAAAGACGAGAGACCAGCCGAUUAGUUUGGACUGUUGUGGAACAAAAGGUACAAACCCUCAAUCUUAAAAUUUCGAAACUUCUUCCUGGAAAUGAGUAUAUUUUCAGAGUGAUACCUGUAAAUAAAUAUGGAAUUGGUGAGCCUUUGGAAUCUGAUCCAGUGAUUGCAGCAAAUCCAUUUGUCCCACCUGAUUCACCAAGUAAUGUUGAAGUGUCAAAUAUAACAAAGGAGUCCAUGGUUAUCACAUGGGAAAGACCCACUAAUGAUGGCGGUAACGCAAUUACAGGAUAUAUAGUUGAAAAGAGAGACAAAGAGGGUGUUAGGUGGACAAGAUGCAACAAACGUGUAGUGAGUGAAUUACGCUUUAGAGUAACAGGUCUUCUUGAAAACCGAAGUUAUGAAUUCCGUGUGUCUGCUGAGAAUGCAGCUGGGGUUGGUAAACCAAGUACACCCACAGUGUACUUCAAGGCAGUGGAUCCAGUCUUCAAGCCCGGUCCCCCAAACAACCCUAAGGUAAUUGAUGUCUCAAGAGCAUCUGUUAUCCUGCAGUGGGGCAAGCCAAUCUAUGAUGGUGGAUGUGAGAUUCAAAGUUACAUUGUUGAGGCCUGUGAAAUCACUUCUGAUGAAUGGAUGAUGUGUACACCACCCUCAGGAGUAAACGAGACAAGAUUUGAGGUUAAAAAACUCCUUGAAAAGCAUGAGUACAAAUUCAGAAUCUGUGCCAUAAAUAAGGUUGGUGUGGGAGAAACUGCUGAUAUCUCUGGAUCCAUAAUUAUAGAGGAUAAACUUGAAGCACCAGAUAUUGAUCUUGAUGCUGACCUGAGAAAGAUGAUCACUGUCAGGUCUGGAGGCUCUCUCAGAUUGUUUGUUCCUAUCCGUGGUCGGCCAACCCCUGAAGUAAAGUGGGGAAAGGCUGAAGGUGAAAUCAAUGAAGCAGCUCAGAUUGAUAUUACAAGCAGUUUCACUUCACUUGUAAUUGAAAAUGUUAAUAGAUUUGACAGUGGAAAAUACACUUUAACUCUGGAAAAUGCCAAUGGAACAAAAUCUGCAUUUAUUAGUGUCAGAGUAUUAGAUACGCCUGAUGCACCUGCAAACUUCCAUGUGAAAGAAAUAACAAAAAAUUCAGUCACUCUUACCUGGGAGCCACCUUUGUUGGAUGGUGGAGCUAAAAUAAAAAACUACAUUGUUGAAAAACGAGAGAGUACAAGAAAGGUAUUCUCAGCUGUUACUACCUGCAACAAGAUGACAUGGAAAAUUGAACCACUCCAAGAGGGGAGCAUCUAUUUCUUCAGAGUUCUUGCUGAAAACGAACAUGGAAUUGGAUUGCCUGCAGAGACUCUAGAACCACUAAAAAUCUCAGAGGUGCCACAAACCCCUGGUAAAGUUUCUGUAGUGGAUGUAACACGGAAGAGUGUUUCUCUCAAAUGGGAAAAACCAGAGCAUGAUGGGGGCAGCAGAAUUACUCAUUAUGAAAUUGAAAUGCAAGCAAAAGAUCAAGAUAAAUGGUCUCUUUGUGCUCAAGUAAAAUCCCUUGACACUGUUGUAACUAAUUUAGCCCAAGGUGGGGAGUACCAUUUUAGAGUCAUUGCUGUUAAUGAUAAAGGAAAGAGCGAUCCCAGACUCCUGGCAAAUCCUGUUGUUGCAAAGGACCUCACUAUUGAGCCCUCAGUGAGAACAAAACUUAGUACUUACAAUGUUCAGGUUGGGCAAGAUUUGAAAAUUGAAGCACGAAUUGCUGGUCAUCCAAAACCAACAAUUACAUGGUCCAAAGAUGGUUCAGCUCUGAAACAGACCACAAGAGUAAAUGUUGCUGACACAGCACAUCAUACCACUCUUACAAUCAAAGAUGCAACAAGAGAAGAUGGUGGAAUGUACAACAUUGCUGUGGCUAAUGUACUUGGACAAAAGGAAGCCACUGUUGAAAUAAUCAUACUUGAAAAACCUGGACCACCAACAGGCCCUGUCAGGAUUGAUGAAGUGAGUUCAGAGAGCAUUACACUGUCUUGGGACCCACCAACAUACACUGGAGGCUGCCAGAUUUCAAAUUAUGUUGUCCAAAAGAGAGACACCACCACCACAAACUGGGUAGUUGUUUCUGCCACAGUAGCAAGGACGACACUAAAAGUUUGUAAUUUAAAAACUGGAUCCGAAUACCAGUUUAGGAUCUUUGCUGAGAAUAGAUAUGGUAAAAGCUAUGGCAUUGACUCAGAUCCAGUUCUUGCCCAGUAUCCUUUCAAAGAGCCUGGGCCUCCAGGAACUCCAUUUGUGUCUGUUUUCACAAAAGAGUCUAUGGCAGUUGAAUGGCACAAACCAGUCUCAGAUGGUGGAAGUGCUAUUCUAGGAUAUCAUCUUGAGAGAAAAGAAAAAAAUAGUAUUCUUUGGACAAAGAUCAAUAAAUCGCUAAUUCAAGACACCCGAUUCAAAACAUCUUCAUUGGAAGAGGGCAUUGAAUAUGAGUUCAGAGUUUAUGCUGAAAACAUAGUUGGAAUUGGAAUGUGCAGCAAAAUCUCUGAGGGUUUUGUGGCACGUGACCCAUGUGACCCACCAGGCACCCCUGUGCCAGUGAUUGUGACAAGGCACUCAGUGAAACUUAGAUGGACACCACCAGAAUUUGAUGGAGGUAGCCUUGUCACUGGAUAUGUUGUGGAGAAACUAGACCUGCCAGAGGGCCGUUGGAUGAAAGCUAGUUUUGCUAAUAUUCUUGAAACUGAAUUUACAGUCACAGGCCUGAUAGAAGACAACAAAUAUGAUUUCAGAGUUAUUGCCAGAAAUGGAGCUGGAUCGGUCAGCAGGCCCUCUGGGAGCACAGGCUCAAUUACAGCUAAGGAUGAAGUUGAACCACCAACCUAUGAGGUUGCCUCAGAAUAUUGCCAGAUUUUGACUGUGAAUGCUGGAGAAACAUUUACCCUGGAAGCAUCCGUACUAGGAAAGCCAAUUCCAACAAUGCAGUGGUUUAAGGGUGAUGUGGAAGUCGAGAAUUCUGCAAGAGCUGAGAUCAAGAACACUGACGUCAAAGCAAUUCUUGUCGUCAAAGACGCCAUUCGAAUUGAUGGAGGACAGUACACAUUGCACCUCACUAAUGUGGCUGGAACAAAGUCUACUUCCUUCAGUGUAAGGGUGCUGGAUAGACCUGGCCCCCCUCAAGGUCCUUUGACCAUUUCUGGUGUAACAUGUGAGAAGUGUUCAUUGUCAUGGCUACCUCCAAGACAUGAUGGUGGCAGUAGCAUUUCUCACUAUGUCAUACAGAAAAGAGAAACAAGUCGUCUUGCUUGGACUGUAGUUUCAGGUGAUUGUGGAGCAACAAUGUUUAAAGCUACCAAGCUUUUAAAAGGAAAUGAAUACAUAUUCCGUGUCAUGGCUGUCAACAAGUAUGGAGUUGGUGAACCACUUGAAGCUGCACCAGUGAUUAUGAGAAAUCCUUUUGUUCUACCUGGGCCACCUAAAGACCUAGAAAUAGCAAAUAUAUCAAGGGACUCUAUGACGGUAUGUUGGACUCGUCCUGAGACUGAUGGUGGAAGUGAGAUUGUUGGUUACAUCGUAGAGAAGAGAGACAGAGCUGGAGUACGGUGGACAAAAUGUAACAAACGCAGGGUCACUGACCUACGUUUCAGAGUCACAGGCUUGACAGAGGAUCAUGAAUAUGAAUUCAGAUUAUCUGCAGAAAAUGCUGCUGGAGUUGGACAACCAAGUCCACCAACUAUUUAUUACAAAGCCUGUGAUCCAACAUUUAAGCCUGGCCAACCAACUAAUGCACACCUUGUUGACACUACAAAGAAUUCAAUUACAAUUGCUUGGAGUAAACCAAUAUAUGAUGGUGGCUUAGACAUCCAGGGCUAUGUAGUCGAGAUAUGUAAAGUUGAAGAAGAAGAAUGGACCACAUGUACUCCACCCUCUGGAUUAAGUGAUACUAAAUUUACAAUUACUAAACUCACUGAACACCAAGAAUACAAAGUUCACAUAUGUGCCCUAAAUAAACUGGGUGUUGGUGAACCAGUUGCCAUCCAAGGAACCGUCAAACCAGUGGAUAAGAUGGAUGCCCCUGAAAUUGAGCUUGACUCUGAGUUGAGAAAAGGUAUUGUUGUACGUGCUGGAGGUUCCAUGAGAAUUAACAUACCAUUCAAAGGACGCCCCAUUCCUGAGAUAAACUGGACCAAGGAUGAGGGUGAUUUACCAGAUAAAGCCCAAUUAGAAAAGGGACCAGAUUACACUCAGUUAUCAAUUGAUGUAUGUGACAGAAAUGAUGCUGGAAAAUACAUUCUGACUUUGGUAAAUAGUGCUGGCACUAAAUCCGCAUUUGUGUCAGUAAAAGUACUUGAUACACCAGGUGCUCCACAGAACCUUGUUGUGAAAGAUAUAACAAGAAAUUAUGCCACCCUGGUUUGGCAGCCACCACUUAUUGAUGGUGGUUCCAAAAUAAGAAAUUACAUCAUUGACAAGAGAGAAUCAAAUAGACAAGGAUUUGUAAACAUUACUACUAAGUGCUCCAAGACCAGCUUCCGAGUUGGUGAUCUGACAGAGGGUGGUGUUUAUUACUUCAGAAUCAUGGCAGAAAAUGAAUUUGGAAUUGGUCUGGCUGUAGAAACAGAAGAAUCUGUGAAGACAGCUGAUCCUCCUCUAUCUGUUGGCAAGGUAACUUUGACUGAUGUGACAAAAACCACAGCAUCACUUUCCUGGGAUAAACCAGAUCAUGAUGGUGGUAGUAGAAUCUUGGGUUAUUAUAUUGAAAUGCAGCCAAAGGGAUCAGAGGAAUGGACAGUUGCUGCAGUCACCAAAACAUGUGAGGGUAUAGUGACUGGACUCAGUUCAGGACAAGAGUACCUCUUCAGAGUUUUAGCUUACAAUGACAAAGGAAAAAGUGAUCCAAGGGCAUUAGCUGCUCCGAUCAUUGCCAAGGAUGUAACUAUUGAACCAAGCUUCAAAAUACUUUCCAACACAUAUAGUGUUCAAGCUGGUGAAGAUCUCAAAGUGGAAAUACCAUUUAAAGGUCGUCCAACUCCAAAAAUUGCAUGGAUGAAAGAUAAACAACCUCUGAAAGAAACAACCAGAUUAAAUGUCUCCAGCACAGCAACAUCAACCAUUCUUAAAAUUAAAGAUGCAAAUAGAGAGGACUCCGGCAAGUACACAAUCACAGCCACAAAUAAUAUAGGUACGGUCACAGAGGAAGUUGGCAUAAUCAUUCUAGACAAACCAGGCCCACCAGUCGGACCAGUCAAAAUUGAUGAAGUAAGUGCCACCUAUGUUACCAUAUCCUGGGAGCCACCAGUAUACACAGGAGGUUGUCAAAUAAACAACUAUAUAGUGGAAAAACGUGAUACAACCACUACUAACUGGCAGAUUGUUUCAGCAACCAUUGCUCGAACCACAAUCAAAAUCUCAAAGCUGAAGACUGGUUCUGAAUAUCAGUUUAGAGUGUUUGCUGAGAACAGAUAUGGUAAAAGCACAUCGUUAGAUUCAGCACCGGUUGUGGUCAGUUAUCCUUUCACUGAGCCUGCAGCUCCUGCUGCUCCGUUUGUUUCAUCAGUGACAAAAGACCACAUGACAAUCGAAUGGAAACCCCCGAGCAAUAAUGGAGGCAGCCCUAUUAUUGGGUAUCACCUGGAACGUAAAGAAAAGAACAGCAUUUUAUGGACUAAACUUAACAAGCUUCUUAUUACUGACACUCGAUUAAGAACAAACGGUCUGGAGGAGGGAAUUGAGUAUGAAUACAGAGUGUAUGCUGAGAACAUUGCAGGAAUCAGUCCAUCAAGCAAAGUCUCAGAAAGUGUUGUUGCACGUGAUCCAUGUGAUCCCCCUGGAACUCCUCAAGCAAUUGUUAUUACAAGAAAUCUGAUAACUCUUCAGUGGUCUAAACCACAGUAUGAUGGUGGCAGUGCAAUUACAGGAUACAUCAUUGAAAGAAAGAAGCUGCCUGAAGGUCGUUGGAUGAAGGCCAGUUUCACAAAUAUCAUAGACACACAAUUUACAAUAACUGAAUUAGAAGAAGAACAAAGAUAUGAAUUUAGAGUAUUAGCCAGAAAUUCAGCUGGUAUUUUAAGUGUACCCUCUGAAAGCACUGGACCAAUUACUGCUCAGGAUGAGAUUGAAGCUCCAUCUGUCUCUAUGGACUCAAAAUUUAAAGAUGUUACCAUUGUAAAGGCUGGCGAUUCAUUUACAAUUGAUGCUGAUAUUGCUGGCAAACCUCUUCCUGAUAUUAUGUGGUUUAAGGAUGGAAAGGAAAUUGACAGUGCUACACAUAGAAUGGAGAUUAAAUCCACCAUCACACGAACAGUUUUGACUGUUAAGGAAUGCAUCAGAGUAGAUGGUGGUCAUUUCAUCUUAAGUCUCAGUAAUGUUGGUGGAACAAAGCAGGUACCCAUUAAUGUAAAGGUUCUUGAUAGACCUGGUCCACCUGAUGGCCCUCUGAAAAUAACUGGUGUCACAGCAGAAAAAUGCUAUUUGCAUUGGAGCCACCCAUCACAUGAUGGUGGAGCUAGUAUUUCUCAUUACAUCAUUGAAAAAAGGGAAACUAGUAGACUGUCUUGGACAGUGGUGGAACCAUCAAUUCAAGCUAUCAGUUACAAAGUCACUAAACUCCUACCUGGUAAUGAGUAUAUUUUCAGAGUCAUGGCAGUAAACAAGUAUGGUAUUGGUGAACCACUUGAAUCUGAACCUGUCCUUGCAAAAAAUCCUUUCAACAAACCUGGACCACCUUCAACUCCAGAGGCAAGUGCAAUCACCAGAGACUCAAUAGUCCUCACAUGGGAACGGCCAGAGGAGGAUGGUGGAUCACAAAUUGAUGGUUAUGUUCUUGAGAAACGUGAUAAAGAGGGUAUCCGAUGGUCAAAGUGUAACAAGAAAAGACUCAAUGACUUGAGAUUCAGAGCCACUGGGCUUACAGAGGGACACUUCUAUGAAUUCAGAGUAUCUGCUGAAAAUGCUGCUGGUGUGGGCACACCAAGUGAACCAUCUGAAUAUUACAAAGCUUGUGAUGCGACUUAUCCCCCUGGUCCUCCAAAUAAUCCCAAAGUAACAGACCACUCAAGCACAACUGUUUCCUUAGCAUGGAGUAGACCAAUUUAUGAUGGUGGCGCAACGGUCUCAGGAUACAUUGUUGAGGCAAAGGACGUUAGUGAAGAUGAAUGGACUGUGUGCACUCCUCCAACCGGUGUGCAAACAACUCACUUCACAGUAAAAAAAUUAAAGCAAAAUGCAGAAUACAACUUCCGUAUCUGUGCAAUUAAUAUUGAGGGGGCUGGAGAACACAUUGAUGUCCCAGGAUCUGUAAUUGCUGCUGAAAAACUUGAAGCUCCUGAGGUAGAACUUGAUGCAGAUCUUAGGAAAUGUGUAGCUGUGCGUGCCAGUGCAACACUACGCUUAUUUGUCACUAUAAGGGGAAGGCCUGAGCCAGAGGUUAAGUGGACAAAAGCAGAUGGUACCCUACCAGAGCGUGCUCAAAUUGAAGUUACAGGCUCUUACACUGUGCUUGUUAUAAACGAUGUUAAUCGAUUUGACACAGGAAAGUAUGUUGUGACCCUUGAAAACAUUUCUGGCUCAAAAUCUGCAUUUAUUAAUGUCAAAGUUCUUGACUCUCCAAGUGCUCCAGUGAACUUUGAAAUUAGGGAUGUAAAGAGAGACUUUGUCCUUUUACAAUGGGAGCCUCCACAAAUUGAUGGUGGAGCCAAGAUCACGCAUUACAUUGUGGAGAAGCGUGAAUCUAAAAGGCUAGCAUUCACAACUGUGACAAACAGCUGUGUCAGAAAUUCAUUCAAGGUUGAUGAUCUCCAAGAAGGAGGUCUUUACCACUUCCGUGUAUUGGCUGUGAAUGAACUUGGUGUUGGUUUGCCUGCAGAGACCACAGAGGCUAUCAAAGUAUCCCAAGCACCCUUACCACCUGGUAAAAUUACAGUUGUUGAUGUAACUCGCCACACUGUUACUCUAGCAUGGGAAAAGCCAGAUCAUGAUGGUGGCAGCAAGAUCACAGGCUAUGUGGUGGAAAUGAUGACUAAGGGAUCAGAUAAAUGGACAGUAUGCGCUACAGUAAAGGCACUGGAAGCCACAAUUGAAGGACUUACAACAGGAGAGGAAUACAGCUUCAGAAUUACAGCUUUUAAUGACAAAGGAAAGAGUGAUACUAAACCCCUGGGAGCACCUGUUGUGGCAAGAGAUAUUACUAUUGAACCCAUUAUUGAUUUGCUGUUUAAUACCUACACUGUAAAAUCAGGAGAUGAUCUCAAAAUAGAUGUUCCAUUCAGAGGCAGACCAUCUCCAGAGGUUGCAUGGAAAAAGGAUGGUCACUCAUUGAAGCAAACAACUAGAGUUAAUGUUCUGACAUCAAAGACAGCAUCCAAGAUUGUCAUCAAGGAUGCAACAAGAGAGGACGUUGGAAAAUAUGAAAUUACUUUAACCAAUGCAUUUGGUGUCAAAUCAGCAGAAAUACGUGUCAUUGUUCUUGAUAAACCGGGUCCACCAGGUGCAAUCAAGGUAGAUGAAUUAAGUGCUGAUUUUAUUUCACUAUCAUGGGACCCUCCAAUAUAUGAUGGUGGCUGUCAAAUUAAUAAUUAUGUAGUUGAGAAGAGAGAUACGACCACUACAGCAUGGCAAAUUGUUUCAGCAACAGUUGCAAGAACAUCAAUAAAAAUUACUCGUUUGACACAAGGAACAGAAUAUCAGUUCCGUGUUGCUGCAGAGAACCGUUACGGUAAAAGUCAUGCAGUUGACUCAGCCCCAAUUGUUGCACAGUACCCUUUCACACCUCCAGGUCCUCCAACCUGUCUUCAAGUUUCUCAUGCCACUAAAUCAGGAAUGCUAGUUACCUGGAACAGACCAGAAAGUGAUGGUGGAAGUCCAGUCAUUGGAUAUCACUUGGAAUGCAAAGAUCAGAGCAGCAUUCUCUGGACAAAGAUGAACAGAGUACUUAUUUCAGAAACUCAGUUCAAAGUAACUGGUUUGGAAGAGGGCCUCUUCUAUCAGUAUAGAGUGUAUGCUGAAAAUAUAGCUGGCAUUGGACCUUGCACAAAGGCAUGUGUUCCUGUUUCUGCCCGUGAUCCAUGUGCACCUCCAGGUCAGCCAAUAAUAUUGAACAUCACAAGAACAUCUGUUUCCCUCUCCUGGGCAAAACCUGAGUAUGACGGUGGAGCUAAAGUGACUGGUUACAUUGUUGAACGCAGUGAACUUCCAGAUGGUCGGUGGUUAAAGUGUAAUUUCACCAAUAUUCAGGGAACAUUCUUUGAUGUCACUGGUCUAAUUGAAGAUCAAAGAUAUGAUUUCCGUGUCAUUGCUAAGAAUGCAGCUGGCCUACUUAGUGAACCAUCAGAGGGUACAGGACCUGUAACUGUAAAAGAUGAUGUUGAUCCACCACGCAUCACAAUUGAGGACAAGCUGAGACAACUGGUUGUAGUGAAAGCUGGAGACAUACUGAGAAUUGAUGCUGAAAUAUCAGGACGUCCAAUUCCUGUGAUUUCUUGGGCAAAGGACGGAAAAGAAAUUGAAGCCAAGGCCAGAGUUGAGAUUUCGUCAACAAUAACUAGUACAACACUAAUUGUGACAGAUGCUAUUAGACGAGACUCAGGACAGUAUGUUCUUACAUUGCAAAAUGUUGCAGGCACCAGAUCUUUAGCAGUAAACUGUAAGGUGCUGGACAGGCCCGGCCCAUCAUCUGGACCAUUGGAAGUAACUGGUUUGACUGCAGAGAAAUGUACAUUGACCUGGGGACCUCCACAAGAAAAUGGAGGUGCGGAAAUUCAGCACUACAUAGUUGAGAAACGUGAAACAAGCCGACUUGCCUGGACUCUAGUCUAUGCAGACAUGAAAGCCACAACAUGUAAAGUAACAAAACUGCUCAAAGGUAAUGAGUAUAUAUUUAGAGUUCAGGGAGUUAAUAAGUAUGGAAUAGGUGAAACUCUAGAGAGUGAUCCUGCUAAGGCAAUGGAUCCAUUUACAGUCCCUGCAGCACCAACAGAUGUUGAAGUCACCAGUGUUACAAGUGAAGCAAUGACAAUUUGCUGGGAAAGACCUGUCUCUGAUGGAGGCAGUAGCAUUUAUGGCUAUGUAAUUGAGAAACGUGAGAAAACUGGUCUUCGUUGGGUACGUGUCAACAAAAAGCCUGUUUAUGACUUAAGAGUAAAAGCUUCCAAUCUUCGUGAAGGAUGCGAGUAUGAAUACAGAGUAUUUGCUGAGAAUGCUGCUGGUUUGAGUGCGCCAAGUGUACCUUGUCCAUUGACAAAGGCAGAGGAUCCACUGUUCCUACCAUCACCUCCAGCUAAACCUAAAAUAAUUGAUUCUACUAAAACAUCUAUUACACUGUCUUGGCACAAGCCAUUAUUUGAUGGUGGCUCUCCAGUUACAGGAUACAUGGUGGAGUACAGGAAAACCAAUGAUGAAGACUGGACAGUUGGUGUCAGUAACACUAAGAGCACAGAGUUCACAGUGGUUGGACUCACACAAGGAUUAGAGUAUGUCUUUGUAGUCAGAUCAAUUAACAAGAUUGGUCCAAGUGAGCCAAGCAAUGAAACCGAUCCACAGUUAGCAAAGGACAGAGAAGAUGAGCCAGUUUUCCUAGUCAGUAAUGAUAUGAGGAAGACACUGAUUGUCAAAGAUGGCAGCUCAUUUACCCUUAGAAUCCCAUUCAAGGGGAAGCCUGUCCCACAUGUAAUGUGGAACAAACCAGAUGUUGACCUGAGAGUAAGGGCAGCUAUUGAUACAACUGAUAACUGCACAUCAAUCACAAUUGAGCAAGCUACAAGAGAUGACUCAGGAAAAUACACUGUAACCCUCCAAAAUGUUGCUGGAACUGCUACUCUAACAUUGAGUGUAAAGGUCCUUGAUUCUCCAGGCCCACCAGCCCACAUUGAGGUUAAGGAAGUCACUAAGUGCUCUGCAACUAUUUCGUGGGAUACUCCUGAGAAUGAGGGUGGUGCUCCAGUCAAGAACUACCUUGUUGAUCUCCGUGAGGCAACUAAAAUGGGCUGGACCAGGAUUGCAAACAGUUGUCCCAGGUUGACUUAUAAAGUGAUUGACCUUCAAGAAGGGGGGGUUUAUUAUUUCAGAGUUACUGGUGAAAAUGAGUAUGGUAUAGGAGUGCCACUUGAGACUAAAGAAGGAACAAAAAUGACAGAAAAACCAAGUCCACCGCCCAAGCUUGGAGUCACUGAUGUCACAAAAGACAGUGUCUCACUAGCAUGGCUUAAACCAGAACACGAUGGAGGCAGUAGAAUUACAAGCUACCUGGUUGAGGCUCUUGAAAAAGGGCAACAAAAGUGGAUAAAGUGUGGUUCCACCAAAUCGACUCACUUUGUUGUUUAUGGAUUGAGAGAGAGUGCUGAAUAUUACUUCCGAGUACGGGCUGAAAACCAUGCAGGACUUAGUGACCCCAAAGACAUGGUUUUACCUGUGUUUGUAAAAGAUCAGCUGGAGGCACCUGAAAUUAGCAUGAAGGACUUCCAGCACAACACUGCCUAUGUUAAAGCACGUUCAAAUCUGAAGAUUGAGAUCCCCCUCAGUGGUAAACCAUUACCAAAAGUAUCCCUCUCUAAGGAUGGACAGGUUCUAAAGUCAACCAUGAGAUUUAACUCUGAUGUGACAACUGACUCCCUUAUCAUUCUUUUACGUGAGUGUGUUGCUGCGGACGCAGGAAGAUAUGAUAUCACAGCCUCCAACUCCAGUGGGACCACAAAGUCUUUUAUAAAUAUUGUGGUCCUUGACAGACCAAGUCUUCCAGUUGGCCCUGUUGAAAUUUAUGAUGUCACAGAGGACAGUGUCAAUCUGAAGUGGUUGCCUCCCGCAUAUGAUGGUGGUAGCCCAAUCACCAACUACAUUGUUCUCAAACGUGAGAUGACUACUGCAAACUGGAUAGAAGUCUCAUCUGCUGUUGCAAGGUGCUCAAUCAAGAUCAUGAAGUUGAUUACUGGAAUUGAGUACCAGUUUAGAAUCAGGGCUGAGAAUCGCUUUGGCAUCAGUGAGCACAUUGAUUCAGAGACUGUUACAGUCAGUCUUCCAUACACACUCCCCGUGGCACCUUCCCAACCAAGGGUAUCAGCAGUAACAAAGGAAAGUAUUACUGUUGACUGGAAGGAGCCAUCUUCAGAUGGUGGAAGCCAUGUCUUUGGAUAUCACCUUCAGAUGAAAGACAGAAAUAGCAUUCUUUGGCAGAAAGUUAACACAACUGUUAUCCGUGCUACACACUUCAAAGUAUCAAAUGUGAGCGCUGGUCUGAUCUAUGAGUUCAAGGUUGCAGCUGAAAAUGCUGCUGGUAUUGGUCCAGUAAGCAAGCCCUCAGAUCCUGUGCUUGCAAUUGAUUCAUGUGAACCUCCAAAUAACCUUCGAGUCACUGAUAUCACAAAGAGUUCAAUUAGCCUUGCCUGGCAGAAACCCUCAUAUGAUGGAGGAAGUAAAAUUACUGGAUAUUUGAUUGAAAGUAAAGAUGGUCCAAAAGGCAGAUGGUCAAAAGCUAAUUUGACAAAUGUUACUGACACAAAGUUCACUGUAUCAGGCUUGACUCAGAAUGAAUCUUAUGAAUUCCGGGUCAUGGCUAAGAAUGCAGUUGGCUCCAUUAGUAACCCAUCAGCAACUGUCGGACCAGUCGAAUGCGUGGACACUUAUGGUGCCCCUGAGAUUGAACUUCCUCAAGAAUAUCUUGAUGUUGUAAAAUACAAAGCGGGUGCUACAGUUCAGCUUAAAAUAGGUAUUAUUGCUAAACCUCAACCAACAAUUGAAUGGUACAAGGAUGGAAAAGAGCUAGAGUCUGGAGGUCAGAUUUCUAUCUCCAACACCACUGACUCUGCAUACAUCUCAGUCAGGGAAGCCACACGUUUGAAUACUGGAACAUAUGAACUUAAGAUCAAGAACUCUUUAGGCUCAGCGUAUGCUGCUGUCAGAGUGCUUGUCCAAGACAAACCAGGACCCCCUGCUGGAGACAUAGAGUUCAAGAAAAUCACAGCAGAUACUAUGACCAUCAUGUGGGAUCCUCCAGCUGACGAAGGUGGUGCAAUGGUUACCCACUACAUUGUGGAGAAACGUGAGACAAGCAGAAUUUUGUGGUCCAUUAUCUCAGAAAAACUAGAAGACUGCAUUGUCACAGUCCCAAGGCUAAUUAAGGGCAACGAAUACAUAUUCCGUGUUCGUGGUGUGAACAAAUAUGGAGUCGGAGAUCCUCUGGAAUCUAGACCAGUAAUUGCACAGAAUUCCUUCGUUCCUCCUAGUCAGCCUUCUAAACCAGAAGUCACUAUGAUUACAAGAUCAACAAUGACUGUGGUAUGGGAAAGACCAAGUUUGGAUGGUGGCAGUGACAUUGAUGGAUAUUACUUGGAGAAGUGCGAGAAGAAAAGUCUACAGUGGUUCAAGGUUGUUAAAGAUACAAUUCGUGAUACCAGACAGAAAGUCAGCAACCUCACAGAAGGAAAUGAAUAUCAGUAUCGUGUCUGUGCAAUCAACAAAGCUGGCGCAGGCCCAUAUUCUGAUGUGUCGAUUUUCUACAAAGCUUAUGACCCAAUUGAUCCACCAAGUGAGCCAACCAAGCUCACAGUUGAUGAUUCAACAAAGACAUCCAUUACCCUUAGAUGGGUGAAGCCUGUCUAUGAUGGUGGCAGUGAAAUCACAAGCUACGUUGUCGAACAAAGAAUGGCUGACGAGACAGAAUGGGUGACUAUAAGUUCUAAAGGAGAAGUAAGGACAACUGAGUUUGUAGUGUCCCACUUGAAACCUGGAGUGUACUACUUCUUCCGUGUCUCUGCUGUUAAUUGUGUUGGAUCUGGACGUUCAAUUGAGAUGAUGCAGCCAGUGCAAGCCAAAGAUAUUCUGGAGGAGGCAGAUGUGGAUCUUGACAUGUCAAUGUCAACUCAAUACAUAGCAAAGUCUGGUAGAGAUGUGGAGAUUGUAAUCCCUCUUAAGGGUAGACCUGCUCCAAAUGUAAUAUGGAGAAAGGGAGACAAGAACAUUAGUGGUGAUACAAGAUAUGCCAUCAAAAACACCGAAUACUCAACUACACUCAUCAUUCCCAAAGUCACGAGGGAUGAUACUGGCAAAUACCUUCUUGAAAUUGAAAAUGGGGUCGGAGAGCCUAAAACCAUUACUGUGUCUGUUAAAGUAUUGGACACACCUUCUGCUUGUAAUAGAUUGAUCGUGAAGAAUGUAACACGAGGUAAACUCACACUAAGCUGGGAACCACCUUAUAUUGAUGGUGGCUCUUCAAUCACAAAUUACAUAGUUGAAAGGAAGGAUGCUAAAAUGAAGGCAUUCACCAUUGUGACAAAUGAAUGUGCCAAUACAACAUACAAAGUUGAUGGUCUUUCAGAAGAAAUUUCCUAUUUCUUCCGUGUUUCUGCUGAAAAUGAAUAUGGUGUUGGUGAUCCUUGUGAGACUGCACAACCUGUGAGAGCAACUGAGAUGCCUGGUGCUGUAAAAGAUGUUGUACUGGUGGACUCAACUAAUACAUCUGUAUCUUUGGCAUGGACCAAGCCUGAUCAUGAUGGUGGCAGCCACAUUUCUGAGUACAUUAUUGAGAAGAAGACAAAGGAAGAAGAAGCCUGGAGCAUUGGUGGUACAUGUAGAUGUUGCCACUAUGAGGUAACACACCUUAAAGAGCUUGCAGAAAUGUACUUUAGAGUAUUUGCCAAAAAUGAGAAGGGUCGCAGUGACUUCUCUCAAAUAGGACCCAUUACUGUAAAGGAGUUCCUUAUACCACCUGAGGCAAACCUUAUUGACUAUCCUAACGCAGAAUUAAGCGUUCGCAUUGGACAAAAUGUAAAUAUUGACUUGCCUUUCAAAGGUAAACCUAAACCAACUAUUCAGUGGAUGAAAGAUGAUGUUCCACUCAAGGAAAGCGAGCAAGUUCGUUUCAGGCAAACAGAAAACAAGGCAAGUCUCAUUGUAAGAAAUGCAAGAAAGGACAAUGCAGGAAAAUACACCUUGGUCCUUGAUAACAAACUUGUCAAGAACUUCUUUGACAUCAAAGUGAUUACUCUUGGGCCACCAUCCCAGCCUAUAGGCCCAAUCCGUUUUGAUGAAAUUAAAGCCCAGAGUAUUAUCAUCUCAUGGGAUGAACCCCAGGAAGAUGGUGGAGGAGAGAUCACCUGCUAUAGUGUAGAAAAGCGAGAGACAUCUCAAGCAGCAUGGAAGAUGGUUUGCUCUAGUGUGGUCAGGAACACAUUCAAGAUAACAAAAUUGAUUAAGGGUACUGAAUACCAAUUUAGGGUACGUGCAGAGAACAAAUAUGGAGUGAGCGAGCCUCUAACCUCAACAGAUGUGGUUGCUCAACACCAAUAUAUGCCACCAGGUCCACCAGGAAAACCUGUAGUAUUCAAUGUUGUAAGUGAUGGCAUGACUGUUCAGUGGGAUGCUCCAGGAUUUGAUGGCGGUUCUCCAAUCACUGGAUACCAUCUUGAGAAAAAAGAUAGGAACAGCUUAUUGUGGAUGAAAGUGAAUUCCAGUGUUAUCUCUGGACGAGAAUACAGAGCAAUUGGACUUAUUGAGGGACUGGAGUAUUCAUUCAGAGUUUAUGCACAAAACAAUGCCGGCAUGAGUCCAGUCAGUGAACAGAGCAAACACAAACUGGCAAUUUCCCCUGUUGAUCCUCCUGGCUCCCUUAACUGCAUUGAUGUUACAAGAGACACUGUAACACUUCAAUGGGAACCACCAAAACGUGAUGGAGGAAGUAGAAUUGUGGCAUACAGUGUUGAAAGGCGUCAAGGAAGAGCACGUUGGUUGAGAUGCAAUUUCAUUGACAUCAGCGAAUGUCAGUUUACAGUAACAGGUCUUGCUGCUGGUGAUCGAUUUGAAUUUAGGGUAAUUGCCAGGAAUGCUAUUGGAACGGUUAGUCCACCCUCUCAGUCAUCUGGCUACAUCAUGACCAAGGAUGAAAGUGUCAUCCCUGAGAUUGAGUUUAAAGCUGAGAAGACCCUCACCAUCAAGGCAGGAGAAAACAUUAAACUCAGCUGCAGUAUAAGUGGACGUCCUGUACCUCAAGUCACAUGGUAUAAAGAUGGAAAGGAAGUAGACAAAAUGCUGGUUGACAUCACAACUGUUAUUGGAUCAAGCUCACUAUUCAUCAGAGAUGCUGACCGCAAUGACCGUGGUAUCUACACAGUUGAGGCCAAGAACAGUUCUGGCACAACAAAAGUGGAUGUUCUUGUCAGAGUACAAGAUACCCCUGGACCACCCGAAGGCCCUCUUCGCUUCACAAAUAUAUCUGCAGAGAAAGCAACUCUUUGGUGGAGCCCACCUGAAAAUGAUGGUUGUGCACCUAUCAUUAAUUAUUUGAUUGAGAAGCGUGAAACUUCCAGAAUUUCAUGGGCACUUGUAACAUCUAAGUGUGACGCCUGCUCCUUCAAUGCCACAAAUCUGAUCAAAGGCAAUGAAUAUCAGUUCCGUGUAUCUGCUGUCAAUAAAUUUGGUGUGGGCAAGCCACUAGAGUCUGAUCCAAUCAUUGCUCAAAUGCAGUACACGGUACCAGAUGCUCCCGGAACACCUGACUGCACUCAUGUGACAGGAAACAGUAUCACUCUAUGCUGGACAAGACCAAGACAUGAUGGAGGAAAUGAGAUUAAGCAAUACAUUCUUGAAAGACGAGAGAAAAAGAGCUUAAGAUGGUUGAAGGUUUCCGCAAAGAGACCAAUAACUGAACUAAGGCAAAAAGUUACAAAUCUUACAGAAGGAAAUGAAUAUGAAUUCCGUGUUAUGGCUGAAAACGGGGCUGGAAUUGGACCUGCAAGUGGUACAUCCAGAUUGUUCAAGUGUAGAGAACCAACAAGUGCACCCAGUGCACCAUCUUUAGUGAAGGUCAUUGAUUCCACAAAGACAUCUGUUACUUUGGAAUGGACAAAACCAGUAUUUGACGGUGGCAUGGAAAUCAUUGGUUACAUUAUUGAGAUGUGCAAGGCAAGUCUUGAGGAAUGGCACAGAGUCAACAAUCAGACUUGCAUCCAUACACAUUACAAAGUAACAGAGUUAGAACCUGGUGAAGAGUAUAAAUUCCGUGUUUGUGCAGUUAAUGGUGCUGGCAAGGGAGAAUUCUCUGAGAUUCCCAAUGCAGUACAAACUGUUGAUAGACUGACUUCACCAGAAAUUGAUAUAGAUGCAAACUUCAAGCAGACACAUAUUGUGAAGAACGGUGGAACAGUCACACUUCACAUUCCCUUCCGUGGAAAGCCAGCCCCACUUGCCACAUGGACAAAGGCAGAUGGAGAUCUUGGCGUAAUGGUGGAUAUUAAUACCACAGACACAUACAGCACUUUGACAAUUGAAAAUUGCACCAGGUAUGAUGCUGGAAAAUAUACACUCUCUCUUGAAAACAACAGUGGUCGUAAAGCUAUUACAUUAACAGUCAAAGUGUUGGACACACCUGGACCACCAGGACCUCUCUCAUUCAAGGAUGUGACAAGAGGUGCUUUGACACUCAUGUGGGAUGCACCAUCCAAUGAUGGAGGUGCACGUGUUCAUCACUACAUUGUUGAGAAGCGAGAGGCAAGUCGAUUGAGUUGGCAAGGGGUCAGUGAAAAGUGCACACGUCAAAUCCUGAGAGUGACCAACCUUGAGAUUGGCGUUUCAUACUUCUUCAGGGUUAUCGCUGUAAAUCAACAUGGCAAAGGUGAGCCAUUUGAAAUGACAGAGCCUAUUGUAGCCACAGAAGAGCCUGCACCACCUAAGCGACUGGAUAUCAUUGAUACUACAUCCUCAACAGCCAGCUUAGUAUGGAUGAAACCUGAGCAUGAUGGUGGAAGCCGUAUUACUGGAUACAUUGUUGAGACUAGAAAGAAGGGCUCUGAUCACUGGGUUGUAGGUGGUCAAACUAAAUCUCUGAAAAUGGUUCUGGAAGGCUUGGUUGAGAACACAGAAUACGAGUUUCGUGUCAAGGCUCAGAAUGAUGCUGGCAUUAGUCAUCCACGAGAUGCACUAGCCUCUGUCAUCAUAAAGGAGCCACGUAUUGAGCCAACAGCGGAUCUCAGCGGCAUAGAUAAACAGCUCAUCACUUGCAAAACUGGAAAUUCAUUUGCCAUUGAUAUUCCAAUCAGUGGCAGACCGGCACCCAAGGUAACAUGGAAACUUGAAGAAAUGAAACUCAAAGAAACAGACAGAGUGUCAAUUAAGAUUUCCAAAGGCAGAACCACUCUACUGGUUAAGGAUGCCAAGAGAGGUGACAGUGGAAAGUAUUAUCUCACGCUUGAAAAUGCAGCUGGAUCAAAGACAUUCACUGUCACCGUCGUUGUCUUUGGUAGACCGACCCCCCCAACUGGACCUGUUAAGGUUUCAGGAAUAUCAUCAGAAUCCUGUGUGUUGACUUGGGAAGAACCUACAGAUGAUGGUGGAACAGACAUAACCAAUUAUAUUGUUGAGAAACGCGAGUCGGGCUCCACCACAUGGCAGGUUGUGAAUUCAAGUGUGAAACGGACCACCAUCAAAGUAACUCAUCUCACUAAGUACAUGGAGUACACUUUCAGAGUCUGCGCUGAGAACAAGUUUGGUGUUAGCAAGUCAAUUGAAUCUCAAACUAUUGUUGCUGAGCAUCCAUUCAUUUCACCAAGCCCACCAACUCGCCCAGAUGUAGUUUCAGUGUCUGCUAAUGCAAUUUCUAUCCGCUGGGAUGUGCCAUAUCAUGAUGGUGGAAGCCAAAUAACUGGAUACUGGAUUGAGAAGAAAGAGCGUAAUACCAUUCUGUGGGUGAGGGAGAACAAGAUUCCUUGCCUUGAGUGUCACUACAAGGUCUCCAGCCUUAUUGAGGGCCUUGAGUAUCAGUUCAGAGUAUAUGCAAUGAACAUUGCUGGUUUGAGUAAAGCAAGUGAACCAUCAAGGCCAGUGCUGGCUCUAAAUCCAGUUGAUCCACCUGGCAAACCAGAGGUUUAUGAUGUAACCAAGACCUCAGUGUCUAUUAAAUGGUCUAUACCAUUCAAUGAUGGUGGCAGCAAGAUUGUUGGAUAUGUUGUUGAACGCAGGGCAUCCAGUGAUGAUGAAGAUGCUCGUUGGUUAAAGUGCAACUAUACUACAAUCACAGAAAACUUCUUCACUAUUACAUCACUCCAUGAGGGAGAGGAGUAUGAAUUCCGUGUUAUUGCCAAAAAUGGUGCUGGAGUCCAUAGUAUGCCAUCUGAAUCGACAGGAUUUAUCACAUGCAAAGAUGAAUAUACACCACCAAAGGCUGAGCUUGACAGUAAACUUGUGGGUGAGACAAUCACUAUUAGAGCAGGAUCAGACCUUGUUCUUGAUGCUGCUGUUGGUGGAAAACCAGAGCCUAAGGUUUUUUGGGCCAAGGGUGAUAAGGAGCUGGAUCUUGGAGAAAAAUAUUCGCUGACGUACACAAGUACAAGAGCGAUGGCGAUCAUUAAGUCGUGUGAUAGAAAUGAUACUGGAAGAUACAUCCUUACUGUGAAGAAUGCAAGUGGAAUCAAAACAGCUGCUGUCAAUGUUAAAGUACUUGAUUCACCUGGUCCACCUGAUGGAACAAUAACAAUCAGCAGGGUCACAGAAGAGAAAUGUUCAGUUUCCUGGAAGAUACCUUCAAAUGAUGGUGGAGAUCUUGUCACUCAUUAUAUUGUUGAAAGACGUGAGACCAGCAGACUCAACUGGGUCAUCAUGGAAAAUGAAUGCAAGACUCUGUCUUGUGUCAGCACAAAACUGAUCAAGGACAAUGAGUACAUUUUCCGUGUCAGAGGUGUAAAUAAAUACGGGCCCGGUGUGCCCCUUGAGUCUGAACCAGUUAUUGCAAGAAAUGCAUACACUGUUCCAAAACCUCCUGGAGCACCAGAGAUCACUGCUGUUGCAAAAGAACAUGUCAUUAUUGAGUGGCUUAAGCCAGAGAGUGAUGGUGGAAGUGAAAUCAAAAACUACCUUGUGGAUAAACGUGAGACGAGCAGUGUCAGAUGGACAAGAGUGAACAAAACCUACACCAUUUAUGAUACACGCCUCAAGAUCACUGGUCUCAUUGAGGGAAGCGAUUAUCAAUUCCGUGUUGCAGCCGUCAAUGCCGCUGGCACCAGCAUUCCAAGUGAUGCAUCUCAGUAUGCUCACUGUAAAGACCCAACAUAUACCCCAGCUCCACCAUCAGUUCCCCGUAUUACAGACACCACAAAGCACAGUAUUAGUAUGACAUGGACACGGCCGAUGUAUGAUGGCGGAUCUGAUGUCACAGGCUAUAUUGUUGAAAUUCUGGAGGAGGGAACAGAGCAAUGGUAUAGAGCCACCCAGAAGACCUUGAUCAGUACCGAGUACACAGUAACUGGUCUGGCAAGUAACAAAAAGUACAGCUUCAGAGUGGCUGCUGUCAAUAAAAUGGGUACUGGAGAAUUCAGUGAAGGCAGUAUUGAUGCUGCACCCUCAGAAAGAAUUGAAAUUCCUGAUAUUGAACUACCUGAUGAACUGAAGAAAACAAUUUGCAUCAGAGCUGGCAACACUUUACGUCUUCAUGCUACUACAAAUGGAAGGCCCGCACCAGUUGUUACCUGGAGAAAGCCUGGAAUUGACCUACAAUCCCGAGGAUUAAUAGAUACUACAGAAAACACAACAACUUUAAUAGUGGAGAAUGUACAUCGUUAUGAUGCUGGAAAAUACACAAUAGAGGCAGAGAAUCCAUCUGGCAAGAAAAUAGUUACCAUUCUAGUCAAAAUUUAUGAUACUCCUGGACCAUGUGCUGCAGUAAAGGUCAAAGAUUACACAAAAGAGUCUGUUGUAAUCACAUGGGAUGUGCCUACUGUUGAUGGAGGUGCUCACAUCAACAACUACAUAAUUGAGAAGCGUGAAGCCUCAAUGAAAUCUUACCAAACGGUGACAACAGAAUGCAAGAAGACAUUAUACAGAAUCACUGGGCUGGAAGAAGGAACACAUUACUUCUUUAGAGUAUUGCCAGAGAACAUAUAUGGUAUUGGAGAACCUUGUGAAAUUACAGAUGCUGUACUGGUUUGUGAAGUUCCAUCUGUUCCUCAAGAUCUGUGUGUCAUUGAUACCACAAAGUCUACUGUCAUACUUGGAUGGGAAAAACCGCUUCACGAUGGUGGCAGCAGACUUUCUGGCUAUGUCAUUGAAGCGUGCAAAACUGGAAGUGACCGCUGGAUGAAUGUUGCUAAUGUGAAAUCAUCUGUGCUGCAGCACACAAUUGUCUCGCUGAAUGAAAAUGAGCAAUAUCUCUUCAGAAUCAGAGCUAAAAAUAGCAGAGGUGUCAGUGAGCCCAGAGAUCUCAUGACACCUGUAACAAUACAAGAACAGAGAGCCAUGCCCAAAAUUGAUUUGACUGGCAUCCCACAAAAGAUUGUCAAUGUGCCAGCUGGUAAGCCAAUUGUGCUCAACAUUCCCAUUAAAGGUCGACCCAUACCAGUCUGUUCAUGGUUCUUUGGUGGAGUCAAGAUGAAGGACAAGCUUGACCGCAUCAAGAUUGAGACAACUGCUAAAUUUACCAAAUUGACAGUCCGUGAAUCCACACUUGAUGAUACUGGUGACUAUUCUCUUGAAGUGAAAAAUGUCACUGGAACAGCAUCUGAGGUCAUCAAAGUUAUCAUUCUUGAUAAACCUGGAGUACCUGUUGGGCCUAUGAAAAUUGAUGAGGUUGAUGCAACAUCUGUCACCUGCAGCUGGGAACCACCAGAGAAAGAUGGAGGUGCAAAUGUCAGUGGCUAUGUUGUUGAGCAGCGUGAUGCACAUCGACCUGGAUGGAUGCCUGUGUCUGAAUCUGUCACAAGACCCAUGUUCAAGUUUACAAGACUUGUGGAGGGAACUGAAUAUGUAUUCCGUGUGGCUGCAACAAAUCGUUUUGGUAUCGGCGGGUUCUUGCAAUCUGAAGUUGUUGAGUGCAAGAGUGUCAAAACUGUACCUGGAGCUCCGAGCACACCUGAAAUACUUGAUGUGUCUCAUGAUGGCAUGACCCUUACUUGGACACCACCUGAGGAUAAUGGUGGUUCUACUAUUGCUGGCUACAUUAUUGAGCGCAAAGAGGCUGCGUCCGACAGAUGGCUUCCCAUCAAUAAGAAUCCAGUUACCAUGACAAGAUACAGAGCCACAGGACUUAUUGAGGGCCUUGAAUAUGAGUACAGAGUGACCGCUAUCAACUCUAGAGGAACCGGAAAACCAAGUGCAAACUCUAAACCAACUAUUGCAAUGGAUCCUAUCGAGCCUCCUGGUAUUCCACUGAACCCAAGAGUCACAGAUACCACAAGAACAUCAGUUUCGCUUGCCUGGUCUUCUCCAGAGGAAGAGGGUGGUGCUGCUAUAACUGGCUAUCUGAUUGAGAUGCAGAAGGUUGACCAGGUUGAAUGGACAAAAUGCAACACAACACCAAUAAAGAUUUGUGAAUACACCCUGACACAUAUGCCCCAGGGAGCUGAAUACAAGUUCCGUGUGUUGGCAUGUAAUGCUGGUGGAGCUGGAGAACCAGCUGAGAUUCCAGGAGUGGUCAAAGUUACAGAAAUGCUUGAAUAUCCUGAUUAUGAGUUGGAGAAAAUCUACCAGGAAGCCUAUGUUGUCAGACAAGGAGGUGUCAUUAGAUUAUCUGUGCCCAUCAAGGGCAAGCCCUUCCCAACAUGCAAGUGGACAAAGGAAGGUCAUGACAUUUCUCACAGAGCUAUGAUUGCAACCAGUGAAGAACGUACUGAACUUGUGAUCAAGGAGGCCCACAGAGAUGAUACAGGCACCUAUGACCUUGUGUUGGAAAACAAAUGUGGAAAGAAGGCUGCCUAUAUUAAGGUCAAAGUAAUUGGACGGCCAGAUCCACCAGAGGGUCCUCUUGAAUUUGAUGAUAUUCAGGCACGUUCGGUCAGAGUGAGCUGGAGACCGCCCUCAGAUGAUGGUGGCUCUGAUAUCUUUGGUUACAUUGUGGAGAGGCGAGAGGUGCCAAAAGCAGCUUGGUACACUGUGGACUCACGUGUGGUUGAUACAUCACUUGUGGUCAAGGGACUGAAGGAAAAUGUUGAAUAUCACUUCAAGAUUACAGCAGAGAACCAGUUUGGUAUAAGCAAAUCCCUCAAAUCUGAUGAAUCUGUAACACCAAAGACACCUCUUUCUCCACCAGAACCUCCUAGUUUCCCUCCAGAAAUCAUGGAUGUUACAAAGAACGCAAUUGGCCUGUCCUGGUCAAGACCCAAGGAUGAUGGUGGAUCUCGUGUCACUGGAUACUAUGUUGAGAGAAGAGAGAUUUCCACUGAGAAGUGGGUGCGUCACAACAAGACGCAUAUCACGACAACAAUGUAUACUCUCACUGGUCUCAUCCCUGAUGCAGAGUACCAGUUCCGUGUGGUUGCUCAAAAUGAUAUUGGUCAAAGUGAGCCUGGACCUGUAUCUGAGUCAGUUGUUUGCAAAGAUCCAUUUGAUAAACCAGGCCAACCCGGUGAGAUUGACAUCAUCUCUAUAGCCAAGGACUGCAUAACCAUUCACUGGUUGCGUCCUGAAUCCGAUGGUGGAAAAGAAAUCCUUGGGUACUGGAUUGAAUUCAGGCAAGCAGGGGAAAGUGCCUGGAAGAAAUGCAACAAAGAGCGUUCCAAGGAUAGACAGUUUACCAUGGGUGGACUCAUGGAAGCAACAGAGUAUGAAUUCAGAGUGUUUGCCGAAAAUGAAACUGGACUGAGUAGACCAAGAAGAACAGCAAUGGGCAUUAAAACAAAACUGAGUGUUGGAGAGGCUCCAUGCCUGAAAGAGGAAAUUAAAGAUACUACCACUAAACUAGGAGAAUCUGGAACAUUGACAUGCCAAAUUAUUGGAAGACCUCUUCCUGAAAUUAAGUGGUAUAGAUAUGGAAAGGAGUUGAUCCAAAGUCGAAAAUACAAGAUGAGCUCUGAUGGCCGAAACCACUCUAUAACAGUGUCAACAGAUGAACAAGAAGAUGAGGGAAUGUACACAUGCAGAGCCGUCAAUGAGGCAGGUGAAAUUGAGACUAGUGGCAAGCUUCUAUUGCAGGCUGCACCGCAAUUCCAUCCUGGAUUCCCAUUGAAGGAGAAAUACUAUGCUGGUUGUGGAACAAGCCUACGUCUCCAUGUCGUCUACAUUGGUCGCCCUAUUCCACAAAUAAUGUGGUUCUAUGGCAAGAAGCCUCUCAAUCCAUCUGAGAAUGUAAUAAUUGAAAACACAGAAAGUUACACUCACUUAGUAAUCAGAAAUGUCCAGCGUAAGACCAAUGCUGGAAGAUAUAAGGUACAAAUGAGCAACAAAUUUGGCACAGUGGAAACUACCCUCCGUGUUGAAAUCCAAGAUAAACCUCUCAUGCCUGAAGGUCCAAUUGUUGUUGAUGCUCUCUUGAAGAGCGCUGUGAUCAUUAGCUGGAAACCACCUAAGGAUGACGGUGGAUCAAUGAUCACAAAUUACAUUGUAGAGAAACGUGAAGCAAAAGAGGGCGAGCAAUGGCAUCUUGUGUCUUCAGCUAUCCCAGGAACCACAUGUCGUGUUCCAAACCUCAUUGAGAGUGCGGGAUAUUACUUCCGGGUUUCUGCACAGAAUCAGUAUGGAAUAAGUGAAUCUCUUGAAAUACCAGCUGUUGUGAUUAUCAAGAGUCCAUUCGAGAAACCUGGAGUCCCACAACAGCCAUUUGUUUCUUCUGUUACAAGGGAUUCAUGUGUUGUUUCUUGGAAACCACCAACCAGUGAUGGUGGUGCCAAAAUUAAGAACUAUUACCUUGAAAAAAGAGAGAAGAAACAGAACAAAUGGAUUACAGUUACUUCAGAAGAAAUCCACGAGACAUAUUACACUGUCAAUGGUCUUCUUGAAGGUUUCGAAUAUGAAUUCCGUGUCAAAUGUGAAAAUAUUGGUGGAGAGAGUAACUGGAGUGAGAUUUCAGAACCAGUCAUUCCAAAAUCAGAUACAGCUCUCCGUGCCCCAUUCUUCAAGGAAGAAUUGAGGGACAUGUGUGUCAAAUACAGGGCAAAUGCCACAUUUGUCACAAAGGUUGUUGGACAUCCCAAGCCAGUGGUUAAAUGGUACAAGAACGGCAAAGAAAUUUCCCCCGAUGGAGAGAAAAUAAAGGUUCAAGAAUUCAAGGGGGGUUACUUCCAACUUGUUAUCAGCAAUGCUGAUGAGAAUGAUGCAGCUGUUUACCAAAUUAGAGCUACUAACCAGCUUGGAUCAAUCUCCACAAGCAUGAACCUAGAUGUUGAGGUUCCUGCCAAAAUUUACUUACCAUUACAUCUCCAAGGCAUGGGAGCUGUUCAUGCCAUUCGUGGUGAAGUGGUUACCAUCAAGAUUCCAAUUAGUGGAAAACCUGAUCCAAUAGUCACAUGGCAAAAGGGACAAGAGAUUAUUAAUAAUACAGCAUAUCAUCAAGUCAUUCUCACAAGAUCAUUCACCUCCCUGGUGUUCCUAAAAGGAGUGCAAAGGAAAGAUUCCGGCUACUACAUAAUUUGUGCCAAAAAUCGAUUUGGCACGGAUAAGCAGACAGUUGAACUUGAUGUUGCUGAUGUCCCUGAUCCACCAAAGGAUAUUAAAGUCAGUGAUAUUAGCAGAGAUACACUCACCCUUGAUUGGAGUCCAGGAAAUGAUGGAGGAAGUGAAAUUAUCAAUUACAUUAUAGAAAAGUGCCCUACCACUGGAGACAGAUGGAUUCGUGUUGCUCAGACUCCUGAGUCCCAAUACACCGUGAUGAGUCUCUUUGGCAAAACAAAAUACCAGUUCCGCGUGAUUGCAGAAAACCGAUUUGGCUUGAGUGAUCCAUCUGCACCAACGGACCCUGUGACUACAAAAGAAGACAAGUUAGCAAUCAGAAACUAUGAUGAAGAAGUAGAUGAAACAAGAACGGUUACAAAUGAGGAGGCACCACAUUCAAAAGUCAAGCUUGUGCCAUCUCUCUACACAAUCUCCGAGGAACUUGCACGCAAUGGACAGUUUGGCAUUGUCCAUCGCUGUAUUGAAAUUAGCUCUAAGAAGACAUUCUUAGCUAAAUUUAUCAAAGUUAAAGAUGCAGAUAGAGAGCUGGUUGCAAGAGAAAUUGAGACACUCAAUAUUGCAAGACAUAAAAACAUUAUGUAUCUUCAUGAGUCCUUUGAUAGCCUGGAAGAAUAUGUCCUGAUCUAUGAAUUCAUGUCUGGUAUGGACAUCUUUGAGCGCCUUGGUACAAACUUUGACCUCACAGAGCAAGAAAUAGUUUGUUACAUGAGACAAGUCUGUGGAGCCCUGAAGUUCCUCCACAGUCGCAACUAUUGUCAUUUUGAUAUCAGACCUGAUAACAUUGUUUAUUCCACAAGGAAGAGCAAUACAAUCAAGAUAAUUGAAAUGGGUCAAGCUAGAUUGCUUACACCUGGAGAAAACAUCAGGAUUCAGUUCACUGCCCCUGAGUACUAUGCACCUGAAAUCCACAACAGUGAUUCUGUCACCACUGUCACUGACAUGUGGUCUGUGGGUGUUCUUGCAUAUGUCCUCCUUAGCGGACUUAAUCCUUUUGCUGCUGAAUCACAUCAGAAAAUGGUUGAGCACAUUUCAAAUGCAGAGUAUUUGUUUGAUAGUGAAGCCUUUAAAGAGACCAGCAUUGAGGGUAUGGACUUUGUCGACAGACUGCUGACUAAAGACAGAAAGCUACGAAUGACUGCCUCAGAAGCUUUGGAGCACCCUUGGCUCAAGAUGAAAUUGGAACAUAUUAGUUCAAAGGUUAUCAAGACUUUGAGACACAGAAGAUACUACCAAUCCCUGGUGAAAAAAGAAUGGAGCACUGUUGUUUCAGCAGCACGUGUUGCCUAUGGUGGUGGCUACAGAAACCAGAGAAAUGUUUCCAUUGGUAGAGUGAAAGUUGGACAUCCUGAACAAGGCUUGAGAGCGGGUCCUGUCAUGCAUGGAUCUGCUGAAGAGGGAGGACAUGUCAGGUUUGUUUGCUGCAUUGAAAACUACGACAGAAACACUGAAGUGACCUGGUACUUUGGGUCUCGCAAACUGAUUGCAAGCCACAAAUAUGAAAUCAGUUAUGCUAAUGGAGUUGCUAGCAUCUAUGUUAAAGACAUUGAAGAAUGCGAUGAUGGAUUAUAUAGAUGCAAGGUUGUCAGUGAAGACAGGGAGGACAAUGCUUAUGCUGAGUUGUUUGUUGAGACUGUUCGGUCCCACCGUGAAUACUAUCUGGGACGCUCACUCAAGAAACCAAAGCGUAGAAUUGACAAAACCAAAAUUUUGCAGAGGCCACCAGAGUUUACUUUGCCAUUAUACAACCGUGCAGCAUACAUUGGUGAAGAUGUACGCUUUGGUGUAACCAUAACAGUCCAUCCAGAGCCAAGUGUUACAUGGUUAAAGGCUGGGCACAGAAUCAAACCAGAUCCUAAAAAAUACACAUUCACAAGUGACAAGGGUCUUUAUCAACUCAUGAUACACAAUGUUGACCUCAGUGAUGACGCUGAAUACACUGUUGUAGCAAACAACAAGUUUGGUGAGGAUAGUUGCAAGGCACGUCUCACUGUGACACCACACUUAAUUGCUGAGGACACUAUGAGACCAAUGUUCAAACGUCUCUUAGCCAAUAUUGAGUGUGUUGAGGGGCAAAGUGUUCGCUUUGACUUGAGAGUAUCAGGAACCCCAGCACCAACUCUGAAAUGGGAGAAAAAUGGCAAACCUCUUGAGUUCAGACCACAAGUUGAAGUCGUUCAAGAGGACGUAGACUAUCAUGUUCUACAUAUCAGAGAAACCCUCAUUGAGGAUUCAGGCACAUACAGAGUCACUGCAACAAAUACAGCUGGAUCAGCAAGUUGUCAAGCUACUCUCAAAGUUGAACGCCUGACAUACACAAGGAGGGAGUUCAAGAAUGAGGAAGAGAGGCAGAAAUAUGUCAGAAACCAAAUAGAAAAGACACUGAAAAUGGCAAAACAGUUCUCAACGGCGGAGGUUGUUACACUCAAUCCUGUAGCACAGGAGGCUUUGAAGGAAGCUGCUGAAUUAUAUAAACCUGCAGUGAGCACCAAGAAUGUGCAGGGUGAGUUUGACAUCUCUGAUAAAGAGGAUCAAGAAAUAAAGAAAAUAAAAGAAGAAGAUAAGAAGAUACGUAUGCCUUAUGAAAUCCCUGAAGCCCGUGCACAUGAUCCAACUGUUCUUGGUGAAGAUAACUUGAUCAAACACUUUGUGCCGUUAUCUGACAUGAAAUGGUACAAGAAACUGCGUGACCAAUAUGAGAUUCCUGAGAGAAUGGAAAGAAUUGUUCAGAAGAGACAGAGGCGUAUUCGUCUUUCCAGAUGGGAGCAAUUUUAUGUCAUGCCACUGCCUAGAAUAACUGAUCAGUACAGACCAAAGUGGCGCAUUCCAAAACUUACGCAAGACGAUUUAGAGACUGUUCGACCAGCAAGGCGGUCACCAUCCCCGGAAUCUGAGGCAUCAUUCGGACUGAGAAGACGCUCACUAGGAGAUCUUUCUGAUGAGGAGCUCCUCGAGGGUGAGGACUAUCUGACAAUGAAGAGAACUGAAAAAGAGAGGCAAGAGCUUGAAGAAGAACUAGAACUUGGCUUCUCUGCCUCCCCACCCAGUGGAAGCCCUGUACGCUUUGAGCUGUCUGCACUGCGUCAUGCCUCACCAAAACCUGUUCACAAAGCUGAAAUGAGACGUGUAGAAGAGACCAAACAUGUAACAAAAACUGAGCAAGUUCAAGGCUCUCCUCCUCCCAUUUCAUAUUUCUUGAGAAGGAGGAGAUCCUUGUCUCCAACAUACAUUGAACUGAUGCGUCCUGUCUCUGAGCUUAUCAGACAACCCCGUGCACGCAUCUCAACUGAGACUGAAGUUGAACUCAUUGAAAGAAGAUCGCCCACCCCUGAGAGAACACGCCCUCGAUCACCAAGUCCUGUAUCCACUGAGAGAAGAUCUUCCAGAUCCUCCUCAAGAUUUGAAAGGUCUGCAAGAUUUGACAUCAUGUCUAGAUAUGAAGCAAGAAAAGCAGCUCUCAAAUCUGAGCGCAAGUACCAGGUUGUGACUCAGCAACCCUUCAGUCUUGACCAUGCUCCACGUAUCACAGUAAGAAUGCGUUCUCACCGUGUACCAUGUGGUCAAAACACUAAAUUCACUUUGAAUGUUCAAUCAAAGCCAGAUGCGGAUAUCCAGUGGUUUCAUAAUGGACAACAAAUACAAGAGAGCAGCAAAUACCAGUUCACAAAUAUGAGUGGAGUUCUGUCUCUCCAAAUUAAUGACUGUCAGGCAGAGGACAGUGGCACAUACCGGGUUGUCUGCACAAAUUCAAAGGGUGAGGCAUCAGACUAUGGAACUCUUGAUGUUUCAGGUGGAGAGUUUACUACGUACUCCUCAAGACGGAGAGACGAAGAGGCUCCGACACCAUUUGUACCUGAUAUAACAAAAACUGAUUAUUAUCAUUCAACAACAAUCAGAGCUUCCUCUGCCUCAAGAACACAUUUGGAGAUCAAAGAAACCAAAACAAAACUAUCUGAGAGACGUGAAGUUUCUGCCUUUGAAAAAUAUGAAUCUCAGAAGCUUGCAUCAACUCCAAUUAGAUAUGCAUCCACUGAAUACUUAUCAUCAGCUUCAUAUUCAUCUUCUGAAAUACAUACAACAUCUGAAAAACAUGUGUCAUCUGAAUCAAAGAUAAAAGAAUCAGAAAAAACAUCUGCUGAAGUAUCAGUAAAGAAAGUUAAAGCUACUCUUUCAGCCAAAAUACUCACAAAACCACAGUCUCUGGCUGUAUCUGAGGGUGACUCUGCACGAUUUGUCUGUGAUAUUGAUGGAGAGCCAGCACCAAGUGUCACAUGGAUGCAUGAGGGAAGAACAGUUGUCUCUUCACACCGUAUUCAUGUGUCUACAACACAGUAUAAGUCUACUUUUGAAAUUUCAUCGGUUGAGUUUUCUGAUGAAGGCAGCUAUACUGUAGUAGUAGAAAAUUCAGAAGGAAAGCAAGAGGCAAGGUUUACAUUGACUAUUCACAAACCAGUACUUAAAGAGGAAGUUACACCUACACAAGUGACAUCUCCAGUGCCAUCAGUUAAAUCUCCAGAGCCAACAGUCGCAUCUCCAGUGCCGUUAGUAAAGUCUCCAGAGCCCUCUGUGAAAUCCCCAGUGCCAUCGGCGAAGUCUCCAGAGCCCUCUGUGAAAUCCCCAGUACCAUCAGUAAAGUCUCCAGAGCCCUCUGUGAAAUCCCCAGUGCCAUCAGUAAAGUCUCCAGAGCCCUCAGUGAAAUCCCCAGUGCCAUCAGUAAAGUCUCCAGAACCUUUAGUGAAAUCCCCUGUACCCUCAGUUAAAUCUCCAGUGCCUUCAUUAAAAUCUCCUGUGCCCUCAGUAAAGUCUCCGGAACCCCAAAUUAAAUCACCACAACCCACUGGUGUGAAAUCUCCUGAACCUCGAAUUAAAUCUCCGGAGUGUAUCAAAUCCCCAUUCAGAGUGAAGUCACCAGAGCCGGUUGGCUCUCUUCAGAGGGUAAAGUCUCCACCUCCUAUUAAGUCUCCUGAACCAACCACCCCUCAAAGAGUAAAGUCUCCAACAGCUCUGAAGUCCCCUGAGCCAAUAGCUUCACCUGCCAGGGUAAAAUCUCCACCUCCUAUCAAGUCUCCUGAGCCAGUUGCCUCCCCUCUGAGAGUUAAAUCCCCUACAGGCCUUAAGUCUCCAGAACCUCAGAGAGCUAAAUCCCCACCAACAGUCAAAUCUCCUGAGCCAAUCAUGUCACCUAAAAGAGUUAAAUCCCCACUUACAGUGAAAUCCCCAGCCCCGCCAAAGGAAGCACCACCAAAGAUCAUUCAGCAACUCAAAGCUGAAGCUUAUGAAGAUAAAAUUAAGAUGAUCUUUGUUGCGGAGAGCUCAGUGAGAGAAGUUGUGUGGUACAAGGACAGCAGGAAACUCAGUCAAAGUAGUCACUACCAGAUUCAUUCAUCUGCAGAUGGAACUUGCUGUCUCUAUAUAUCUGAUGUUUCUGAGAGUGACCAAGGGGAAUACUCCUGUGAAAUCAUAAGUGAAGGAGGAGCAGUGUCUAGAACAUCAUUCUCACUUCUUGGUCAAGUGUUUCAAUCAAUCUACACAAAAGUAACUGCAUUUGUGUCUACACAUAAGGUUGUUCAAGAAUUGGUCUCUUCCCAAAUACAUGGGGGGAGUGAAAUGAUUCUUAAGAAGGAAAGUGCUGCUGUUAGCGCCAUGCAUGAAAGUUUUACUUCAAAAUCCACCCACAUGGAAAGCACAAUCCAAGAAGCAUCCUUCAGCAGCUCUUCAAUGGCUGAGAUGAAAUUUGAAACUAUGUCAAUGUCUAGCUUAUCCUCUAUGACAUCAGAGUCAGUAUAUGCAAUGAGCUCAAGCAGUAUAAUGUCAAGUCAUUCACAUGUUGAAGAAUCCUCAGUUAGAGCAGCCCUCCACAGUGCUCAAGGCUUAGCUCCAAGAAUUGAAGCUCUUCCUGAAGAUAUCAGCAUUGAAACUGGAAAGGUUCUAACGGUGGCCUGUGCUUUCUCUGGAGAGCCAGCACCUUGUAUUGAGUGGUCACGCGGUGGAAAGAAACUGCCUGGUGAGGAAGAAAGUAGCAGGUUCCAUAUUGACACCACAGAAGACCUGACUACACUCAUCAUCACUGGUGUGAAAGAGAGUGAUGCUGGGGCUUACACACUCAAACUUUCCAAUGAGCAUGGAUCUGACAUGGCAACUGUUACCAUCAGUAUUCGAUCAAAGUAAAGCCAUAAUUUAUACCCCCAACCCUUUCUUCAUUAAGCGACUUUGUAUUUUUUUAAAUGAAAUGAAAAAAAAAAAUCUUGAUAAGUUACCUGGAUAUCUGUUCCUGUAAAUAUAAACUAUUUUUAUACCAAACCUGACAUUAAUUUAUGCCAAUCUAGACUAAAGUCUAAAGUAUUAUAAAAUGUGCCAUAUUGGAUAAUUAUGACUUAGGAUUUUUGAUCCAAUUUUCUGUGACAUGUACAUAAUGUAUAUAGCCGAAUUUAACGGUUAUGGAAAAUGUAUGAAUUGUUAUUUAUAACAAUAUUUACUGAAACAAAUGGAACUAAAUGUUUAUCAGGAGAAAGUUUCACAUGGAACGAAUACCCUGAUAAACCUGAAACUAAACUCUGUGCCUCAACAAUAAGUUGAAGUCUUAAGAUUGCCUCAACAGGUAGAGAGGCUCCCUGUUGAUGUUACACUAAAUCUGAGAGACUAAGUUAUGCCUGCACGUUUACUCGUGCAGUGAUAUUAUAAAAAUACUCUUAUGCAUUGUUACUUGAAUGUAAGGCCUUGAGUGCUGUUUACAUUUUACCCUCAUGUAAGCAGGGCGACUAGGCCUUGUGUUCUGACUGACUAUGUCAUACCACCAUUUUAAUGACAUGCUCAAGGUGCGAGCGGCCUGCACUUUAUGAGCAAAAGUGUUUAAUGUGCUCUGUUUCUGGCAAGGGACUGCUCGAAUAAACUUUCAAAAUAACAUCUCCUGGCCAAUAACAGAAGUAUAUCUUGUACUUCCUUGCAGAAACAGAGCCUCCUCUUGGAGGUUUGCUUUGAAUCAUUGUGUGUUUGUGUGUUAGCUUUAGAAUUCACCUUGUCACUUGUUGGGCAAACAUUAAGAAAGUGUGCCGCAGUAACACCACCUGCUGUGCAAUGAGAAAGAAACAGUUUAGUAUCUUAAUGCCCUUGACUUUGGUUUGAUUUUAUGUAGAAUUGUAGAAUUAUCUAUAUGCAACCUCCUUGAGUAUUAAUGAUUCAAUAAAGCAUGUUCUCAGCACUAAA